AUGACAACACAAGCACCGACGUUCACGCAGCCGCUGCAGAGCGUCGUGGCACUUGAGGGUAGUGCCGCGACGUUCGAGGCUCAAGUUAGUGGUUCUCCAGUUCCUGAGGUGAGCUGGUUCCGUGAUGGCCAGGUUCUUUCUGCCGCCGCUCUGCCCGGCGUUCACAUCUCGUUCAGCGACGGCCGCGCUGUUCUGAGGAUCCCCGCUGUGACCGCCGCACACAGCGGACGCUUUUCCGUCAGAGCCACCAACGGAGCCGGUCAGGCCACCAGCACUGCCGAACUGCUGGUUACAGCCGAGACGGCGCCUCCAAACUUUGUCCAGAGACUGCAGAGCUCCACAGUGAGACAGGGCAGCCAGGUCAGGCUGGAUGUCCGAGUCUCCGGGAUCCCCACCCCUACCGUCAAGUUCUACCGAGAGGGAGCCGAGAUCCAGAGCUCCACCGAUUUCAGGAUCCUCCAGGACGGAGACCUGUACAGCCUGGUGAUUGCAGAAGCCUUCCCCGAGGAUUCUGGGACUUACUCUGCAACAGCCACCAACAGCAGCGGACGGGCCACGUCUACUGCCGAGCUGCUGGUCCAAGGUGAGGAGCACACCGUUCCAGCAAAGAAAACCAAGACAGUGAUUUCCAGCACUCAGAUCUCACAGACCCGACAAACCCGAGUGGAGAAGAGGAUGGAAGCCAGUUUCCAGGCCACAGCCAUGGUGCAGAUGCACGUGGAAGGCGCCGAAGUGACUCAACAGCUGGCCCACAAGACUCCGCCCAGAGUCCCCCCGAAACCCACAUCGAAGUCCCCCACGCAGGCCUCGCUGGUCGCCAAGGUGGCCACAGGACGCCAGCAGUCACCAUCGCCUGUCAGACAUGUGAAAGCUCCCACGCCCACGCCCGUCCGGUGAGUGCAGUCCGUGGUUUUUGGUUGUUGGCCGUCUGCAGCUCAACUGAAGUUUGGGAUGUUCUCCGGCAGGCCUGUGAAGUCCCCCAUCACCACCAGGAAGCAGGUGGCCGUCGGCGCUGAUGUCCUGCCGCCAUGGAAGCAGGGAGACUACACCGCCGAGUCCACCACCACUGUGACCCGCCUGGUCCAGGAACAGGUGGUCACCGGGGUCAGACAGGCUGAGGGAGGGAAGCGAGCCGGCGCGGUGGCCACCGUGGUGGCGGCCGUCGACCUUGCUCGCGUGCGUCAGCCGAUGCAUGUUGAGGGAGGUCGAGCAGAGGAGCAGGAGGCGCGGGAGGAGCGGGAGGAGCAGGCCAUAGAGGUGGAGUUCAGGCACAUAACUCCAUCUGCUCAGGAGUUUCCACCUGAAGCCACCCAGCCCCUGCCUCAGAUUCAAACGUCCCCUCAUGUGGACGCUGUCCCAUCUCCUGUCCCCCAUUUCACCGUCUCUAAAGUCUCCGUCCCCAAAGUCGAGUCUAGCUGUGAGGUUUCCAUUGCCGGCUCAGCCAUUGCCACUCUGCAGAAAGAGCUGUCCACGUCCCACGUCCGAAAGAUCAUCACACCCGUCAAGUCUCCGAGUCCAUCUCGUAAACCAGCGGAGACCCUACACGCCUCAGUGGAGUCUGUCCCCCCUCCGUUCAGAGGCCUUGCCCACCAACAAUUGGUGGCAGAGUCCGCCCCCCCUUCGAUCCACAAAUUUGAGAGUCUCCUGGGCAGCCAGUUACAGACACAGGUGCUGGAGGCCCAGUUCCAGGUGGUUGAGGCAGCAGCCGUCCCAUCUGCAGGGGGCGCCGUGGUCCCACCAACCCUGCUGUCUGGCCUGAAGAACGUGACGGUGACGGAGGGCGAGUCGGUGACCCUGGAGUGUCAGAUCGAAGGCCACCCGGCGCCCGUCAUCAUGUGGUUCAGGGAGGACUUCAAGAUCGAGACCUCCAUCGACUUCCAGAUCAGCUACCAGAACGGCUUCGCCCGCAUGGUGAUCCGCGAGGCCUUCGCUGAAGACAGCGGCCGCUUCACCUGCACCGCCACCAACGAGGCGGGAACCGUCAGCACCUCCUGCUACCUGCUGGUCCAGGUUUCUGAGGACAUUGAGAGCAGAGAGGAGGGUGCUGCCAUCAGCCAUGUUGAAACUGAAGAAAAACUAAUGACCCGAGAAGAGGAGGUGAGCGUGGCCGAGCCGGAUGCCGCCCCCGCCGCGCCCUUCUUCAUCCACAAACCCACCGUGCAGAAGCUGGUGGAGGGAGGCAGUGUGGUGUUCCAGUGCCAGGUGGGAGGAAGUCCCAAGCCACACAUCAUCUGGAAGAAGAGCGGCGUGCCGCUCACCACCGGAUACAGAUACAAAGUAGCUUACAAGAAGGAGACUGGCGAGUGCCGGCUGGAGAUCUCCAUGACGUUCGCCGAUGACGCCGGAGAGUACUCUGUGUUUGCCAAAAACCAGCUGGGAGAGGUGUCGGCCUCCGUCAGCCUGCUGGAGGAAGAGGAAUACGAAGUCUACAUGAAGAAACAAGAAGCAACCUUCAAAACCGAAGUGACAGCUGUGGUCCAAGAACCCAAAGUGGGAGACGUUCCAUCAGUCGUCUUGAUGCCAGCGAAGGAAAUGAUCAGCACCACGUCCAUCACCACCACUACUGUCAUCUCUGGACAGGAGUUCCACCUGUCUGCCAUUGAACUGAGGAUCAUCCAGGAGAUCGAGCUCCGCAUCAUGAGGAUCUCCUACAGAGAGCUGGUGACGGAGGACGGAGAGCUGGUGGUGACCAUCGCUGACGAGGAGGCGGUGCAGCCGGCCUUCGACACACCUGUGAAGAACUACAGGAUCAUGGAGGGGAUGGGUGUCACUUUCCAUUGCAAGAUGGCAGGAGCGCCACUCCCGAAGAUUGCGUGGUACAAAGAUGGCCAACGCAUCAGGUCUGGCGAUCGCUACCAGAUGGAGGUUCUCCAGGACGGACGAGCCAGCCUCCGCCUGCCCGUGGUGCUGCCGGAGGACGAGGGCGUGUACACCGCCUUCGCCACCAACAUGAAGGGAAACGCGGUGAGCUCUGGGAAGCUGUACGUGGAGUCAUCCGGAGCUCAGAGGUACACACCACAGCCGGCUGUGCAGAGGAUCCGCUCCACCUCCCCUCGCUCUCUGAGCCGCUCACCCGGACGCUCUCCCAGUCGCUCUCCUGGACGCUCACCCGCUCGUCGGCUCGAUGAGACCGACGAGGCUUCACUGGAAAGACUCUACAAACCUGUUUUUGUCAUGAAGCCUUCCUCGUGUAAAUGCUCUGAGGGACAAACUGCCAGAUUUGACUUGAAGGUUGUUGGUAGACCGAUGCCCGACACCUACUGGUUCCACAACGGGCAACAAGUGAUUAGUGACCACACCCACAAGAUUGUUGUGAAGGAGGACGGUACUCAGUCUCUCAUCAUCGUCCCGGCCAUGCCUCAUGACUCCGGGGAGUGGACCGUCGUGGCUCAGAACAGAGCUGGACGUUCAACCAUCUCCGUCACUCUCACUGUUGAUGCCAAAGAAACUCUGGUGCGUCCGCAGUUCACAGAGAAACUGAGAAACAUUAGCGUGAAACAGGGAACGCUGGUCGAACUGGCGGUCAAAGCCAUGGGAAACCCGCUGCCAGACAUCGUGUGGCUGAAAAACAGCGAUAUCAUCACGCCGCACAAACAUCCAAACAUCAAAAUUGAAGGAACGAGAGGAGAAGCCAAAUUCCAGAUCCCCUCAGCCUCAGGCACAGACAGCGCCUGGUACACAGCAACAGCCAUCAACAAAGCCGGACGAGACACCACCCGCUGUAGGGUCAACGUGGAAGUGGAAUAUGCCGAACCAGAGCCAGAAAGGAAGCUCAUCAUCCCCAAAGGAACUUACAAAGCCAAAGAGAUCGCACCUCCGGAGGUGGAGCCGCUCCACAUGCGCUACGGUCAGGAGCAGUGGGAGGAGGGCGACCUUUACGACAAAGAGAAGCAGCAGAAACCACAGUUCAAGAAGAAGCUGACCUCAGUCCGCAUGAAGCGCUUCGGUCCAGCUCACUUCGAGUGCAGGCUGACGCCCAUCGGCGACCCCAACAUGGUGGUGGAGUGGCUGCACGACGGCAAACCUCUGGCCGCCGCCAACAGGCUGCGUAUGGUCAAUGAGUUCGGCUACUGCAGCCUCGACUACGAAGUAGCUUACGCCAGAGACAGCGGCGUCAUCACCUGCAGAGCCACCAACAAGUUUGGAGUAGACCAGACCUCGGCCACCCUGAUCGUGAAGGAUGAGAAGGGCCUGGUGGAGGAGACACAGCUGCCCGAGGGCAGAGUCCACCGCAUCGAUGAGAUGGAGCGCAUGGCUCAUGAAGGCGGACCUUACGGAGUCACCACCGAAGAAGAAACGGAGAAACUCAAACCAGAGAUUGUUCUGGUCCCUGAACCCGUAAGAGUUCUGGAGGGUGACACAGCACGAUUCCGCUGCAGAGUGACCGGUUAUCCCGCUCCCAAGGUCAACUGGUACCUCAACGGACAACUCAUCCGCAAAAGCAAGAGAUACAGACUUCGCUAUGAUGGUAUUUACUACUUGGAAAUCACUGAGAUCAAGUCCUACGAUGCAGGAGAGGUCAAAGUGGUGGCUGACAACAACCUGGGAACAACUGAGCACACAGUGAAGCUGGAGAUCCAGCAGAAGGAAGACUUCAGGACUCAUCUACGCCGCGCCCCCGAGGCCAAAGCGGCUGAAGCUGCAGCCGAAUCUGGAAGGACCCCGUUUGAGGUGAUUAAGGUGGAGAAAACUGCAGAGGACUCUCAGCUGAAAGAGGUGGUCAAGCUGAAGAAAGCCCAGAGAAUCAUCCACGAAAAAUCUACAGAAGAGUCCGAGGAGCUGAGGAGCAAGUUUAAGCGCAGAACAGAGGAAGGCUACUACGAGUCCAUCACCGCUGUUGAGCUUAAGUCCCGUAAAAGGGAUGACUCCUAUGAGGAUUUACUGAAAAAGACCAAGGAAGACCUGCUGCAUCACGCCAAAGAGAAGGAGGAGGCUGAGAAGAAGAAGGAGGAGGAGCGCCGUAAAGUUACCGCCAAACCUCUGAAACCUGAAAGAGUCAAGCUCUCCGCCAGCAUGGAAGCUCCCAAGAUCCUGGAGCGCAUCACCAGCCAGACUGUGGCACAGGGCGACGAAGUCAAGUUCAGAGUGCGCGUGGUGGGCCGGCCGGAGCCCGAGUGCCAGUGGUUCAAGAACGGCGUCCAGCUGGAGAAGACGGACCGCGUUUACUGGUUCUGGCCUGAAGACCACGUGUGUGAGCUGGUGAUCAGAGACGUGAGGGCCGAGGACUCGGCCAGCAUCAUGGUGAAGGCCACAAGCAAAGCUGGGGAGACUUCAAGUCAUGCCUUUUUGUUGGUGCAAGCUAAACAAGUGAUCAGCUUCACACAGAAGCUGGAAGACGUCAAUGCUAAGGAGAAGGACACCAUGGCAACCUUUGAGUGUGAAACCAACGAACCAUUUGUCAAGGUCAAAUGGAUGAAGAACAACAUGGAGAUCUUCUCUGGAGAUAAAUACCGGAUGCACUCUGACAGGAAGGUCCACUUCCUGUCUGUGCUGGUGAUCGAGAUGAGGGACGAUGCAGAGUACUCCUGUGUGGUCAUCGACGAUGACACUGUCCGGACCACUGCCAAACUGAAUGUGGAAGGAGCUCCUCUGGAGCUGGUGAAGCAGCUGGAGAGCACCGAGGUGCCAGAGACCUACACGGCAGAGUUUGAAUGCGAGGUGUCCCGUGAGGACGCUGAAGGUAGCUGGUUCUUCGGAGAAAAGCCACUUCAUCCCAGUGGGAAAUACGUCAUGUCGUCACGCCGUGGGAGACACACCCUGUCUGUGAAGGACGUAAAGAAGGAGGACCAGGGCAAAUACACCUUCAAAGUGGGCGAGUUCCAGACCAGCGCCUCUCUGAAGAUGAAAUUCCGUCCAGUUACCCUAAUACAGCCCCUGGCCGACCUGACCGUCUGCGAGGGUGACAUCGCCCAGCUGGAGGUCAAGUUCUCUCAGGAGAACGUGGAAGGAACCUGGUUGAAGAACGGCCAGCCUGUCGUUGCCUCCGGCCGUGUGCACAUGGUCAUUGACAAGCAGGUCCACAAGCUCCUGAUCGAGGACACCGUCAAGGAUGACCACGGGACGUACUCUUUCACCAUCCCCGCUCAGGAGAUCUCCACCUCGGCCAAGCUGGUCGUACAGACCAUCGGCAUCCUGAUUCCCCUGAAGGACAUGAGCGCCGUGGAGGGAACAAAAGCUGUCCUGGAGGCCAAGAUCUCAGCUCAGGACAUCAGCUCCGUCAAGUGGUACCACGAUGACAAACUGCUGACCCCCAGCGAGCGUGUCCAGAUAGUGCCCAAGGGCUCGAAGCAGCGACUGGUGUUCAACCGCACCUAUGCCUCAGAUGAAGGACGUUACAAGCUGGUGGUGGGCCGAGCCGACACCAGCUGCAAGUUCACCGUUCAGCCCGUUCAGAUUGUGAGCCCCAUGAAGGAUAAGGAGUGCGCCGAGUCCGAGAAUGUUACCUUCGAGGUGGAGGUUUCUCACCCAGGCGUCGACGCCUUCUGGACCUUCAAGAGGCAACCACUCAAAGCCGGCGCCAAACACAAGAUGGAGUCCAAGAACAAGCGCCACACCCUGACGGUCAUUAACGCCAUGAAGGACGAAGAGGGAGAGUACAUGUUCGCGGCUGGCGAGAAGAUGUGCACUGCCAUGCUCACCGUGACGGGUGGCGCCAUCAAGAAACCGCUCCGUGAUUUGGUGGUGGCCGAUUCGCAGACUGCAGUGCUGGAGUGCGAAGUGGCCAACCCGUCCUCGGAGGGCCGGUGGCUGAAGGACGGUCAGCCUGUUGACCUGAAUGAGAAUGUGCUGGCAGAGUCUGACGGCGUCGUCAGACGCCUCGUUAUCAUCAUCACCAAGGCCACUGACGUCGGAGAGUACACCUUCCAGGUUGCCACCUCCAAGACCUCCGCCACCCUGAAGGUUGAAGCUGUAAAGGUCAAGAAGACCCUGAAGAACCUGACUGUGGUCCAGACUCAGAACGCUGUGUUCAGUCUGGAGCUGACCCACGAGAAUGUGAGAGGAGCGCAGUGGAUCAAGAAUGGUGUUGAGAUCCAGCCCAGCGACAAAUAUGAGAUCUCCAUCGAAGGCACAGUCCACUCCCUGAAGAUCAACAACUGCUCCACCCAGGAUGAGUCCGUGUACUCCUUCAAGCUGGGAAAACUUUCCGCCAAUGCCAGACUGAACAUCGAAACCAUCAAAAUCCUGAAGAAGCCAAAAGAUGUGACCUCUCUGCUGGGUGCGACUGUCGCAUUUGAGGUCGGCAUCUCUGAAGAUGACAUCCCAGUCAGAUGGAUGUUCAACAAUGUGGAGCUGAGGCCCAGUGAGCACUACGCGAUGCUCUCUGAGAAGAAGAAUCACAAACUGAUUGUCCAAGAUGUAGACAGCAGCAAAGAGGGCGUCUACACCGCCAUGGUCGGACACCUGCAGUGCAGUGCGCGACUUCUUGUUGAGUCGCUGCGCGUCACCAGACCCCUGAAGAGCGUGCAGGUCCCAGAGACGCAGGUGGCCACGUUCGAGUGCGAGGUGUCGCACUUCAACGUGCCGUCCACAUGGCUUAAAGACGGCGUGGAGAUCGAGAUGAGCGAGAAGUUCCGUAUCGUGGUUCAGGGGAAGCUGCACCAGCUGAAGAUCAUGAACACCAGCCGGGACGACUCGGCCGAGUACACCUUCGUGUGCGGGAACGACCGCGUGUCGGCCACGCUCACCGUCAGCCCUAUCCUGAUCACCUCAAUGCUGCAGGACCUGAAUGCUCAGGAGAAAGACACGGUCACUUUCGAGGUCAACAUCAACUAUGAGGGAGUAGCCUACAAAUGGCUGAAGAACGGCGUGGAGAUCCGUUCCACUGACAGAUGCCAGGCUCGCUGCAAACAGCUGACGCACUCGCUGAGCAUCCGCAACGUUCACUUCGGAGACACUGCCGAGUACUCUUUCAUGUCAGGCUCAGCCGUCACCACCGCCAAGCUCUAUGUGGAGGCUCGCGUUGUUGAUUUCACCAAACACCUGAAGGACCUGAAGAUCACUGAGAAGAAGAGAGCAACAUUUGAGUGUGAAGUAUCUGAACCAAACGUACUGGUGAUGUGGAUGAAGGACGGUCAGGAGCUGGAGACAUCCGACAGAUACAAAAUGUCCUCCGAACAGUUUGUGCACCGUCUGGUUCUGCCAUCUGUCCGGUUUGCCGAUGCUGGCGAAUACACUGCUGUGGCAGGGUCCAGUAUGUCCAAGGGCCACCUGUCAGUCGAAGGACGAGACAUCAGGAUCUCUGAGCCGGUCAGCAGAGACGUCACGGUUGUGGAGAAACAAAGAGCAACCUUUGAGUUUGAAGUGAGCGAGGAUGAUGUGGAGGGACGCUGGAUGAGGAAUGGGGUAGAGAUCCAGUUCUCCACGGAAGAGCGGUUCACCUACGCUACCAUCCGGCGGCUCCACCGGCUCACCAUCGCUGAGACCUACAGGAGCGAUGCUGGGGAGUAUACCUUCUUAGCUGGCAAGAACCGGAGCACAAUGAAACUCCAUGUCCGGUUGCCAGAGCCUCCUCAGAUCAUUCGCCACAUGCAGGCACUGACAGCCAUGUCGGGCCGCUCAGCUCGGUUCUCGGCUCAGGUGAGUGGCCUGCCACAGCCCCAGGUGUCCUGGUUCAAGGACUCCCAGGUUCUCUACACCAGCCAGAAGUGCAAAAUCCUCCACGAUGAGAACGAGCACACACUGCUGCUGCUGGAGGUCUUCCCCGAGGAUGCCGGCAUGUACAGCUGCCAGGCCAAGAACGACUUCGGAGAGGCGAUGAGCUCAGCCCAGCUCAAUGUGGAGGUUCCUGAAGUAGUGGAAGUGUCUCGGGUGUCGGCUCCAGUCCUCACGUCACCACUCAGAGACGUCCUGGCCUCAGAGGGAAGCGCUGCUCAGUUUCAGUGCACCGUCUCUGGGGAAGAUGUGCAGGUUUCCUGGUUCUGUAACGACAGAGAGGUCAGGCAGUCUGACAUCUUCAGGAUGUCUCAGUACGGAGACACCUUCCAACUGGACAUUUCCAGAGUCCUGCCGGGACAUGCAGGAGAGUACUCCUGUGUGGCCUCCAACCUGGCAGGAAUGGUCACAUGUUCGGCUUCUUUGCACAUUGACGGUGAGUCCAGCGUUUGUCUGUGUGAUGAAAAAGCCUUAGCUAGCGCGUCGGGCGCUGGGGCGGCGACUCAAACAGCUCAGAGAGCGGAGGCUUUCACGCAGAGCUUCAGCUCGCACACGCUCCACUUUACCCACACGCUCUCCGAGAGCUCCUCGCUGCACGUUGAGAUGGAUGGCGGUUCAAGUCUGGGCGUGGCCCCCCAGCUGCUGAUGGAGAUGAGCGAUAUCCGAGUGAGGAGUGGCGAGGCGGCCGCGUUCAACUGCUCGUUUGGCGGACCGCCACUAACCGGCGUGGCGUGGGAGCAUGACGGCCGCAGCGUGGUGGACUCGGAGCGGGUGAGGCGCUCCCGCAGCGGGGGCGUGUUGUCCCUGCUCAUCCAAAGUGUGGUUGCAGCCGACCAGGGCACCUACAGCUGCACCGCCACAAACCGCCACGGGCGCAGCAGCUCCUCCGCCCGGCUCACCGUGGAAGACCGCAGGGCGGACGGGGCGGGCCGUGCCACGUCCCCCGCCGACCCCCGCCGCAAACUGGACACCAAGGAAAGGUCGGGGCUGCAGAACGAGACGCAGCGCCGCCUGCUGAGCACGCUGUGUUUCCCCGACGUGGAGCGCAGCCACAGCUGCGGCCCGGACUUCCUGAUCCGGCUGCGAACCGCGCCGCAGGGCCGGGGCUCGCUGCUUUGCGUUACGAGGGGGCUCUCCGCCCCGUUUGUCAUAUGGCUGUGUGAGCCGUUGAGUGUGGAGGACUCGCUGUGUUCCUCCGUGAAGCGCGAUGGCCCCCUGUGCAGCACACAGGGGGGUCUCCACCUGCAGGGCUCCAGGAGCUCUGUGGAGACUGAGUGCAGCUCAGUCCACAAAGUCCCUGCAGGAGGUCCGGACGCUGAGUCUCGGCGGGACAUGACAGCCUUCUCUAGCUCAACCAUCAUGAUGACAGAAGAAAGCCGGGAGUCGUUCUCCACCAGCCUAAAGUUGCCACAAAAAAGCAGAACACUUGAACUCGAGACAGAAUCCAAACGCCUCUCCAGCUCUUUGGGGAAGAAAAAAGAAAAACCGCUUUUCCUCAGCCAACUUUCUCCAGUUGUAGCGACUGUUGGAGAACCUGCUACCUUUACGGUGCGGGUGUCUGGCUUCCCCAAGCCCGCGAUUCAGUGGACCCACAACGGGCAGACUGUCACAUCCUCGUCACUGUACACGUUCACUCAGGAGCGAGAUGAGUACAGUCUGAUCAUUAACCGGGUUCACCGGGAGUCCGAGGGAGAGUACUCCUGUACGGUCAGCAACCGGUUUGGCCAGUGCACGAGCUCCUCUUACCUGCAUGUGCAGGUGGAGUCCAAACGGGAGGUGUUCGGGAAAUCUCCUGAGUUUAUCAAAACUAUCGAGUCUGUUCAGCUGCGGGAGGGCGGUCAGGUCUUCUUCAGGUACGAAGUGACCGGAGAUCCCCUCCCCCAGGUUCAGUGGCUCAGAGGUAGCCUCCACGUUCAGCCCAGCGGGUUCUGCAUCAUUGUGAACAACCCAGACGGGUCAGGCUACAUCAACAUUAAGAGCAUCAAACAGGAGCACGGUGGUGUGUACACUUGUAAGGCCUCCAACCAGUAUGGAGAGGCUUCGUGUACAGCAGAGCUGCUGGUGCUGACAGAGGAGCCUCAGGAGGAGAUAGUCCAGAAAACUAAAAGUCUGAAGAUCUCCAUGACUGAGCAAACGAGUGAGUCCAGACUGUACCAGGAGCGCACUCGGUCUGAUCAGAUGAUUUAUACCAUAAGCACCCAGGACCGGCAGAUCAUCCCCAGUGAAGAGGUGGAAAUCCUCGGUGAGCUCAAUAUCUCAGCUGCCACCAUGCAGCGAGAGCUCCUCACCCAGCAGGCGGCAGUACUGCAGUCACACGAGAUCCAGGAGAGGGUCUCUGUGGCGCCCUGCCAUCCUGCUCGCGUUUCGGCUGUGCCUGCCAAACAGCUUCACAUGGCCGCCUUCUUAUCAUCUGUCCAUGAGAAACAAAAGAUCACUGAGCAGCACUCUGAGCGAAUCCUUAGCCCGGAGGUCAUCGAGCUCGAGUUUACCAAGGAGCAGCAGGCUAAGCUGAUGUCUGCCACAUCUGAGGAGGUCCUGCCGCUCUCCACCGUGAGAGCCGAGGCCUUGACGGACCGAAUCCCCGAGCAAAGGCUCCUCUCCAGCAAGCCACAGCAGCUGGUCAGUGGUCACCUGGUGGAGUCGGCUUUGUCGAUCCAGGAUGAGAUUUCAGGUGAUGUGCACAGACCAGAGGAGGAGAGGAGCUUCAAAGUCACAGAGGGUGUAAAGAUUUUGUACUCAGCUCAGUCAGCAGGGCAGCUGCUCCUCACAGAGGGACACUCGCAGCCUCUGCCGGCUCCAGACACAGCCACUCAGCCCCUGCUUGAAAAAGAGCAGCCCAAACCCACAAUAGCACCAGUGAAUGAGAGCCAGAUAGUUUUAUCUAAAGAGCAGAGGUUUGACAUCCAAGAACCAAAGCAGGACCGGGCCACUGCAUGUAAAGACAGGGUAUUUAAAUCUGUUGUGACCACUGAGGAGAUGUUUGAUCUGCAGGCCGAUCAGGUGGGGCAGGUGCCGAGCAUCGCCACCUCGGUAAGUCUGCAGCCUCAGCGUGAAGGAGAGCGACUCCUUAGCCUACAAGUCAUCAGUGAUCAGGACAUCUUACAGUCCGAGGGUCAGUUUAGCAGCGAGAAGCCCAUCGUGGAGCGAGCUGAUGCUCGGAAGAGUCCCACCCUGCUCCAUGUGGUGACUCAAGAAGAGCAGAGGUCAUUGGUCUGUGAGGCGACCAACCAGUUCACCGCCAAGACCGACACCUCCUCCAUUCAGCCAGUGAAAGAGCCACUACCAACAAAAUACCUGCAGUCUGUCCAGUCUCUGCCGGUUCUACCAAAGGAGGAUGUACUCAUCGUUGCCAAGCCAGACCAUCAGGUGGCAGCACAGAAGCAGGAGAAAGCUAGGAGGCAUGCAGCAACCUCAGAGGAAAGAAGAACUGUCAUGGCAGAUUAUCACAAAGAUCUUGAUGUGUCAGUAGAGGGUGUGAAGCCACAGCUUCGCACUGAGGCCAGACCUCUCAGCAUCCUCAGCAUGUCCUCCCAGCCCCUGCAACUGCCAAAGGAAACCCUGUUAGAAGCUGACAUCAAGAGGCAACGAGCUCUGGUGCAAAAGGAAGACUUCUGGAACCUCAUGGAGUCCGUGAAUGUCACAGACACUCAGACUCUGGAAGAGGGUCACACCACCAGUUUGGAAAAUGUACAGAAAUUUGAAACUGACGUGAAAAUGGAGCCCAAGAUCCCGAAAAAGCCCAUUUUCAUAGAAGAGAAGGCUGUUGCUACUGAAAGCUGCACUGUCUUAACAGCUGCUGAGCAGGACUUUGCAAUCCAAAUCCAGGAGGGACAGUCCAUCCGGCAGUCAGUGCUGCUAGAGGAAAAGCAGGUGAUCCUGGGGGAGCAGUCAAGUGAAAUCCAUAAAUCUGUGAGCUCAACAGCGAACAUUAGGAAUCAGCCUCAGGAAAUGGUGUCGGUUCAUGAGUCUCAGGAUGCUCAGACUCUGCCCAAAGAGCUCCACUUUGUCAUUAACAUCCCCAAACCAUCUGUCGUGAAUGUCCGAACUCAACUCAGAGAUGCCCUGCUGUCAGCUGUGGCCAGCGACCGGCCGGUUCUCCUGGCCGACGUUGUCAGUCUAUUGCAGUCAGUGCAGAUUCAGGAGGUGAAAGUCCAGAGGGAGCCCAGAAUGGCCACAUGUACAUACCUGAUCACGUCCCCUGGAGCUCCUCUGGAAAUUACGCUGUCCUUCGAAGGUGAAUACCCUCAGAAGGCAGACCUCCGGGCCGAGCUGCAGGUGGCACUACACGCUAUGGUUUCCCAGGAGCAGCAGAGUCUGACUUCUGAGCGUCCCGGGACGGUACCGAUCGACACCCCACAGAGGGUGCAGGUCCGUUCAGUGCCCUCCAGAGAGGUGCUGUCCUCAGUCGUAGACUCUGUGAUGGUGACAGAGAGCACCGCCGGGUUUCCUGCGGUGGCGUCUCAGUCUGCGGUCGUCAGGACUGAAGCCGAGGCUCCAUUCCAGAGCGCCGCAUUCCAGAGUCAGACAGAGAUCCAUGAGGCCCGACAGCAGAGUCGGACCACCGUCAAGUCCCAGCAGAAAGCUGCUGCUGAGGUGACUACCAUGGUGGUCGCAGGUCAGACCUCAGUGGAACAAUACGUGGACGUCUUCGUCCACAGAGAAACCCGGGAGGAGUAUCUUUCUGAGGCCAUCAUGAUCAGCGAGUCCUCUGACAGUCUGGUGGACUACCCUGUUUUUACCAGUCCACUGGAGGAUGUUUGUGCUGAGGAAAACGGUAAAGCAGUUUUCACUGCUACCAUAAAGUUUGUGAGUAGAGUCAACUGGUUCUUCAAUGGGCAGCUCCUGAAAUCUGACAAAGAGUUCAAGUGUUCCAAAGACCGCGACACGUACACGCUAGUUAUCCACAGAGUGGUGAAGGAGCGGCAUCAAGGACAGUAUGUCUGUGAGGCUGAAAAUGAAGCCGGCAAGAUCACCACAUCCUCAAGGCUCACAGUGGUUCCACGAGUGAAGCCGGUGUUCAUUCACCGCAUCGCGCCCAUGGAGGUCACCAUCGGCCACGUGGCCAAGUUCGAGUGUGAAACGGAGGAUGCUCCUAAUGUGAGCUUCAAGUGGUUCAGAGAUGGACAGCCAAUCAAAGACGGCGAUAAGUACCGCAUCAUCAGCCGCUUCAGGACCUCCUCUCUGGAGCUGCUCAGCCCCGCGAGGGAGGACAGCGCAGAGUACUCCUGCCGGGCGUCCAAUCAACACGGCGCCGAUGAAUGUUCGGCCUACCUCAGCGUGACAGAGAGGUCCCCCCCUGUGUUUGUAACUAAACCUGAACCUCACACUGGCUUUGUGGGGAAGAGGGCCGUGAUAUUCGGUGUGAUAUCAGGGUCUGCUCCCCUCACUGUGGUCUGGUUCAAAGAUGAGCAGCCUCUGCCCAUCAUGCCCACACGCUACCACACCUCUUGUGAAAAGAAUAAGCACACUCUUGAGAUAAGGAGUCUGGAGACAACUGACAGGGGCCGAUAUGUGUGCAAGGCGUCCAACAGUGUUGGGACGGCCGAGUGUGGCGCAGAGCUGCGUGUGGUUGAUAAGCCGCGUUUCGUAAAGCCACUGGGCCCGGUGGCGGCUGUGGUGGGAGGUCCCCUGCACCUGGAGUGUCAGGUGGACGAGGACAUUGGAGUCACCGUUGCCUGGACCAGAGACGGCAGGAGAGUGCACCAGUCUCCGGACUGUAAGCUGUCUUUUGAGGUGAAGGCAGUCACUCUUGAUAUCCCAAAGACCACCCUGAAGGACUGUGGUGAUUAUGUGUGCACGGUGACCAACGAGGCCGGGAGUGCAUCCUGUUCCACCUCGGUGAAAGUUCAAGAGCCACCAGUCUUUGUUAAGAAGCUGGAGGCCUCCACAGUGUGGAAGCAGGGCAGCAGCGCACGGCUGCAGUGCGCCGUCACUGGAUCCCCUGAACUCCACUGCAGCUGGUUCUUCAACGACAGCCCACUGAGUGCCGGCGGUCGCAGCACCGUCACCAUGAAGGACGGCGUUUCCACGUUAGAGGUCCAGGAUGUCAUGCUGAGUGACAGUGGGAACUACACCUGUGAGGCUGUCAAUGACUCCGGAAGUGAGAUCUGCAGCACCAAAGUCACAGUGAAAGAACCCCCGUCUUUCAAGAGGGAGUUACUGUCCCUGGAGGCAGUGCGAGGCUCGGUCGCCGUCUUGGAGUGUGAGAUUACGGGCUCGGCUCCUCUUGAAGUCUCUUGGAAAAAGAAUAAGAAACGUCUGACCGGAGAUAAGAAGCACCGAAUAGUGUCGCAGGGAGCACUGGCCUCUCUGGAGAUCCAAUCCUUUGAGAGCGCAGACGCUGGUGAAUACGAGUGUACAGUUUCAAAUGAGGUCGGUUCAGUAACUUCCAAGUCUGGCCUCAAACAGAAAGAACCACCAAUGUUCUCUAAGAGGAUUGAGAGUACAACAGCAGUUUUGGGCAACGCAGUGAAGCUGCAGGGAACUCUGAAGGGCUCAGCUCCAAUCAUUGUGAAGUGGAUGAAAGAUUCUGAGCUGCUCAGAGACGAUGAUUCCAACAUCAAGAUGACGUUUGAGAAUAAUGUGGCCAGCAUCUCGUUCUCCUCUAUCGAGCUAAAACAUGGCGGCAAGUACACAUGUGUCGCUGAAAAUGAGGCGGGGCAGCAGAAAUGUGAAGCCGUCUUAUCCAUUCAAGAACCUGCCAGGAUCACAGAGAAAGCGGCAUCCAUCAGCGUGACAGCCGGCGAGGCGGCCACACUGGAGUGUGCCAUCUCUGGAAGCCCCGAACUGAAAGUAAAAUGGUUCAAAGACGGAAAAGAGAUGAUCAGCGGGCGUAAAUAUAAGAUGACAAUUAAGGAAAAUAUUGCUGCCUUAAAGAUUCUGUCGGCAGACAAAGGCGACACUUCCGAGUACACCAUGGAGCUGUCGAAUAAAGUCGGCAAAGACCAGUGCACCUGCUCAGUUACCGUGAUAGAUCGAGCUGUUCCUCCAUCAUUUACCAAAUCUCUAAAGAAGGUGGAUGCCAGCAUCGGUAGUGAUGUUACGUUGGAAUGCAGACUCACUGGGUCACAGCCGAUUGUUGUCUCGUGGUACAAAGACAACAAAGAAAUCCGCAGUGACAACAGAUACAAGAUUGAUUUCAGUGAGAGUCGAGCCUCUGUCACCAUAACAGGCCUGGAUCAGAGCGAUGGUGGAGUAUAUAUGUGCCGCGCUUCUAAUGACGCCGGACAGAAAGAAAGCAGUGGCACCUUGUCCGUUAAAGAACCUCCAUCCUUCACGAUGAAACCAGAGUCCCAGGAUGUUUCACCAGGAUCCAACGUGGUCAUUAGAUCAGCGUUUGUGGGAUCGGCUCCAAUGAUCAUUAAAUGGUUCAGAGAGGACAAAGAGAUUUUCACUGGGGGUAAAUGUUUCAUAAAGAAAGACGCCUCCUCCAGCUCUCUGGAGCUUCACUCUGUCAAACCCAGCGACUCUGCUAAGUAUACUUGCCAAGUAUCCAACGACGCGGGAAAAGUGGACUGCACUGUGGUCCUCUUCGUUAAAGAAGCACCAACAUUUACAAUGAAACUUGAGCCUUCACAGCUGCUGAAAACGGGACUGCCUCUCAGGCUGUCCUGCAAAGUGCAGGGCACACCCGUGAUUAGCAUCACGUGGUUCAAAAACGGCUCAGAAGUUGUUUCCGACGCCAGGCACACCAUGACCUUCGACGGCUCGAUAGCCACUCUGGAAGUAGACAACUGCUCUGUAGACGACAGUGGAGAAUAUGUGUGUGUGGCAUCGAGCGAGGCCGGCAAAGACCAGAGCAGCACCUCUGUGUCAAUCAAAGAGCCUCCAGUGUUUGUGAGGUCUUUUGAAUCCUCUGAGAUUGUGAAGGGAGCGGACAUUUUCUUGGAAGGAACCGUUUCUGGUUCUGCUCCCUUUGAAAUGAGUUGUUUCCUCAAUGAAAAGCCGCUGAGAAAUGACAAGAGACAUAAGAUGAGUGUUGAAAAUGAGACAGUGAGCCUGCAGGUCUCAGACUGUGAGAGCACUGAUGCCGGGACAUACCGGUGCACAGUCACCAACGAGGUCGGCGAGGCAUCUUGUUCUUGCCAAAUUUCCCUGAAAGAACCGCCUUCGUUUAUUCAGAAACUAGAGGAAAUGUCCUGCAUGGUGGGCUCUGAAAUCACUAUGAAGUGUGUAUUGUCUGGAUCUCUGCCCAUGACCUUCUCCUGGAUGAAAGACGAUCAAAAGCUCACAGACGAUGAGCACUUUCAGAUGUCAUGUGAUGAACGAAUUGCCACGUUGACCCUGAGAAACGCUCUGGUGUCACACGGUGGCAAAUUUAUGUGUGAGGCUCAGAACAAAGCCGGGACUCAGCGCUGUGCCGCUGGUCUGGUAGUGACAGAACCUGCAAACAUUACCGAGCAGGCAAAGUCCGUCAGUGUGACACAGGGCGAUCCAGCCCGGCUGGAGUGCCGCUUCUCAGGCACCAAACCGCUCAAAGUGAAAUGGAUGAAGGAAGGAAAAGAGCUGAAGUCAGGCCUGAGGUUUAAGAUCCAGAGCAGAGACAACACCUCGGUGCUACAGGUCCUCCGCACAGAGAGUAGCGACGCUGGCGAAUACACCUGCGAGGUGUCCAAUGUUGCCGGCAGUAGUGCAUGUGAAGCGUCAGUCACAGUUUUAGAGCCACCGUAUAUUGUCCAAAAACCCCAAUCCGCAGAGGUUUUGCCCGGAUCGAAGGUGACAUUUAGUGUCCAAAUGUCUGGCACGCCACCGCUGACCAUCAAAUGGUUCAAAAACCAGAAAGAGAUCUUAUCCAGUGCCAAUUGUUCUGUGGUCAAAAAUAGCAGCUCCAGCUCACUUCAGCUGUUCUUUGCUAAAACGUCAGACACUGGAGACUAUGUCUGCGAAAUCCAGAACGACGUGGGCACCACGUCCUGCCAGGCAGCUCUCUUUGUCAAAGAACCUCCGUAUUUCAUAGAAAAACCAGAGGAUGUUUCAUUAGUGCGAGUUGGGGACAGCAAGAUGUUUGAGUGUAAAGUUGCCGGUACUUCACCGAUCUCAGUACGUUGGUUCAGAGAUGGAGCUGAAAUACAGCAAACUUUCAGGCACAAGACGACAUUUUCAGAUUCUGUGGCCACGUUGGAGAUCUAUGAAGUUGAUGAAAGUGAUGGUGGAAAAUACUUCUGUGAGAUCUCCAACGAGGCCGGUGUGGAGAGCUGCACAUUCGGUCUUGACGUGAAAGAAAUACCUUCUUUCAUCGAGGAACUGUCAUCUCUACAAGUUGUUAAAGGUUCAACCGUGGCAUUUGACUGCAAACUGGCAGGAAGUGCUCCUUUUAGUGUCACGUGGUUUAAAGAUCAAAAGCCAAUCAAGUCCAGCCAAAAGUUCCUUAUUGUUGAUGGCGAGAAGGUGGGCCUUAAGGUCCAGGACUGUAGAGAGGAGGAUGUUGGGGCUUAUCGAUGUGUGGUCACCAAUGAGGUUGGGAGUUGUGAAAGUUUUGCCUCAUUAUCUCUUAAAGUUCCUCCGAUAUUUGUCAAGAAAAUCGAAAAUGUCUCCACUGUUGUGGGAGACGUUGCUGUGUUUAGCUGCCUUGUGGACGGUUCACCACCUCUCUCGGUGCAGUGGCAAAAAGAUGAGAACUGGAUCUCAGAGGAUCCAAAGAUACAGAGGACAUUUGAGAACAACCAGGCAUUUCUGAGGAUCCCUGCCUGUGAGGCCACUCAUGGUGGGAGAUACACCUGCCAGGCUGUGAAUGAAGCUGGGCAGGACAAAUGUGUUGCCACCCUGAUCGUACAAGAACCACCAACCAUAAAACAGAAACCAGAGCUGGUCAAAGUGACCCGUGGAGAUCCGGUUAGUCUUGAAUGCAAAGUAGCCGGUACUCCUCAGAUCAAUGUGAGAUGGGUCAAAGAUGGUAAAGAGCUCGAAUCGAGCAGGAAGCAUCAUCUGCAGUAUGAGAACCAGCUGAGCAGUCUGAACAUAGCAGCCUCUGAGCUGCAGGACGGCGGCGAGUACCUGUUUGAAGCGAGGAACGCGGUGGGGACGUGCAGUUGUAAAGUCACACUGGUGGUUUUAGAGGAGGUCAUCCCUCCCACCUUCAUUAGGAAACUGACAGACAUUCAAGCUCUCAUGGGCUCACUGGUGACUCUGGAGUGCAAAGCUGCCGGCUCUCAGCCACUGUCAGUUCAAUGGAGCAAAGGGAAAGAAAAUAUCAGCAGCAGCUCCAAGUACAAACUGCUGCAUGCUGACAAUACCAUGUCUCUGGAGUUCAAACUGAGCCAGAGUUCAGACACGGGAGAGUACUCCUGUAAAGUUUCCAAUUCAGCCGGCAGCUGUGUGUGCAGCGGCGUCCUCACUGCCAAAGUGCCUCCCAGGUUCACAGUCGAGCCCGAGUCUCAGGCUGUCAUCCCAAAGUCUGACGUGCUCCUCAAGAGCGUCUUUGAAGGGACACCACCCUUUACGGUGAAAUGGUUCAAGGAUGAGGUGGAGCUAAUCACGGGGCCACAGUGCACCGUCAGACUGGAGAAAAACUCCUCGUCUGUGGAACUGCACUCUGUCGGGCCUCUGCACAGCGGCUCUUACUCCUGCCAAGUUAGCAAUGAAGCCGGUGCAGUGAAAAGUGCGGCAGAGUUGUUGGUGAAAGAGCCUCCUCAGUUUGUCGUCAAACUGCCUCCCACUACCUUUGUGAAGCAGUGUGAAGGACACCGCUUCGAAUGCAAGGCCACCAGCGCUCAAUCCCUGAAAAUGUGCUGGUACAAAAAUGACCAAAAGAUAACCGACAGCGACAACUAUAAAACAAUGUUUGUCGACUCCACCGCGUACCUGCAGCUGAACAGUGCCAGGUUCGAGGAUAACGGCACCUUCACGUGUGAGGCGUUCAAUGACGCCGGCUCUGCCAGCUGCAGCACCGUGCUCACAGUUCAAGAAUCACCUUCCUUUAUUAAAACUCCCAGCCCAGUGGAGGGCAUCAAAGGAAAAGACGCCAGCCUGCAUUGUGAGAUAUACGGCACCCCACCUUUCCAGGUCAGCUGGUACAAAGACAGGAGGCCUCUUAAGGAGAGUAGAAGGCAUAAGAUUGUCUCUGAGGGAACCUCUGCCGCUCUUCAUAUUAUGAAACUAGAGCAGGAUGACAUCGGCCUCUACGAGUGCCGAGUGUCGAAUAAUGUGGGAAGUGAGUCCUGCCGCACCAACAUCACUCUGAAAGAACAACCGGCGUUCGUCAAGAAACUGGUUGACCAGUCAGUGCAAGUCAAUCAGCAGCUGGUGCUCACGGCCACUGUGAAGGGCUCCGAGCCUCUGACAGUGUCCUGGGUCCAGGACAAAGACCACAUCCUGAGAGAAGGUGACAACAGAAAAAUCACCUUUGAGAACAACGUGGUCACUCUUAUAGUUCCCAAAGCUGACUUGGCCACGGCCGGGAAAUACACUUGCCAACUGAGGAACGACUCCGGUGUGGUGGAGUCUGUCUCCCAAGUGACCGUCCUAGAACCGGCUGCCAUCGUGGAUAGUCCCGAGUCCUUGAAUGUGAAGUCUGGAGAUAAUGUGUCUCUGGAAGUUACCGUUUCUGGUUCACCAGAGCUGAAAAUUAAGUGGUUCAAGGACAAUAAGGCCAUUUCUGUGGGUGCCAAGUAUCAAACAGUCUUCUCCAAAAAGGUUGCAACCCUGAAGAUUCGCUCUGCUGACAAAGGAGAUGCUGGAGAUUACAAGGUGGAGGUCACAAACCCCAUAGGCACAGCCUCCAGCAGCACUAGACUCUCUGUUUCAGAUAAGUUGAUUCCUCCGAGCUUCAUCAGGAAGCUGCGGGACACCCACCUGGUUGUGGGUAAACCCGGCGAGAUGGAGUGUAAGGUCACCGGUUCUCCUCCUUUGACCACUUCCUGGCUCCACAAUGGUGAAGAGAUCAAGAGCGGCCCGAACUACGACAUUAGCUGCACCGAUAACAGCUGCAAACUCAAAGUUCUCAGCAUCAGCAUGUCUGACGCUGGCAAAUACACAUGCAAAGCAACCAAUGACGCCGGCGCUAGUGAGACAAGUGCUACCAUGAAUGUGACAGAGCCUCCUUCUUUCCUCGAACCACCCGAGAACAAAGAAACCCUGCCUGGCAACAAUGUGUCUUUCGUGGCUAGAGUGCAAGGCAGCAUGCCCUUGAAGGUGAAGUGGUUCAGGGGGGUGAAGGAGAUGCUGCACGGCCGCGGCUGCGAGAUCUCUCUGAAGAACGACGUGGCCACUCUGGUGCUUCACCGAGUGGACACGUCGCAUGCAGGAGAGUACACGUGCCAGGCCAUCAACGAGGCCGGCAAAGAGAGCUGCCCAGUUUAUCUGUUUGUUAAAGAGCCCGUCCGCUUCGUGAAGAAGCUGAGGGACAUUUCCACUGAGAAGGACAAGCCGUUGAGGCUGGAGGUCACGUUUGCCGGUACACCACAGGUCAACGUGAGCUGGAAGAAGGACGGAAAACCCAUCUGGGGCUCGUAUCAGUACAACGUGAUUUCCACCGACACCUCCUGCAUCCUGGAGGUUCUUAACUCUGACCGGCUGGAGGCGGCUGGUAGAUACUCUUGCGAGGUAGACAACGGAGUUGGAAGUGACCGAUGUGAAGCUCAAGUUUCCAUUCUAGAGCGCCCAUACUUUGUUGACAAGAUGCUGCCGCUGGCUGUGGUUGUGGGUGAAUCCAUCACCCUCGAAUGCCGUAUCGCAGGAACACCCGACAUCUCCGUUUCUUGGUUUAAAGCUGGCGGGAAGCUGCGAAAGUCCAACACGUGCUCCAUGGAUUUCGUGAACGGUGUGGCCUCUUUGAAAGUGAUCAAUAGCACCAAGCUCGAUUAUGGCGAGUACACCUGCAGGGCUGAGAACCGCAUGGGCUCAGCCUCCACCAGCUGCCAAGUGACGGUGACAGAGCCUGUGUGCUUUAUCAAGCGGCUUGAGGACACUACCUUCAUGGUCGGCGAGCCGUUGAAGCUUGCGUGCACAUACAGCGGCAGCCAGCGUGUGUACGUCUCCUGGCGGAAGGACGGGAAGCCCAUCUGGGCCUCCUACAAGUACAACGUGAAGACCAGCGAGUCCACCUGCAUCCUGGAGGUCCUCAACAGUGACCGGCCCGAGGCAGCCGGCUCGUACUCCCAGAGAGCGUACGUGACCUGGAAGAAGGACGGGAAGCUCAUCUGGGCAUCCUACAAGUACAAUGUGAAGACAACCCACGACACCUGCACCCUAGAGGUCCUCAACAGUGACCGCGAGGAUGCAGUGGGAAAAUACACCUGUGAGAUAACGAAUGCUGAAGGAAGCGAUGUCUGCCACGCUAAUGUGAAGCUAGAGCCGGUUAGCUUUGUGAGGAAGCUCAGAGACUGCUACUAUCAGGUGGGCCGGCCUCUGCAGCUGGACUGCACCUUCACUGGCAGUCAGAGAAUCUACGUCAGCUGGAUGAAGGAUGGGAAACCUAUCUGGGCUUCAUACAAAUACAACGUCCACACCACUCGCUUCUCCAGCACACUGGAUGUGCUCAACAGUGACCGGCAGGAAGCUGCCGGCAGGUACUCCUGCCAGAUUUCCAACUCAGAGGGGUCAGCGAUCUGCCACGCCACAGUCCAGAUAGAGCCCGUUAGCUUCACCAGCCCGCUGCAGGACACCACCUACAGGCUGGGCCAGCCUCUGCAGCUGUAUUGCGCCUUCAGUGCCAGCCCACCAGUCCACGUGAGCUGGAGGAAAGAUGGGAAACCCAUUUGGGCGUCGUACAAAUACAAUGUGACGACCAGUCGGGACUGCAGCGUGCUGGAUGUGCUGAACAGUGACCGGCUGGAGGCCACUGGCACAUACUCCUGCGAGGUGUCCAACUCCCAAAACCAUGCGGUGUGCUCUGCACACGUCACACUAGAACCUGUGCGCUUCCUGAAGAAGCUGGAGGAUGUGACCUUCAGAGUCGGUCAUCCUCUCAAGCUUCAUGUCACCUUUACUGGCAGCCGCCACAUCCACGUGAGCUGGACUAAAGACGGGAAGCCCAUCUGGGCAUCGUACAAGUACAACGUGCACACGACAGACACCAGCUGCGAACUGGAGGUGCUGAAUAGCGACAGGGAGGAGGCUGCCGGGAAAUACUCCUGUCAGAUAUCUAACGCUAGCAGCUCCGACAUCUGCCACGCACAGGUCACUUUAGAACAAAAAGUCCCUCCAACCUUCACCAAGAGGCCCUCAGAGUCCAUGGUGGACUCGGUAGGUAAGACAGUGAAGAUGGAGGGUAGGGUGUCAGGCUCUCAGCCUCUGACCGUCACCUGGUACAAGGACAACAAUCAGAUCACCCCGUCUGGAAAAUACGAUGUCAGCUUCCAGAGCAAUGUGGCCACGCUGAGCGUGAAAGACUCCAAAGACACUGACAGCGGCUUGUACAUCUGUGAAGUCGCUAACGAUGCUGGCAAAGCUUCCUGUCGGGUUUCUCUUUCCAUCUCAGAAGGUGGCCAGGCUCCGAAGUUUGACACUCCUCUGGAGCCAGUGUCGGUUGGCGAGGGUGACAAGCUGAACCUGCGCUGUCACGUGACUGGCACCCCUCCUCUCACCAUUCAAUGGAUGAAGGACCGCCGGGAGCUCAGGUCCAGCGGAAACACCCGCAUCACAUUUGUGGGUGGGACAGCAAACCUGGAAGUCAGCCAAGCGUCCAAGAGCGAUGCCGGAGAUUACCUGUGCAAAGCUAGCAAUGCUAGUGGGAGUGACUUCUGCAAGUCCAGAGUCACUGUCACCGUGAAACCAUCCGCUGCGGAGCCCGCUGCCGCCCCCGCUGCCGCCCCCGCUGCCGCCCCGGCUCCCGCUGCUCCAGUCAAACGGCUUGAUAAUCUGUUCUUCAUCGAAGAGCCACAGAACGUCGCCGUCACAGAAAAGGGAACCGCAACCCUCAUUGCCAAGAUUGGAGGUGACCCCAUCCCCAGCGUGAAGUGGAUGAAGGGCAAGUGGAGGCAGAUGACCCACGGUGGACGCAUCUCCCUUGAACAGAAAGGGCAGGAUGCCAAACUGGAGAUCCGAGACGUGACCAAGUCUGAUGCUGGCCAGUACCGCUGUGUGGCCACCAACAAGCACGGUGAGAUUGAGUGCAGCGCGGACAUCGAGGUCCGCAAGAAGGAGGAAGCAGGAGGACUCGGCGACCUAAGGACCAUGCUCAAGAAAACUCCAUCCAAGCAGAAGAGUCCCAAAAAGGAUGAGGAGGUGAACAUUGUGGAGUUGCUCCGAGGCCAUGACCCCAAAGACUACGAGAGGAUUCUGCGAGAGCAUGGCAUCCAUGACUACAGAGCCAUCCUGCAAGCUGUUGAGUUCCUCAAGAAGGAGAAGGAGAUGGAGACCUCCAAAGUGGAGGUGGAGCGUGGAGGUCGUGUUGAAGAGGAGGACAUGGCCAGACUGAUGCAGCAGCUGGAAGGAAGUGUAGCAGCUGAGCCCGUCUCAGUGAUUGAAGACAUCUCUGACCAGACAGCCACAGAGAACCAGAGUGCCACCUUCCAGUGUCAGAUCCGCAUCAACUACCCAGAGAUUGCGCUUACCUGGUAUAAAGGUACAACGAAGCUGGACAGCAGUGACAAUUAUGAAAUUAGCAGCGUGGGUGACCGCCACUUCCUGAAGAUCCGCCACUGCCAGCUCAAAGACCAGGGCAACUACCGUGUGGUGUGCGGCCCCCACAUCUCCAAUGCCAAGCUCAGCGUCACAGAAGCCAAAAGGCCUGUUGAGGAGCAGGUUUCAAGGAAGCAGGUGGAGAUGCGAGGAGACGUCCCUGAAGAGCCUUCAGUUUACCCCAAACCUGAACCAGAACCACAGAUGGUUCCCAGAAAGGAACCUCAGCCACCCAUGACUACCGAGAAAGCACUACCUGCUGUCCCCGAGCCCAAGCAGGCCAGAACGAGAGGACCAGAAAAGCCCACCACACCGUCUCCUCCAAGCCAAAAGGCCAGUCCUCCAGAGCAGAAGAAGGCAGAGAAACAGCCUCCACCAAAACAAACCGAAGCAUUAAAGAGAGUCGAACUCAAAAAGACUCCCUCACCCCGAGUAGGAAAAGAGAAGGUUGAAGAACAAAAACCCCUCAAACCUGCUGAGCUGCUCAAGAAGGUGGAGCUGAAAAAGACCCCAUCACCAAAGGAGCCGGAGAAAAAGACUCAAGCUGACAAAGUUCCGAAGAUUCCUAAAACUGUUUCACCAAAAGACUCCAUUGAGGCAGUCACCCUGAGAAAGGUCCAGAAAAAACCAUCGCCAGAACCAGAAUCUGUGAAGCCUGAGAAAGAGCAGAUCCCCCUGGUGAAGGAGGUAUCUCCUGGAGCAGUGCAGAUGCAAAGAGUCAGCACCCAGCCUGAAGAGGAGGUGCUGGAAGAGGAGGCUGAAGAGCAGGACAAGGAGGAGGAGGAGGAGGCCUGGGGCUGGGAGCUGGUUCCCCCUGAAGACUGGGAAGGUGAAGGGGUGGAUGGGGCGCUGGAGACCCCGGGUAUGCCCGGCGCCAGACGAGCGAGACAGACGCCGUCUCCUGGUGAUGGAGGCAGAGGGCGGGGCCUGAGGCCCGGCGGGAAAGGCCCCUCCCCUCCGGAGGAACCGUUCGGAGGCUUCAAGCUGAAGGCUGUCCCUCUGAAGUUCAUCAAGAAGCUGCAGGACAUUGUUCUGCAGGAGGCGGAGUCCAUCGGCUCCUCGGCCAUCUUUGAGUGCGAGGUGUCGCCCUCCACCGCCAUUGCCUCCUGGAUGAAGGACGGCAGCAACCUGCGAGAAGGACCCAAACAUAAGUUCACCUCUGAUGGCAAAGACCGUAAGCUACACAUCGCCGAUGUGCAGCUGUCUGAUACCGGAGAAUACACCUGUGUGGCCAAGAAUGCAGGGAAGGAGAUCACCUGCACGGCCAAGCUCAUCGUGGAAGAACUUCCUGUGAAGUGGCUCAGCGAGCUGGAACCUGAGACCACCUGUAUGAAGGGUCAGCCCAUGUAUCUGACCUGUGAGCUCAACAAAGAGAGAGACGUGAUCUGGAAGCGUAACGGCGCUCCCUUGAAGACGCGUGCCGGGAAGGUGGCCAUCAACGUGAUCGGCAUGCAGCAGGCCAUCACCAUCCAGAACGCCACCGAGGAGGACGCCGGCGCCUACACCUGCGAGGUGGAUGGGCAGGAGGACGUGAAGACCACCACCAACGUCAAAGUGAUCGAGAUCAUUAAGGACUGGCUGGUGAAGCCGCUGAGGGACCAGCACGUCAAACCAAAGGCCAAGGCGACCUUCAAGGGCGAGCUCUUCAAGGAAACUGACAACUGGAAGUGGUUCAAAGGCGACACGGAGCUCACGCCUUCAGACAAAGUGGAGAUUGCCAAAGACGGAAAGAACGUGACGCUCACCAUCAACAACUGCCAGCCCAACGAUGUGUCGGACUACACCAUUGAGGUGGAGGACCGCCGAUACUCGGCCAAGCUGACGCUGGGAGAGCGCGAGGCGGAGAUCCUGAAGCCUCUGGCCAGCGUGGAGGUGGUGGAGAAGGAGGAGGCUAACUUUAAUACAGAGAUUUCAGAGGACGAUAUUGUCGGUGAAUGGAAGCUGAGAGGACAAGUCUUAGCCAGAACUCCGACCUGCGAUAUUCGAUCAGAGGGCAAGAAGCGCUUCCUGACCCUGAAGAACGUGCAGCUGGAUCAGGCCGGCGAGGUGUCGUACCAGGCGCUGAACGCCGUCACCAGCGCCAUGCUGACGGUCAAAGAAAUCCAGAUGGGCUUUGUGGAGCCUCUGAAGGACGUGUCGGUGCCUGAAAAGAAACAGGCUAAGUUUGAGUGCAGCAUAACUAAGGAUGUGACAAAAGUCAUGUGGCUCCGAGGAGCCGAGAUCAUCACCCCGAGCCCCAAAUACGAGAUCAUUGACGAUGGAAAGAAACACAUGCUGAUCAUAAACAGCUGUGAGUUUGACGAUGAGUCCGAGUACACCAUAGAGGUGCUCGGGGAGAAAUCCUCCGCUCGGCUGUUGGUAGAAGGCAUGAGGCUGAAGUUUGUGCAGGCUCUCCAGGAUCAGACCGUGAAAGAAGGUAAAACGGCUCGCUUUGACCUGGAGCUGACUCAUGAGAACGUGCCAGUGGUCUGGUACCGAAACGAGAUCAAACUCCACGUGGGCCGCACGGUGCUCACACAUGUGGAGGGAAAGAAACACACACUAGAAUUGAGGACGGUGACUCUAGAUGAUACCUGCCAGAUAAAGGCAGAGGCCAAAGGAAUUUACUCCAUGGCAAAACUGACGGUCAUAGAGGGAGACGCAGUCUUCGUGGUGAAGCUGCAGGACUACUCGGCCACGGAGAAGGAAGAGGUGACCCUGGACUGCGAGCUGAGCAAAGACGUCCCCGUGCUGUGGUACCACCAGGAGAAGGAGAUCACCGCAUCCAAGACGGUGGUCAUAAGGUCAGAAGGCACACGCAGGUCUUUGGUCCUGAAGAAGGUGGAGCAGAGCGACAAGGGAAGCUACACCUGUGACUGUGGGACCGACAAGACCACGGCCAACCUCAGCAUUGAAGCACGUGACAUUAAAAUCGUGCGACCGAUUUACGGCGUGGAGCUGUUUGAUGGAGAGACGGCUCGAUUUGAAGUGGAGAUCUCGGAGGACGACGUGCACGGCCAGUGGAAACUCAACGGAGAAAUCCUGAAUCCUUCUGCCGAUGUUGACCUGAUCGAGGAGGGCGGCAAACACACGCUCAUCCUCUACAACUGCAAAGUGGCCAUGACCGGCGAGGUGUCGUACUCUGCGGCUAACGCCAAGUGUGCUGCCAACCUGAAGGUCAAAGAGCUUCCGCUGAACUUCCUCACGCCGCUGAGCGACGUUCAGGUGUACGAGAAAGACGAGGCCCGCUUCGAGGUGGAGGUGUCGAGACCACCAAAGCUCUUCCGCUGGCUCAAGGGCUCCCAGGAGCUGCAGAGCGACGACAAGUACGAGAUAAACCAAGAAGGAAACGUCUAUUGGCUGCUGAUCCGCUCGGCCGCCUACGAUGACGAAGCCAAGUACAUAUUUGAGGCCGAGGACAAGAGGACCACUGGCAAGCUGGUCAUCCAAGGUAUCCGCCUGGAGUUUGUCAAACCAAUCAAAGAUGUGACGGUGAAGGAGCGCGAGACGGCUGAAUUCAGCGUGGAGCUUUCCCAUGACAAUGUCCCGGUGGCGUGGUACAAAAACGAUGUGCGGCUCCACCCUAGUAAGGUGGUGCACAUGUCGGAUCAGGGGAAAGUCCACACUCUGGCCUUCAAGGAGGUCACCAUCGACGACACCUCCAUGAUCAAAGUGGAGGCCAUGGACAAGACCGUGAGCGCCAUGCUCACUGUCAUUGAGGGCGACCUGUACUUCACCACCAAGCUGCAGAACUACACGGCGGUGGAGAAGGACGAGGUGCGGCUGGUGUGUGAACUGAGCAAAGCCGUGGCGGACGUGAAAUGGUUCAAAGACGGGAAGGAGAUCACGCCAUCCAAAAACAUCGCCAUCAGCACCGACGGCAAGAAACGCCUCCUGACGGUGAAGAAGGCCGAGAAGAGCAACAUCGGCGCUUACACGUGUGACUGCGGCUCCGACAAAACCACCGCCAACCUCAACAUCGAAGAGCGGGACAUCAAGGUGGUCCGGCCGCUCUACAGCGUGGAGGUCACCGAGACGGAGACGGCCAAGUUUGAGACGGACAUCUCGGAGGAGGACGUCCACGGGAACUGGAAGCUGAAGGGCGAAGCCCUGCAUCAGUCUGCCGAUGUAGAGAUUAAAGAGGAGGGAACCCGCCACCUGCUGAUCCUCUACAAUGUGCGUCUGGACAUGGCCGGAAGCGUCGACUUCUCCGCCGCCAACGCCAAAUCCAGCGCUCAGCUGCGGGUCAAAGCUCGCUCCAUCACGCUGUCGCGGCCUCUGAAGGACGUGACGCUGACCGCCGGAGAGACCGCCACCUUCGAGUGUGAGCUGUCCUACGAGGGCAUCGCCGUGGACUGGUUCCUCCAAGGACAGAAGAUGGAGGCCAGCGAGCGGGUCAAGACUCGGGUGGCAGGAAAAGUUCACACUCUGACGAUCAGAGACGUGAAGUUGUCCGAGGCUGGCGAGGUCAAACUGACCGCCAAGGACUUCCAGACCGCAGCUCAGCUCAUUGUCAGAGAGCCACCGGUGGAGUUCACCAAACCUCUGGAGGACCAGACGGUGGAGGAGGAGGCCACGGCCACGCUGGAAUGCGAAGUGUCCCGAGAGAACGCGGAGGUGCGCUGGUUCAGGGAGGGCCAGGAGAUCAGAAAGACCAAGAAGUAUGAUGUCGUCGCUGACGGACGCAAGAGGACGCUCAUCAUCCACGACUGCAUGCCGGACGACGCCAAGAUGUAUACGUGCGACGCCAAAGAGUUCAAAACGUCCUGCUUCCUGGAGGUCAUGCCUCCUCAUGUGGAGUUCAGCAAACCUCUGCAGGACGUGGAAGUCAGAGAGAAGGAAUCUGCCAAGUUUGAGUGUGAGGUGUCUCGCGAGUCGGCCAAGGUUCGCUGGUUCAAGGACGGCAAUGAGAUUCGGAAAGGAAAGAAGUAUGAGAUCAUUGCAAAGGGAGUCCAGAGGAUCCUCAUCGUCCACAAGUCGGUGUUUGACGAUGAGGCCGAGUACGAGUGCGACGCCAGAACCUCCAAGACCUCCGGCAUGCUGACAGUCAUUGAGGAGGCAGCCAGGUUCACCAAGAACUUGUCCAACGUGGAGGGAACAGAGACGGACAGUGUGAAGAUGGUGUGCGAGGUGUCCAAGGCCAGUGCCGACGUCACCUGGUACCGCGGCGACGAGGAGCUGCCCGAGGGCGGCCGCUACGAGCAGAUCGUGGACGGACGCAAGAGGAUCCUGAUCAUCCAGGAUCUGAGGAUGCAGGACGCCGGGGAGUACAACUGCAGGCUGAGUCCCACCAUCAAGACAUCGGCGAUGCUUAAGCUCAACGAGCUGGCCGCCGAAUUCAUUGCCCGUCCUCAGAACCAGGAAGUAGUGGAGGGUGAGAAGGCGGAGUUUGCCUGCUCCGUCUCCAAAGACACGUAUGAGGUCAAGUGGUUCAGAGGGGACAAGGAAGUAGAAGCCGGAGACAAGUUCACCAUCAUCAGUGAGGGGAAGAGAAGGGCUCUGAUUGUCAAGGACUGUCAGCUGAAGGACGAGGGAGGCUAUGUGGCCUACAUUGGGAACGUGAAAGCCUCGGCCGAUCUCUGUGUGAUCGAGAAACUGAGGAUCAUCACGCCCAUCAAAGACACAGAGGUGAAGGAGGGCAGCGAGAUCGUCUUCAACUGUGAGACCAACGUGGACGGAGCCAAGGCCAAGUGGCUCAAGGACCAGGACACAGUGUUCGAGAGCAGCAAGUACAUGGUGUCUCAGCGAGACAACGUCUUCUCACUGAGAAUCCGAGAUGCCCAGAAGUCCGACGAGGCCGCCUACACCGUCAGCUUGACCAAUCACAGAGGAGAACAUGCUAAGAGCACCGCCAACGCCAAAGUGUCAGAGGAGAAGCUGAAGUUCCUGGAUCCCAUCGAGGACAUCGAGACUCAAGAGAAGAAGACCAUCAGCUUCGUCUGUAAGGUGAACCGGCCUGAGGUGACUGUGAAGUGGAUGAAGGCCGGACAGGAAGUGACGCUCAGCAAGCGUAUCGUCUACCGUGCCGACGGCCUCAAACACACCCUGACCAUCAAAGACUGUGUGAUGGACGACGAGGGCGAGUACACCGCCGUGGUGGGAGACGACAAGUGUUCGGCCGAGCUGAUCAUCAGCGAGGCACCCACCGACUUCACGGCGCAGCUCAAAGACCAGACCAUCACCGAGUUCGAGGACGCAGAGUUCACCUGCAAGCUGAGCAAAGAGAAGGCCGUGGUGAAGUGGUACAGGAACGGACGGGAGAUCAGAGAAGGACCCAGAUAUCACAUGGAAAGAGAAGGCAAGACCUGCAGACUGGUCAUCAGGGUGUGCAGGCCAGACGAUGAAUGUGAAUACGCCUGCGGUGUGGACGAGAGGAGGACAAGAGCCAGACUGUUUGUGGAAGAGACCCCGGUGGAGAUCGUCAGACCUCCUCAGGAUCUGUUCGAGCCUCCGGGAUCAGACGUGGUGUUCGAGGUGGAGCUGAACAAAGACAGAGUGGAGGUGAAGUGGAUGAGAAACAACAUGAUCAUAGUCCAGGGAGACAAGUACCAGAUGAUCAGCGAGGGCAAAGUCCACCGGCUGCAGGUCUGCGAGAUCCGACCCCGAGACCAGGGCGAGUACCGGGUCAUUGCCAAGGACAAGGACGCCAAGGCCAAGCUGGAGCUGGCAGCUGUUCCAAAGAUCAAAACCACCGAUCAGAACCUGGUCACAGAUGCCGGAAAGCCGUUCGUCAUGACCGUGCCCUACGACGCCUACCCUCGUGCUGAUGCUGAGUGGUUCUUCCAGGGCGCCAUUUUGCCCGUUCAGAACAUUGACACCUCCACCGACCGUACCGAGUUCCGCAUGAAGAGCCCCAGUAAGGAGGACCAGGGCAAGUACCGCAUAGUCAUCAAGAACAAGCACGGUGAAGGGGAAGCCUUCAUCAACCUGGACGUGAUCGAUGUCCCUGGACCAGUCAAAAACCUGCGGGUUGUUGACACCACUGACGGUGAGGUCAGUUUGUCCUGGGAAGAGCCUGAGUCCGAUGGUGGCAGCAAGAUCGUGGCUUAUGUUGUGGAGCGACGAGACGUGAAGCGCAAGACCUGGACUCUAGCAACAGAUCGCGCUGAUACUCCAGAAUACUGCGUCAGCGGUCUCCAGAAGGACUCCUGGUAUCUCUUCAGAGUCUCUGCCCGAAACAGAGUUGGCAGUGGACCUGCAGUGGCCACUGAGGAUGCAGUCCAAGCCAAGAACAAGUUUGAUGUCCCAGACGCUCCAGAAAAUGUUGAGGUUGGCGUGGUGAACAAGUUUGGUGCCACCGUCCACUGGGAGCCACCCAAGUUUGACGGCGGCUCUGAGAUCACCGCUUACGUGAUUGAGCUCCGUGACCGGACGUCAGUGAAGUGGGAGGCAGCCCUGGUCUGCAGCCCCGAGGACCGCACGGCCACGCUGAACGAUGUGGUGGAGAACAAGGAGUACAUCUUCAGGGUCCGCGCCGAGAACAAGGCUGGCAUCGGCAGGCCCAGUGCUGCCACCAAACCUGUGAAGAUCAUGGACCCCAUCGAGCGGCCGAGUCCACCGCUCAACCUGAACUUCAGCGACCAGAUCAAAAGUGCCGUCACCCUGACCUGGGAGACACCGCUGAGCAAUGGCGGCAGCAUGAUCACCGGCUACAUUAUCGAGAAGUGCGACGAUGGCUCUGAUAAGUGGCUUCGCUGCAAUGCCCGGCUGUGUCCGGAUCUCUCGUUCCGGGUGUCCGGAUUGAAGCCUGGUCAGAAGUACCUCUACAGAGUUUGUGCUGAGAACGCGGCUGGCGUGUCUGACCCUGCCGAGCAGCUCGGACCACUGCUGGCCGACGACCCUCAUGUGGGUCCGACCUUUGACCUGAGUGGCUUCAGGAACGGGCUGGAGGUCAUCGUCCCGCAGCCCCUCACCAUCCGGGUGCCCAUCACCGGAUACCCCACGCCCGUCGCCAAGUGGACGUUCGGCGAGAAGGAGCUGAGCACUGAGGAUGACCGCGUGUCCAUGAUGACCAAGUCUACAUUCACGGAGCUGACCAUCACGCCGAGCGUCCGUCCAGACAAAGGAACGUAUAGUCUGCAGCUGGAGAACGACAUGUCGUCCGUCUCUGGAGAGAUUGAAGUCAAUGUCAUCGCAUGUCCUAGUGCGCCUAAAGACUUCAAGGUGGCUGAGGUCACUCGACACCACGUCCACCUGAUGUGGGAGGCACCAGAGCACGAUGGUGGCAGUCCAGUCACCCACUACCAGAUUGAGAAGAGGGAGGUGUCUCGCAAGACCUGGGCCAAGGUGGCUACUGGUGUCCUGGACCUCGAGCACACCGUCACGGAUGUCAUCGAGGGGAAGGAGUACCUGUUCAGUGUGUCUGCCUGCAACAAGUGUGGACCUGGAGAGCCGGCGUACAUCGAUGAGCCCGUCAACGUGUCGUCUCCGGCCACUGUUCCUGAUCCUCCUGAGAAUCUGAAAUGGCGUGACAAGAGUGGUAAGAGUAUUUUCCUGUCCUGGGAGCCUCCGAAGUACGAUGGCGGCGCCCCACUCAAAGGCUACGUGGUGGACAAGUGUCAGCGCGGUACCGACAAAUGGGAACCUUGCGGUGACCCGAUUCCUGAGCUGAAGUAUCAGGUGACGGGGCUGAUCGAGGGCCAGUGGUACGCCUACAGAGUCCGAGCUUUCAACAAGCUGGGUGCAGGCCGACCCUGUCGGGCCACCGAUGAGAUCCAGGCGGUGGACGCUCGAGAACCUCCAGAGAUCCAACUGGACGUGAAGCUGCUGGCCGGUCUGACCGCUAGAGCCGGUACCAAGAUCGAGCUCCCGGCAGACGUCAAAGGAAAGCCCGACCCCCGCAUCAAGUGGACCAAGGCCGACCACGUUCUGCGGCCCGACGACCGCAUCGCCAUCGACACUCAGCCGGGACACUCUAAGCUGUCUAUUGGCAACACCACCAGAGGAGACACCGCCACCUACAUCAUCGAGGCAGUCAAUGCCUGCGGCCGUGCCACUGCCACUAUUGACGUCAAUAUCCUCGACAAACCUGGUCCCCCGGCUGCCCUCGAUAUCUCAGAGAUCACCAACGAGUCCUGUGUCCUGGCCUGGAACCCCCCACGCGACGACGGUGGCUCGGUCAUUACCAACUACAUUGUGGAGAGUCGUCAGACAGACAAAGAGGAAUGGGUCAAGCUGUCGGCCACAGUGAAGCACACCACCUUCAAGGCCUGUAAGCUCACUGCUCUGAAGGAGUACGUCUUCAGGGUCAGUGCUGAGAACCAGUACGGCAUCGGUGUGCCUGCAGAACAUGUUCCCAUUGUCGCCAAAUACUCCUUUGAUCCUCCUGGUCCACCGUCCAGAGUCACUCCCUCCGACAUUGCCAAGGAUGCUGUGACUCUCACCUGGUUCGAGCCCGAUGAGGAUGGCGGCAGCCCUAUCACCGGCUACUGGGUGGAGAAGUUCGAUCCAGAGAGUGACAAGUGGAUCCGCUGCAACAAACUUCCCAUCAAGGACACUACGUUCAGGGUCAAGGGAUUGCCCACCAAGAAGAAGUAUCGUUUCCGUGUGCUAGCGGAGAAUCUUGCUGGACCUGGGAAACCCAGCACAGAAACAGAUCCCGUCCUCAUCAAAGACCCUAUCGAUCCCCCGUGGGCUCCAGGUAAACCUGUGGUCAGGGACGUUGCCAAGACAUCUCUCACUCUGGCAUGGACCCGUCCAGAGCAUGACGGUGGCGCUAAGAUCGAAGGCUACAUCAUUGAGUUCCAGAAAACUGGCAGUGAGGAAUGGAUCCACAUCGCCGAUGGUGUUCCUCAGACCGAGCACCAGCUGAAGGGUCUGAAGGAGAAGCAGGAGUACUCCUUCAGGGUGAAGGCCGUCAACAAGGCGGGAGAGAGUGAGCCCAGUGAGCCCAGCGACCCUGUAGUCUGCAAGGAACGACUAUAUCCUCCAUCUGCACCUCAGUGGCUGGAGGUGACCAACAUCACCAAGACCAACGCUGAUCUGAAGUGGCAAGCGCCCAGCAGUGAUGGCGGCUCACCCAUCACCAACUACGUCGUGGAGAAGAGGGACGUCAGGCGAAAAGCCUGGCAGACCAUGGACACCACCGUCAAAGAGCUGAAGUACACUGUGACACCACUCAACGAAGGAUCGCUCUACGUGUUCCGCGUCGCCGCUGAGAACGCUGUGGGAAUGGGUGAAUUCUGUGAGCUAGAAGAUGCUGUGCUCGCCAAAGACACUUUCACCACUCCUGGUCCUCCUUAUGCUCUGACAGUCUUGGAGGUCUCCAAGAGGCAUGUGGAGUUAAAAUGGGAACCUCCCAAGAGCGAUGGUGGAAGACCGAUAACCAAGUAUGUGAUUGAAAAGAAAGAAAAGGUGGGAACUCGAUGGUUAAAGUGCUGCAAGACUCCCGACAGGAAAACUCAGUUUAAGGUCACGGACGUGGAUGAAGGAUCUGAGGUCCAGUUCCAGGUCAGAGCCGAGAAUGAAGCUGGGGUGGGAGAUCCCAGCGAACCCACAGUGAUUCUCACCAUCGAGGAUGCAACUAGUGCCCCGUCUCCUCCUCUGGAGGUGGCCGUCCCAGAUGCCAGCAGAGAACACAUCAACGUCACCUGGAAACCUCCAGCAAAGGAUGGUGGCAGCCCGGUCACCGGCUACCAUGUUGAGGUGGCCGAGGCUCGUCCGGAGCUGAAGUGGCUCAGAGUCAACAGCAGACCGAUCAAGGAGCUGAAAUUCAGGAUUGACGAUGGAAUCAAACCAGAGAAGAAGUACGUCAUCCGCGUCCGCGCCAUCAACAACAUCGGUGUCAGCGAUCCCUCUGAGAUCUCGGACAAGGUUGCCACCAAGGACCCCGACUGUGCUCCCACCAUUGAUUUGGAGACUCAGGACGUGGUGGUGGUCGAAGGGGAGAAGCUGCAUCUUAACAUCCCGUACAGGGCAAUCCCAACACCCAAGAUGGUUUGGCAGAAGGACACCGUGGAGUGUAAGGCUGAUGACCGGCUCUCCAUGACAGUGGAGAUGAAUAACGCUCAUCUGGAACUGCUGAGGAGCACGCGAGCUGAUGCAGGUUCCUACUCCAUCACUCUGGAGAACACACUGGGAUCUGCCACUGGCACCGUCAACGUCAAAGUGAUCGGCCUCCCCGGUCAGUGUAAAGACAUUUCUUCCAGUGACGCCACCAAGAACUCCUGUGUGAUCAGUUGGGUGGCCCCAGAGGAUGACGGCGGCACCCCCAUCGUCAGCUACACGCUGGAGCGCCGUGAGGCUUCUAAGAAGACCUACAUGCCCGUCAUGUCAGGAGAAAAUGUCCUGACCUUCACUGUCAAAGAUCUUUACGUCAACUGCGAGUACUACUUCAGGGUGAAGGCCGUCAACAAGGUUGGAGCCGGAGUAUAUCUGGAGCUACGCAACCCGGUCAUCAUUGAGGAAGUGAAACAGAAACCCGACCCACCCAUUGCGGUGGAAGCUCGUGAUCCAACAUCAAAAUCCAUCACAGUGACUUGGAAGGCACCGGACUACGAUGGUGGCUGUCCUAUCCAGGGUUACAUUGUAGAAAAGAUCGAGAAGGAUGGUGACCGUUAUGAGCGCGUCACCCCGAGUCUGGUGCCCGGCUUCUCCUUCGUGGUAACAGGCCUGAAGGAGGACAUGGAAUAUCAGUUCAGAGUCCGGGCGGAGAACGCAGCCGGUGUCAGUGAGCCGUCACGCAGCACUCAGCCCAUUAAGGCGGCAGACCCCGUCGAGAAACCUAAGGUGACACUGCACGCCCGUGUGCAGUCCGGCUUGUGCAUCAAGAAGGGCGAGGAGAUCCGCAUCGACGCCUACAUCUCUGGCUCACCCUAUCCGAAAGUCACCUGGAUGAGGAAUGACGAGGACGUCACCAAAGAGCCAACGAAGAAGGUCGUCCCAGUCGUGAGGAGAAAGACCAAGUCCAAGGUUGCCGAGCCAGAGCCAGAGUUUGUGACUCCUCUGCGUGAACGUCUGGGUUUGGAUCAGACCACUAGGGGACAGUCAGCACUGAUGGUCCGUGACGCAGUCCGGCCCGAUCAUGGAGUCUACACCAUCCAGGUCGAGAACACUCACGGUGUGGCGUCUGCCUGCUGUAACGUCAACGUGAUGGACAAACCUGGACCCCCCAUCAACUUCACCUUUGAGGACAUCAGGAAUACAUCCGUGGUGUGUAACUGGGAGCCCCCAGAGGAUGACGGCGGCAGUGAGAUCCUCAAUUACAUCCUGGAAAAGAAGGACAACAAGAACGACGAGGUGGACUGGAUCACCAUCACCUCCACACUGAAGGGCACCAGCUUCCCCGUCACCAAGCUCAUCGAGGGCAAAGAGUACAUCUUCAGAGUCACUGCCGAAAACAAGCACGGCUGCGGCCUGCCGUGUAUCUCCGAGCCACUCGUCGCCAAGAACCAGUUCAAUCCUCCAGAUGCUCCCAACACGCCCAGAGUCCACGAGGUGACGGCAAGCUCCGCCCAUAUCUCAUGGCACGAGCCCAAAGACAAUGGCAGCCCGAUCCUGGGAUACUGGAUUGAGAGGAAGGAGGUGAACAGCAAACACUGGACCCGCGUCAACCGUGCGCUGCUGAACUCUCUGGAGGUGAAGGUCACCGGCCUCAUGGAGGGGCUGACGUACAUCUUCAGGGUGUGCGCCGAGAACCUGGCUGGCCCCGGGCCCUUCAGCGACCCCACCGACCGCAUCGUUGCCAUGGACGCCAUCCUGCCCCCUGGCCCCCCAACACCCUGGAUCGUGGACACCGGAAAGGAUUCCAUCAUUGUGGCGUGGAAGCCUCCGCUGUACAACGGUGGAGGAGACAUCCUGGGAUACCACGUGGAGAAGGUUCUGGCCGGAGAGAAGGAAUGGACCCGCAGCACCGAGUUCAGGUGUAAGGAGCUGACCUACACUGUGACCGGCCUCACCGAGGGUGCCGACUACUACAUCCGGGUCAUCGCUGUCAACGAUGCCGGACCCGGUGCUCCUGGAGUCACCGAGCCCGCCACUGUCAAAGAGCCACAAGAGCUGCCCGCCGUCGAUUUCGAUGGCACGGUGAAGAACGGCGUGAUCAUCAAAGCCGGCGAGCCCCUGAAACUGCCGGCUGUAGUGACCGGACGUCCCCAGCCCGAAGUGAAGUGGGAAAAAGACGGGGCGGAGCCGGACAAAGAGAGGGCAACGGUGGAGACAAUCGGAAAGAACAGCACACUCUUCAUCAAGAAGGCGGUGAGAGCGGACCACGGACAGUACAAGAUCACCGGAACCAACAGCAGUGGCUCAAAGAGCGCAGAGACCAGAGUGGACGUCAUGGAUGUCCCUGGACCUGUGGUGGACCUGAAGGCAGUCUCUGUGACCAAGAAGAACAUCGUGCUGACCUGGUCCGACCCCCUGGACAAUGGCGGCAGUGACAUCAUCGGAUACGAGGUCCUGAGGAAGGACGCCAAGAUGAAGCUGUUCAGACAGCCCAUCGAGACGGCAUCCUGCAAAUGCGAUGUUCAGGGCCUGCUCGCCAUGGAGGAGUACGACUUCAGGGUGGUGGCCCGGAACAAGUACGGUGAAGGCGUACCUUCAGACCUGGGACCCAUCCUGGCCGAGGAUCCCAAAGGAACUCCGUCCGCCCCCGAGAAGCUGCAUUACACCAACCGCACCAAGAACACCAUCACCUUGGCCUGGCAGCCACCACGCAGUGACGGAGGCAGCCCCAUCAUCGGGUACUAUGUGGAAAAGAUGAGGUCAGAUGGCUCCGAGUUCGAAGUCGCCAACAGAAAGAUCUUCCCCGAGUGCUGUGGGACGGUGGAGAACCUGUCGGAGGGUCAGGAGUACCAGUUCAGGGUUUUCGCCAUGAAUGAGGUCGGAAAUGGAGACCCAUCCAGACCCAUCACUGCCAGGAUCCAGGAUGACGAGAUUGCUCCAGUCAUCACAAUCCUGAAGUUCUUCAAGAGUAAUUCCAUCAUUGUGAGGAAAGGCGCUGCCAUCGACAUCCCAGCUGAAGUCCGAGGUCUUCCUUUGCCCACGCUGCAGUGGCUGAAGGACGACGUGGUCAUUGAAGCGCCCGAUGGCGAGAAGAUGACAAUGGAGUCUGAAGAGGUGGACCGAACCACCAUGAAGACCACCAUCGGAAUCCCGGUCACUGUCAGGCAGGACAAAGGCAGCUACAAGCUGCAGGCUGAGAACUGUCAUGGCAAAGCUCAGCAGAGCAUCUGGGUGGAGAUCCUGGACCGACCGCUCCCUCCCAGGAACGUGGUGGUGUCUGACAUCAAGGCGGAUUCCUGUUACCUGACCUGGGAUGCCCCGGAGGACAAUGGAGGCAGCGAGAUUACCAACUACAUCGUCGAACGCCGUGAUGCCAGCAAGAAGAAGUCUGACUUUGAUGCUCUGACCAUCAAUCUGAUUGACCGGAGAUAUGGAGUCUACAAAAUGGAUUUGAAUGGUACCUACCAGUUUAGAAUCAAAGCUGAGAACAAGUAUGGCGUUAGUGAUGGCUGCGACUCUGAGAAAGUGCAGCUCCGGGAUCCAUUCGGCCUCCCCGGACCUCCACGGAACCCGAAGAUUAUUGCUGCCACUUCCACCACCAUGACCCUGACCUGGGAACCACCACUGGACAACGGUGGCUCCACCAUCCAAGGCUACUGGCUUGAGAAGAGGGAGCGCGGUGCCGUGUACUGGGGCCGUGUCAACCGAUCGCCAGUGACCAAACCGGCGGUGAAGGGCCUGCAGUACACUGUGCUGAGGCUCAUCGAAGGAACAGAGUACCAGUUCAGGGUGGCUGCUUCCAACGCAGCAGGACUGGGACCGUACAGUGAGGCCACCGAGUGUCGCUUCGCUGUGGACCCAUGCAACCCGCCCAGCCCUCCUGGAGCCCCCACGGUUAAAGACAAGACCAAGAGCAGCAUCACGCUGUCCUGGAGCCCGCCGGACAGAGAUGGAGGCAGCCCCGUCAAAGGCUACGUGGUGGAGGUUCACGAGGAGGGCUCUCCUGAUUGGAGGAGAGUUAACCCUGCCGACAAACUCCACCCCUCCACAGAAAUCACCGUCCCCGACCUCAAGGAGGGCAAGAAAUGCAAGUUCAGGAUCUACGCCGUCAACGCCGCCGGGAACUCUGACCCAGCCCGGACAGCAGAAAUCCUGGUCCAGGACAUCCUGGUCGAGCCGACUGUUACACUGGACGUCUCUGCACCCGACCUCCUGAACUGCAGAGCCGGGACCACCAUCAGGAUCCCCACCACCAUCACCGGGCGCCCCGUCCCCAAAGUCACGUGGACCUUCGACGGCACCGCCGAAACUGAGAAGAAGAAUGAUCUGCACACGCUGCCGGUUGACUCGGAGGUUCACUCCACGACCACUACUUCAGUGGUUCUGAUCCCCGAAAGCAAACUGAGCCACAGCGGCCGCUACAUCCUCAAUGCCGAGAGCCCAGCGGGACACAAAGUGGUGAAAGUCCGCGUCAACGUCCUCGACCUCCCCGGACCUCCCAGAGACCUGAAGGUCAGCGACGUGACCCGAGGAACCUGCAGGCUGACCUGGAAACCUCCUCAGUGCGACGGAGGCGAGCGUGUCAAGAGCUACUUCAUCGAGAAGAAGACGGUGGAGGGAAAAGCCUGGACCAAGGUGAACACAGCCUGCGCUGCUCAGUCUCUGGUUGUUCCAGAUCUCAUUGAUGGUCAGGAGUACCUGUUCCGUGUCCGAGCCGAGAACCGCUGUGGCUUUGGACCCUUCACCGAGACCCCCGAGGGUACUCUAGCCCGAGACCCCAUCCAUCCUCCCGAUCCUCCCACCAGACUGAAGAUCCAGGGUGUGAGGAAAGGCACCGUCACUUUGACCUGGAAGGCUCCAAAGAACGACGGCGGCGCUCCAGUCACCCACUACAGUGUGGACCUGCUGUGCUGGGAUGCCAGUGGUGCCCAGAAGGAGUCGUGGAGAAGGUGUAACAGGAGAGACGUGGACACCACCAGCUUCAAGGUGGAGGACCUGACACAGGGAGAUGAGUAUGAGUUCAGGGUGGUGGCCUACAACCGGGCCGGAGCCAGCCGACCCUCGUCCACUGCUGGACCCAUCAUCAUCCAGGACCAGACCUGUGCCCCAUCCAUCGAGAUGAAGGAGUUCAUGGAGGUGGAGCAGGGCUCAGACAUCAGCAUCGUGGCCAAGCUCCGCGGCUGCCCCUUCCCCACACUCACCUGGUACAAGGCUCCACCUCACAAACCCGACGCCAAGGUGGAGGUCCAAUAUGACGAACACAUCAACAAGAUGGUGUCCGACGACAGCUGCACGCUGCUCAUCCAGCAGGGCAAACGUCCUGACACCGGCCUCUACACGCUGGUGGCCUCCAACAGCCUUGGCAAGGCCUCCAAGGAGAUGAGACUCAAUGUGCUGGGCCGACCUGGUCCUCCAUCUGCUCCCAUUAAAUUCGAGGAGAUUGGAGCUGAGAAGAUCACCAUCUCCUGGCUUCCUCCGAAGGACGACGGUGGCUCCAAGGUCACAAACUACGUCAUCUGGAGGCGGGUAGCUAAUAGGAAGACCUGGGUGCCCGUCACCAAUGAGCCCAAAGAGCGGAUCUGGACAGUGGAGAACCUGAUGCAGGGCCAUGAGUACGUUUUCCGUAUCAUGGCACAAAACAAGUACGGAGUGGGCGAGCCACUGGACAGCGAGCCGGAGGUGGCACGAAUCCUCUUCAGUCCACCUGGGCAGGUAGAGAAGCCCACCAUCUCCAACAUAACCAUGGACUCCAUGACGGUGAACUGGGAGGAGCCAGAGGAUGACGGUGGCAGCCCGAUCACCGGCUACUGGCUGGAGCGCAAAGAGACGGCGGGCAAGCGUUGGACCCGUGUCACUCGGGACCCAAUCCGACCGAUGGGUUUGGGCGAGUCUUUUGUAGUGAGUGGACUCAUUGAAGGCUCGCAGUACCUGUUCAGAGUCUGCGCCAUCAACGCCGCCGGACCCGGACUCUACAGUCCCACCACGGACCCCACAUUUGCCAGAGACCCCAUCUCCCCGCCCUCUCCACCAACCCCCAAGGUGUCCGAUUGGACCAAAUCCACGGUGGACCUGGAGUGGAUACCGCCUCUGAAGGAUGGAGGCUCCAAGAUCAUAGGCUACUGGGUGGAGUACAAGGAGGAGGGCACAGAGGCCUGGGUUAAGGCAAAGGAAACUGAAAUCAGAGGCACGCGCUUCGUGAUCACCGGUCUAAAGACAGGCGGACAGUACCGGUUCAGGGUCAUCGCUUUCAAUGCCGCCGGCAACAGUGAGCCAGGCGAAGUCCCAGAGGUCCUCGAGGUCAACGACAGAAUCAUUGCCCCUGAGGUGGACCUGGAUGCGUCUGUGAAGGAGAGGAUGGUGGUCCACGCUGGCGGAGUGAUCCGCAUCAUCGCCUACGUGUCCGGCCAGCCGUCUCCUGAGGUCACCUGGAGCAGAGACGGAGCGGCGCUUCCUCCGGAGGCCAAGGUGGAGACAACAGCUAUCAGCUCUUCUUUGGUCAUCAAACCAUGCACCAGGAGACACCUUGGUGUCUACAAACUGACUGCCAAGAACGCCGGCGGGGAGAAGACGAAGAACAUCACAGUGGAAGUUUUAGACGUCCCUGGGCCUGUUGGGAUUCCACUCAUUGCUGAGAAUCUCACCAUCGACUCCUGCAAGAUCAAUUGGUUCUUCCCUGAAAAUGAUGGCGGCUCUCCAAUCAGCAACUUCAUCAUUGAGAAGCGUGAGGCCGAGCGUAAAGCCUGGACCUCACUGUCAUUCACUGCCAGCAGGCAAAAUGCUAUUGCUCACGGCCUCACUCUCGGAAAGGCCUACUUCUUCCGGGUGGCAGCAGAGAAUGCCAUCGGCAUCGGGCCCUUCACGGAGACGGCUGCUGAGCUUGUCAUCAAGGAGCCAAUCAGUGUGCCCGACCGCCCAGAGGAGCUGGAGGUCACCAAGGUCACCAAGGACCUUAUCAGUGUCACAUGGAAGCCGCCUAAGUUUGAUGGUGGCUCUGAGAUCACCAUGUACAUCCUGGAGGCGCGCAUGAUCGGCAAAGACAAGUUCACCAGGCUGACCAAGGAGAGGCUGAUGGAAAGGAAGUACACCUAUGACGGACUGAGAGAAGGCGACACCUAUGAGCUCAGGGUCAUUGCUGUUAAUGAGGUUGGACCCGGCAAGCCGUCAUUCUGCACCAAACCCAUCACCUGCAGAGACGAGCUGGAGCCACCAACCAUUGAGCUGGACUUCCGUGAUAAGAUCAUCAUCCGCGUGGGAGAGAGCUGCCUGCUGCAGGGACGCUACACUGGCAAACCGCCGCCGUCCAUUGUGUGGUAUCAAGACGACGAGGAGCUGAAGGCUGACAAACAUAUCAUGUUCAAAAACACGCUGACCACCUUGUCGCUGGGUCUGAUGAAAGCCGAGCGCAAGCACAGUGGCAAAUAUGUCGUGGUUGUGGAGAACAGCACCGGAUCCAGGAAGGGAGUCUGUAACGUGACAGUAGUCGACCGCCCAUCACCUCCCGUUGGGCCGGUGGUGUUCGAUGAGGUGCACAGGGAGUACAUGGUGAUCUCCUGGAAACCUCCUCUGGACAGUGGCGGUGUUGACGUCUCCAACUACAUCAUUGAGAAGAGAGACGUGAACAGAGACACCUGGACCACUGUGACAUCCGCCACCACCAAGACCACUUGCAAGAUCCCCAAACUGACGGAGGGCAAAGAGUAUGUGAUGAGAAUCUCUGCUGAAAACAUGUACGGCAUCAGCGACCCACUGGAGUCUGAGGAGAUGAGAGCCAAAGAUCUCUUCAGGGUCCCUGAAGCUCCUGACAUGCCCACGGUCAGGGAGGUGUACGCCACCAAUGCUCUUGUGCUGUGGAACCGACCACGCGAUGGUGGCAAGCCCAUCACCAACUACAUCCUGGAGAAGAGAGAAGUGGGCGCUAAAAGGUGGUCCCGAGCUACCAGAGAUCCUCUGUACCCGGCCACUCAGUAUCGGGUCCAGGACCUGGUGGAGGGCUGCCAGUAUGAGUUCAGGGUGAUGGCUGAGAAUGAGCUGGGAACCGGAGAUCCCAGCGAGCCAUCCAAGCCCAUCCUCGCCAAAGAUCCCAUCGUGCGCCCGAGCCCCCCGGUAACCCCUGAGGCUUAUGAUAAGACCAAAGACUCGGUCAGUCUGAGGUGGAAGAUGCCUCGUCACGACGGGAAGGGACGGAUCUUCGGCUACAUUGUGGAGUACCAGAAGCCGGGUGCUGUGGAAUGGAUUCAGGCCAAUGAGAAGCCGGAGGACUGCCCAGACCUGCACUACGUAGUGAAAGGUCUGAACGAUGGGCAGGAGUACAGCUUCAGGAUCUUCACCGUGAAUGCUGCUGGCAGAUCCGACCCAGCUUACGUCAAGCAGACCAUCAAAGUCCAUGACAGACUCGAGGAGCCAGAGUUGCUGCUGGAUGCCAACAUGGCACGAGACCACCUGGCCAUGCUGGGCACUGACAUCACCUUGAGUGCCACCAUUAAGGGCGUGCCGACACCCACUGCCAGCUGGAAGAAGAACGAUGGGGAUGUCCCCACUCACAUCACUGUUGCUGUAACUGCCAGUGGUAGCAAAGUCUUCAUCCCCAAGUGUGUCCGCGCGGAUUCCGGCAACUACACCUUGACAGUGGAGAACGCCGCCGGAAAGAAAUCUGCUACAGUGGCCGUCCUGGUGCUGAACAAACCAUCUCCUCCGAGAGACCUGACCAUCUCCGAGAUCACCAGCGAGUCUGCCUACCUGACCUGGAAGGCUCCUGAGGACAACGGUGGCGCUGUAAUCUCCCACUAUGUGGUGCAGAAGAAGGACGUGGCUGCUGACCAGUGGGUGCCGGUGGCUGCAUCCAAUAAGAAGCUGAGUUUGAUGGCCAUGUACCUGAUGGAGGGAAUCCAGUACAUGUUCCGGGUGGCUGCCGAGAACCAGUUCGGCAGGAGUGACUUCGUCAUGACCAAGACGCCCAUUAAAGCCGUAGAUCCUCUCUACCCCCCAGGCCCACCAAAGAACCUGCACCAUACAGAUGCAGAUAAGACAGAAGUGUGGUUGUCCUGGGAGUGGCCCGACCGUGAUGGAGGCAGUGAGGUGACCGGAUUCUUGGUUGAGCACCAAGAGGAUGGACAGACCGACUGGGUGUCCUUCAAGACCGUCAGUAACAACCACGCCCACGUCACCGGCCUGCAGGAGGGAAAGACGUACCGUUUCAGGGUCAAAGCUCAGAACGCCAUUGGCGUGAGCCGCCCCGACACUAGUGUGCCCGUCACCUGCCAGGAGAAGACAUUGCCACCAACCAUUGAAGUUGAUGUGAAGCUGAUUGAAGGUCUUGUGGUCAAAGCUGGCAGCCCCAUUGUUCUUCCAGCCAAGAUGACUGGCAUCCCACUUCCAACAGCCAAAUGGAUGACCGACGGCAAGGAAAUCACCUCUGAGGGACGUUACCACAUUGAAUCUGCCGGAUCUUCAUCCAUCCUCAGCAUCCCUGAGAGUCAGAGAGGAGACACCGGAGAGUACGUCAUCUCUGUAUCCAACCCUGCCGGCUCCAAGAGUGCUGCCCUUCAUGUGACGGUGCUGGAUUUGCCCGGUCCACCCGUUGGACCCAUCAACAUCCUGGAAGUGACUCCUGAUUACAUGAUGAUACAGUGGAGGGCACCCAAGGAUGAUGGUGGCACGCCUAUCACAAACUAUGUGGUGGAGAAGAAGGAUGUGAAGAAGCCAUGGGAGCCAUGGUCAGUGGUUAGUUCCAGUGGCACCAGCACUAAGGCCAAGGUGUCCCGGCUGGAGAAGGGCCGUGAGUACAUUGUUCGUGUACGUGCAGAGAAUAGGAUUGGCAUUGGUGCUGGUCUUGAGAGUCCUCCAACUAUUGCGAAGCACAUGUUCAACCCUCCAGGCCCACCAGGUCCACCUGACUGUUCAGAUAUCACAGAGAACGCUGUGACGCUCGACUGGACGCUGCCUGAAUAUGACGGAGGAAGCCCAAUCAGUGGCUAUGUGAUUGAACGCAGAGAAAUGACUGGCAAGUGGAUCCGUGUCAACAAGACUCCAGUACUGGAUCUCAGAUACAGAGUCUCCGGCCUGUUUGAAGGCAACAGCUAUGAGUUCAGAGUCUUUGCUGAGAACAUUGCUGGCAUCAGUCAGCCUUCUCUCUCUUCUGAACCUGUCAAAGCCACACGUGCCCUCACCAAACCAGGUCCUCCUGGCAACCUUAAACUGAAGGACUGGAGCAAGUCCUAUGCUGACAUUGUUUGGACCAAGCCCACGAGAGAUGGAGGCAGUCCUAUACUUGGCUAUGUGGUCGAGGCCCAGAAGUCAGGCACUGCCCAGUGGGACAGAAUAAACAAGGACCUCAUCAAGAUGUGUGCCUACAGAGUGCCAGGCCUCAUUGAAGGACUGGAGUACAGAUUCCGCGUCAGAGCCACUAACAAGAUUGGAGACAGUGAACCCAGAGAGCUUACAGAGACUGUCCUGGCAAAGGACAUCCUGGUGCCCCCCGAGAUUGUUGUUGAUGUGUCUUGUCGUGACUCUCUGACGGUCAGAGCAGGACAAAUCAUCAGUCUCAUCACCAGAGUGAAAGGUAGACCAGAUCCAGAGAUCACAUGGACCAAGGAUGCCAGAGCAAUGGGCCGGGACAAGCGAACAGAGAUGAACAAUAACUACCCUCUGUGCGAACUGGUCAUCAAUGAAGCGGUUCGGGCAGACUAUGGUAAAUAUGCCAUUGUAGCCAAGAACAGCAGUGGACAAGCUCAGGCUACUAUUCUUGUCAAUGUCCUGGACACUCCAGGGCCUUGUCAGAACCUGAAGGUAGCCUACGUGACCAAGAAUUCCUGCAUGGUAUCUUGGGAGAACCCUGAAGACAACGGUGGGACAGAGAUCACUCAGUACGUUAUUGAGUGCCGUCAGCCAAGCCAGAGAGGAUGGACCAUGGUCUCCAGUGACUGCACCAAGCGUCUCAUGAAGGCACCUCUUACUGAAGGCUGCGAAUACUUUUUCCGUGUCAGUGCAGAGAACAAAAUUGGUGCUGGUCCACCCACUGAGACCAAGACACCUGUGCUUGCAGUGGAUCCCAUUGAGAAACCUGGUGAACCCAUUGACUUCCAUGUCGCUGAGAUUGGAAAGACUUUCUGCUUCCUCAAAUGGAAAAAGCCCGACUAUGAUGGUGGUAGCCGCAACCUGGCUUACCACGUGGAAAAGAAACCAAAGGAGGCCGAGGAGUGGGAGAGGAUACACAAGGGUGCCAUCAAAGAGACUUACUUCAUGGCUGACAGGUGCAUUGAAAACCAGAUCUACCAGUUCAGAGUUCAGACCAAGAAUGAAGGCGGCGAGAGCAACUGGGUGACCACAGCUGAAGUUCUAGUGAAGGAGCAGCUGGUGGAGCCCGAGAUCAAGAUUAAACUGGACGCUACCCUUGUGGUGAGGGCAGGGGAUGCCAUACCCAUUGAGGCGAUGAUAAAGGGAAAACCUUUGCCUGAUGUCAAAUGGACCAAAGACGAUAGCACAGAUGAGCUCAAAAAGGGUCCCAGACUUCAGAUUGAGACAGGCACAGACUUCUCGAAGUUGCUGAUUACUGGUUCAAGACGUAGCGACAGUGGAAAAUAUGUUGUCACUGCUUCCAAUAGUGCAGGAACAUGUUCUGCUCAUGCUAAGGUCAAUGUACUGGAUCGACCAGGUCCUGUCAGGGACCUCAAGGUGUCUGGAAUCACCACUGACCGGUGCCACCUGGCCUGGGAAGUCCCAGAAGAUGAUGGUGGCUGUGACAUCUACAACUACAUCAUUGAGAAGUGUGAGACCAAAAGAGGAGUCUGGUCUGUCCACUCCAAUGCUGUCAUCACCAACCAAGCCAAGGUCACCCGUCUCAUCGAGGGCAAUGAGUACAUCUUCAGAGUCCGAGCUGAGAACAAGAUGGGUCCAGGACCAGCAGUUCAGAGUGAGACAAUCCUCGCUGGCACUCAGUUCAGUGUGCCUGAUGCUCCCGAAGCCCCUGAAGUCACAAAGAUCGCCAAAGAGGAAAUGACUGUCCAGUGGUCUGAACCAGAGAAGGAUGGCGGGAAACCAGUAACAGGAUACCUGUUGGAAAAAAGGGAGGAGCAUGCCGUCAGGUGGUCACCUGUCAACAAAGACCCCAUCCCCUCCACUCGUUUUACAGUCACUGGACUCCUACCCCUCCAUGACUACCAGUACAGAGUUAAGGCCGUCAAUGAAAUAGGUGUUGGCAGCCCGAGCAAGCCUUCACGUGCCAUCACCGCCAAGGAUGCAGUUGAACCUCCUGCACCUCCAACCAACCUGAAAGUCCUGGACAGCACCAAAUCCACAGUGACCCUGGGCUGGACAAAGCCUGUGUCAGAUGGUGGUGCACCACUCAUUGGUUAUGUGGUGGAGAUGAGGGUUCAGGGAAGUGCCAAAAAGGGUGAUGAUGGCUGGAAGAGGUGCAACGUGGCGGCACAGCUGGUUGUGUGUGAGUUCACUGUCUCCAGUCUGGACGAGAAGCUGCUGUAUGAGUUCAGAGUGUCAGCUCAGAACCAAGUGGGCAUGAGCCUGCCCUGUGACCUGGAUGGAGCUGUCAUUCCCCGAGAGAUUCUGGAGGCUCCCGAAAUCGAGUUGGACGCUGACCUGAAGCAAGGCCUGACUGUGAGAGCUGGUUGUCCCAUCAGACUGUACGCCACUAUCAGAGGCAGACCGCCACCAACGGUCACCUGGAGGAGGAUGGGUAUCGACAACGUGGUCCGGAAGGGUAAAGUGGACAUCAUUGACACCAUGACCUUCCUGGUCAUCCCCGACAGCACUCGUGAUGACUCUGGUAAAUACUGCCUGACCCUGCGGAGCCCUGCCGGAGAGAAAGCUGUGUUCGUCAACGUUAAAGUUCUUGACACUCCUGGACCUGUGAUGAAUCUGGAGGCUACAGACAUCAAGCAGACCUCAGCCAUGCUUGCCUGGAACCCUCCAGAGGUUAAUGGCGGUAGCGAAGUCACACACUACAUUGUGGAGAAACGUGAAAUUGACCGCAAGACCUGGGCAACUGUCAAAGGCGAAGUGGCAUUGGAUAAAGUACCCUUCAAAGUCACUGGCUUGAUGUCGGGAACCGAGUACUACUUCAGAGUGACCGCAGUAAAUGAGUAUGGUUCCGGAGUCCCCCGUGUAUCUCCAACAUCAUACCUGGCCUCUGACCCCGUCAGUAAACCGGAUCCUUGUCAGAAAAUCGAGGUACUAGAGAUAACCAAGAACAGCGCUGUGGUUGGUUGGGUGAAGCCUGUAAGUGAUGGUGGUGCCAAGAUUGAUGGUUACGUGAUCGAGUACAUUGAGGUCAAACCUCCUCCUCCACCUCCUGCACCAGUGGAGGUUCCUGAAGGAGAGGAGGCUCCUCCUCCUCCUCCUCCUCCUCCUCCAGUGGUGGAUGAAGAUGAGGAGGAAAAACAGCCCGAGAAGGAAGUAUGGAAUGCCUACACUACUGUGAAAGGUCUCAGCAUUAAUGUCAGUGGCCUGAAGGAAGGGAAGCGGUACAAAUUCAGAGUGGCUGCCAAGAACAUCAUGGGCAUGAGCUCCUUCACUGAGAGCAGAGAGCCGGUGGAGAUCAAGGAGCAGAUGUUGGAACCAAAGAUUGUCAUGCCAGACACAGUGGGUGCCCGUGCCGGAGCGAAGCUGAGAGUGGAGGCACUGGUUUCAGGAAAACCCUCUCCAACCUGCAAGUGGAUGCGUGGCGAGGAUGCAGUGGUUCCAUCCAGCCGCCUGGCCGUGCAUCGAUCCGGUAACCUGUGCGUUCUAAUCAUCAAAGACGUAUCCAGGAUGGAUAGUGGAGAGUAUAGCCUGGUGGCUGAGAACAGCUCUGCCAAGGUGGAUCAGGCCCUGAAGAUCAUCAUCAGAGACAUCCCUGGUCCUCCUGAGGGCCCUGUUGUAAUCAGCGACAUUGACUCGGAUGCCUGCUCGCUGUCCUGGAACAAACCACUGGAGGAUGGAGGCAGCAACAUUACCAACUAUGUAGUGGAGAAAUGUGAUGUGAGCAGAGGCGAUUGGGUGACUGCAGUCUCCUCCUGCCCCAAGACCGGCACAAGACUGGGCAAGCUCAUCCCCGGGAAGGAGUAUGUGUUCCGCAUCCGUGCUGAGAACCGCUACGGUGUAUCUGACCCCAUUCAGUCAGAUAGGAUGGUUGCCAAGUUCCCCUUCGAUGUCCCCAGCGAGCCGCUCAACUGCCGUAUAAACAAGUGCAACAAAGACUGCAUGUUUGUGGCAUGGGACAAGCCUGAGAGCGAUGGCGGCAGUCCCAUCACGGGCUACUACAUUGAGCGUAAAGAGAGAAACAGCCUGCUGUGGGUGAAAGCCAACGAUACAGUGGUUCGCACCACUGAGUAUCCCUGUGCAGGCCUCAUUGAGGGUCUGGAGUACACCUUCAGAGUGUCUGCCAUCAACCGUGCCGGCCAGGGCAAACCCAGCAAGAAGACUGACUUUGUGACAGCUAGAACACCCGUCGACACUCCAGGGAAACCAGAAAUCCUGGAUGUCACUAAGAACUCUGUUACACUGGUCUGGACCCGACCCAAAAAUGAUGGUGGGAGCAAGAUCAUUGGUUACUACGUUGAGGCCCUGCGGCUACCCGGAGACACCUGGAUACGCUGCAAUACCAGCAGCCAGAAUGUGCCAAAGGAAGAAUACACUGUGACUGGCCUAGAAAGAGACCUGCAGUACCAAUUCAGAGUCAUUGCCAAGACUGCCGUCAACAUGAGCAAACCUUCAGAGCCUUCGGACCCAGUCCUGGUCUGUGCUGAAAAUGUUCCUCCACGGAUAGAAAUCAGUGCCCGAAUGGAGAAGGGUCUGAAGGUGAAGGCUGGAUCCACAAUCCUCCUGGAGGCCGAGGUGUUUGGAAAGCCAAUGCCCAAAGUAACCUGGAAGAGAGGCGACGACAACCUCAAGUCAGGUGAAGGCCAGAUCAUCACUCAACAGAGGCACCACUUCCAACUGGAGAUGCCUUCAGUCAGUAGGCAGCACACAGGAACGUACGUGAUCCAGGCAGAGAAUGCCAGCGGAUCCAAGACCGCCGAAAUCCAGGUCGUCGUUCUAGAUGUUCCUGGUCCCCCUAAAAGUUCUAAAUUCUUAGAAACAUUUGCAACAAGCAUCAAGCUGUCAUGGGAGCCUCCACUGGAAGAUGGUGGUGCCCCCAUCAAAAGCUACAUCGUGGACAAGCGAGAGACCAGCAGAGCAAACUGGGCUCUGGUACAGUCCAAGAUCAAGGGUGAUGUCCUGGAGCUAAAUGUGGAGAAGCUGAUCGAGGGUCACGAGUAUCAGUUCCGAAUCCGUGCUGAGAACACGUGGGGAGUUGGAGACCCGCUGAUCACAAGUCCUGUCAUUGCCAAGGACCCCUUCACUGUUCCUGGUCCCUGCGAGGCUCCACUGAUCACCAAUGUGACCAAAGACCAUAUGACCGUGAGCUGGAAGGAGCCAGCCGAUGAUGGAAAGUCCACCAUCCUGGGCUACUUGUUGGAGAAGAAGGGGACCAAGGAGCUGAACUGGACCAAGAUGAACAGGAAGCCCAUGACAGAGAGAAGCCUGGAGGUGACAGGUCUGACAGAGGGAGCAGAAUAUGAGUUCAGGGUCACUGCCGUCAAUAGAGCUGGACCUGGCAAGCCCAGUGAGCCUUCAGUUGGCACUAUAGCCAUGAACCCCCUCACUCCGCCUGGACCUGUUCUGAACCCCAGUGUGACCGACACCACCAACAGCACCAUCAGCCUCGCAUGGACUGCCCCAGCCAACACCGGUGGAUCCCCUAUCAUUGGAUAUCUUGUGGAGGUCAAGAGGACCGGCACCACAGAUUGGAUACGCUGCAACGUUCCCAGAAACCUGCAGGACACUCACUACAUCAUCCAGAACCUUAUUGACAAGGCGGAGUACCAGUGCCGCAUUACAGCAGUCAACAAGAUUGGCUUCGGCGAGCCAGCAGAAGUCCCUGAUAAGCACGUUGCGAAGGACAUCAUAGUUCCUCCUGAGGCAGAGCUGAGUGCUGAGCUCAAGGAUGGACUGGAGUUGCAGGCUGGUGCCACCAUGAGACUGCAUGCCACUAUCAAGGGCCGUCCCAUCCCCAGGAUCACCUGGGCAAAGAUGAACACCAACAUUAAAGACCGACAGGGCAUCAUUAUCAAAUCCAGCAACGUGGACACCACAGUGUUGGUGGAGAAUGUCAACAGAUAUGAUGCUGGAAAGUACAUCCUGAACCUGGAGAGCUCUGCUGGCAUGAAGAUGUACACCGUCGUCGUCAAAGUGCUCGACACUCCUGGACCGCCGGUCAAUCUGGUGGUGAAGGAGACCACCAAAGACAGCGCCGAAAUCUACUGGGAUGCUCCUCUGAUCGACGGCGGGUUUGAAAUCACCCACUACAUCGUGGAGAAGCGUGACACAGAGAGGAAGUCCUGGUCCAUAGUUUCCAAGGACUGCCUGAAGACGGCCUUCCAGAUCCCAGACCUGGAUGCCGGACGGUCUUACUGCUUCAGAGUGUGUGCUGUCAACAAGCUUGGAGCCGGAGAGUACUGUGAGACCACCGACGCAGUCAGAGCCACAGAGGAGCCUGGCCCUGUUCAGGACUUUAAGACUCUGCUAGUGACAAAAGAGUCCUGCACCCUGAGCUGGAAGAAGCCGCUGACCGAUGGUGGCAGUCGCAUCACCUGCUACGUGCUCGAGGUCCUCAAUGGAGAGGACAAGUACAAGGAGCUGAUGAGGUCCAAGAACAUGCAGUACAGCGCUAAAGACCUGGUGGAAGGCAGAGAGUACAAAUACCAAGUCAAGGCUGUGAAUGACUCCGGAGAGAGCCCUCCCAAAGAGCUGACCGUGGUCGCCAAGGACCAGCUCAUUCCUCCCAGCUGUGAUCUGAGGGAGUUGCCCGACAUGUGCUACAUUGCUAAAGAGGGCAGCACUGUCCGCCUGAAGAUCCCCAUCAUCGGCAAACCUACACCCAAAGUCUCUUGGAAGAAGGGAGACGAUGAAGACCUGACAGACACCGGACGGGUCUGUGCAGAGUCCUCCUCCGUCAACACCACCCUCCUGAUCCGGGACUGCCAGAGAACUGAUGCCUCCAAGUACCUCAUCACCCUGAGGAACAGCACCGGGACCAAGGAGUCCACCAUCUUUAUCAGGGUUGUUGGUAAACCUGGCAUCCCUGUUGGACCCGUCAAGUUCAAAGAUGUGGCCGCUGACGGUGCCACCCUAAAGUGGGGUGUUCCCAAAGAUGAUGGCGGCUCUGAGAUCACCAACUACAUCCUGGAGAAGAGAGACUCUAUCACCAACAUGUGGGUGACUGUAUCCUCCAACGUGGAGGGCAACAGCAUGAGGGUGACCGGCCUCCAUGAAGGCACAGAGUACAUCUUCAGAGUGGCUGCCGAGAACAAGUACGGUGUUGGGGAAGGACUGAAGUCUGAUCCAGUCGUGGCCAAGCAUCCAUUCAAUGUUCCCGACGCUCCCGCUCCUCCCCAGAUCAUGAGUAUGCGCCAUGAUUCUGCCUACCUGGCCUGGCAGGACCCCAGGAAGACUGGAGGGUCCCCCAUCACUGGAUACCAUGUUGAGUUCAAGGAGAGGAACAGCAUGCUGUGGAAGAGGGCGAGCCCGACUCCUUUGAGGAUGAAGGAGCACAAGGUCACUGGACUCACUGAAGGUUUGGAGUACGAGUUCAGAGUCAUGGCCAUCAACCUGGCUGGGAUUGGCAGACCCAGUGCUCCUACCGACCCACAAGUGGCGCUUGAUCCUAUUGAUGCACCUGGGAAACCUGACGUAGUCAGCAUCACCAGGAGCACCGUGACCCUCCAAUGGACUGAACCUCAGUUUGACGGCGGCCACAGGCUAACAGGCUACAUUGUGGAGAAACGAGACCUUCCCUCAAAGAUCUGGAUGAAAGCCAAUCAGGUGAAUGUGGUGGAGCCUGCCUUCACUGUCAGCAAUCUGCAAGAAGGCUGCAAGUAUGAGUUCAGGAUUAGAGCAAAGAAUGCUGCUGGCGCUCUGAGUCCACCCUCCGAGCAGACAGACACCAUCAUCUGCAGAGACGAAUACGCUGCACCAACCAUUAUCAUCGACACUCAUGUGAAGGAGGGUUUGACCGUACGAGCAGGCGACACCAUCGUGAUCACUGCUACAAGCAUUUUGGGCAAACCUGCACCAACUUCCUGCUGGUCAAAGGGUGGGAAGUACUUCAAACCCUCAGACCUUGUUCACAUCGAAAGCACUGCCACAUCCUCCACUCUGUCAGUCAAAUAUGCCAGCAGGAAGGACUCUGGUGAGUACGUCAUCACUGCCAGCAAUCCUUUCGGUGUGAAGGAGGAAACCGUCAAGGUCAAAGUCCUCGAUGUUCCUGGAACUCCUGGACCCAUCGAAUGCAGUGGUGUGUCUUCUGAGAAAGUGACUCUCACUUGGACGGCACCAACCGAGGAUGGAGGCUCCCCGAUUAAGUAUUACACUCUAGAGAAGAGGGAAACCAGUCGUCUCCUGUGGACCAUCCUGGAGGAAAAGGUCCUUGACUGUCAUUAUGUGGCCAACAAGCUCAUUCAGGGUAAUGAGUACUUCUUCAGAGUCUCUGCUGUGAACCAGUACGGAGCCAGCGAGCCAUCUCACUCCGAGGCGGUCAAGAUGGUGGACAGAUUCGGCCCUCCAGGUCCACCAUCCAGACCAGAAGUGGAGAAAGUCGAUGGACAUUCAGCCACCAUAACCUGGAGAAGACCCGCUGAGGAUGGAGGAAGUGACAUCAUUGGUUACUCUGUGGAGAAGAAAGAAAAGAAGGGAAUGAGAUGGAUGAGAGCAUCCAAGAAAUCUGUCACUGAACUCAGCUACGAAGUGACAGGUCUCACUGAAGGCGUGGAGUACGAGUUCCGGGUUCUUGCUGAGAACAAAGCUGGUUUUGGAGAGCCGAGCGAGCCGUCAAUGCCAGUCAGGACCAUUGUUGCUGCCUAUCCACCUGGACCUCCGGUCAAUCCAAGAGUAACCGACACCACAAAAACCACUGCCACACUGAACUGGGGCAAACCUCUCGAUAACGGUGGACUGCAAGUAACAGGAUAUGUGAUUGAGCAUAAGAAAGAAGGCACAGAGGAGUGGGUUAAGGACACACCAUUGUCUCCACUGAGGAUCACAGAGUUUGUUGUGCCUGAACUCGAAAAUGGCGCAAAGUACCACUUCAGAAUCAGUGCCGUGAAUGCAAAGGGGGCCGGUGAACCUGCCGAGACUAAAGAGCUGGUAGAGAUUGUGGAGCAUGCAGCUGAACCAGGUUUGGAGCUGGACCUUGAGCUGAGAAGAACCCUUGUCGUCAGAGCUGGUUGCUCCAUUCGUCUAUUUGUGCCAAUCAAGGGACGGCCAACGCCAACAGUCACCUGGACCAAGGAAGGCGGCCCGGUGCCACGUGCAGUUAUCGACAGCACAGAAUCAUUCACAAUGCUCAUCAUUCCUGAGAGUUCACGGAUAGACGCAGGCAAAUAUGAACUUACUCUGGAAAACUCUGCUGGAAAGAAGAGUGCUGACAUACAUGUGAGAGUCCUGGAUUCACCUGGACCUCCACUUAACCUCAAACCAGUCAAGAUUGACAAGGAAAGUAUUACCCUUCAGUGGGAGAUGCCUCUAAUCGAUGGUGGUGCCAAGAUCACGAACUACAUCAUUGAGAAGAGAGAGUCAACACGCAAAGCCUUUGCCACCGCUAUAUCUAAAUGUCCAACUACAUCAGUCAGAAUUGGUGAGCUUGGUGAAGGCUGUGAGUAUUAUUUCAGAGUGUCUGCUGAGAAUGAGUAUGGCAUCGGUGAAGCAGUGGAAACGACUGAUCCCGUCCGUGCAUCUCAGGCCCCGAGUCCUCCAGAGAGCAUCAUUCCUACUGAUAUCACAAAGACCUCAGUCAGCCUGGUGUGGACCAAACCCAAGCAUGAUGGUGGAAGCAGAAUCACAGGAUAUGUCCUGGAAGCUCAGAAGAAGGGAACUGACCAGUGGGCUCAUGUCACUACAGUUAAGACCAUGGACUUCUCAGUGAAGAACCUUAAUGAGAAUGAAGAGUAUGUUUUCCGUGUGAUGGCAGUCAACCAGUCUGGUAGAAGCAUUCCACGUGAGAGCAAGCCCAUUGUGGUCAGGGAUUCCACCUCCCUGCCUGAGUUUGACCUGCGUGGUGUCUGCCAGAAGACAAUUAUUGCCAAAGCAGGAGAUGACAUCAAGGUUGAAAUCCCAGUCAUGGGUCGUCCCAGGCCGACUGUCUCUUGGCAGAAAGAUGGAGCAGCUUUGAAACUCACACAGCGAACCAAUGUGGAAACAACACCUGCAACUGUCAUUUUAAGUAUCGGUGAGUGCAACAGAGGUGAUAGUGGCAGGUACACCAUGACGGCUAAGAACAUUGUUGGCUCUGUGACAGACAACAUCAUCGUGAGAGUGCAUGAUGUCCCCGGCCCACCUAAAGGACCAGUUAAUAUAGUGGAGAUAUCUCGUACCUACUGCGUAUUUUCAUGGGAGCCACCUGAGAAUGACGGAGGUGUUCCCAUCAACAAUUACGUUGUUGAAAUGAGAGACACGACUUCCCAAACAUGGAAUGAGCUAUCUACCAACAUCAUCCGCACAGUGUACAAAGCCAAUCGGUUAACCACCGGAUCUGAGUACCAGUUCAGAGUCAAGGCAAAGAACAGAUAUGGUGUAGGACCACCCAUCACCUCAGAAUCAGUAGUGGCCGCCUAUCCGUUCAAAGUACCUGGGCCUCCUGGAACUCCCAAUGUUGUGGCUUUCACCAAAGACUCCAUAACAAUUGGCUGGAAUGAACCUGUGUCUGAUGGUGGAAAUGAAGUAAUCGGCUAUCACGUCGAGAGAAAGGAAAGAAGCAGCAUCAUGUGGUACAAGAUCAACAAGAGUAUCGUGAAAGGAAACAUCUUUAAAACCACUGGGCUUGAAGAUGGAGUUGCUUAUGAAUUCCGUGUCUCAGCUGAAAACAUGGCUGGAGUUGGUAAAGCCAGUAAAGCUUCAGAGGCCAUACUUGCUUUGGACCCCAUCGAUCCACCUGGUCAGCCUGAGCCAAUUUUUGUCAACAAGAACGUUAUCACCAUUCAGUGGACGAAGCCUGAGUACGACGGUGGCUUCAAAAUCACCGGAUACAUAGUGGAGAAGAAAGAGCUGCCUGCUGGUCGAUGGAUGAGAGCCAACUUCACCAACAUCAUAGAGACAGCUUUCACUGUCAGUGGUCUGACUCAGGACACUGCCUACGAGUUCCGUGUCAUUGCUAGAAACUCAGCGGGUGCCGUAAGCGUCCCGUCUGAUCCCUCAGACCCAAUCACCUGCAAAGACGAUAUCGUUGAGCCACGUAUCAUGGUUGAUGCCAUAUACAAGGAUGUCGUUCUGCUGAAGGCGGGAGAGUCCUUCAAGCUUGAUGCUGAUAUUGCUGGCCAACCAACACCCUCUAUGGUUUGGACAAAGAACGGAAAAGAGAUUGAGAAUACAUUGAAACUGGACAUCAAGUUCACUGAACUGACAACUACUUUGACUAACAAGGACUCUGUCAGAUCAGAUGGGGGAGAGUUUGUUUUGACUGCCACUAAUGUGGGAGGAUUUGCAAAGCACAUCUUUAAUGUUAAAGUUCUUGACAGGCCUGGACCGCCAGGUGGACCCCUCAAAGUGUCAGAUGUCACCGCUGACAACUGUGUUCUCACAUGGACACCACCUGCAGAUGACGGCGGUGCUAAAAUUGAAGGAUACGUGAUUGAAAAGCGUGAAUCGAGCAGACUGGUGUGGACCAAUGUGGCUUCAGACCUACAGGCUACACAACACAAAGUGACCAAGCUUCUCAAAGGAAAUGAAUACAUCUUCAGAGUCAUGGCAGUGAACAAAUAUGGAGUUGGUGAGGCUCUUGAAUCAGAGCCCACUAUUGCAGACAAUCCAUACACAAUCCCAGACCCUCCAGAGAGCCCAGAGGUCACCGCGAUCACCAAGGAUUCAAUGGUAUUAAUGUGGCAAGCACCAAAGAGUGACGGAGGAACCCCCAUCACCAACUACCAUAUUGAAAGAAAAGACAAAGCCGGUCUCCGCUGGGUCAAAUGCAACAAGAGGAAGGUGAAAGAUCUGCAGUUCAAGGCAACUGGUCUGUAUGAUGGACAUGAAUAUGAGUUCAGAGUUAUUGCAGAAAAUGCUGCAGGAGUCAGUGCACCCAGUGUUUCCAGUCCAUUCUACAAGGCCACUGAUGGCCUGUUCAAGCCAGGAGCUCCAUGCAACCCCAGAGUCUUGGACACAACAAAGUCCUCCAUCACCGUGGCCUGGAACAGACCUGUUUAUGAUGGUGGUUCUGAAAUCACUGGCUAUAUUGUGGAGACAUGCAUUCCAUCUGAAAAGGUAGAGGAAGAGGAAUGGACCAUUGUGACACCCAAGGAGGGUCUGCUAGCAACUUCAUUCACAAUUGUUAAUCUGAAGGAGAAUCAAGAGUACAAGAUCAAAAUUUCAGCUGUAAAUGGUGAAGGAAUUGGAGAUCCAGCAUCUGUUCCUGAUAAUGCUAAAGCAGAGGACAGGUUAAUCCCGCCUGAGAUGGACCUAGACUUGGAGCUCCGUAAGGUGGUGAGUCUCAGGGCAUGUUGUUCACUGAGACUCUUUGUUCCCAUCAAAGGAAGACCUUCUCCACAGGCCAAAUGGACCAAAGGGGAUGGAGAAGCUGUUGAGAGGGCAACUAUCGAUACCACAACCUCAUACACAUUACUGGUGAUUGAAAAUGUCAACAGAUUCGACAGUGGAAAAUACAAUCUAACAAUUGAAAAUAGCUCUGGCUCCAAGACUGCAACAGUCCAGGUCAGGGUGCUUGACACACCUAGUGCCCCACAGAACCUGAAGAUUACUGCAGUAACAAAUGAAGCUGUCACUCUGGCAUGGGAUCCACCAGUGAAUGAUGGAGGAGUCAAAAUUAAGAACUAUGUUGUUGAAAAGCGUGAAUCCACAAGAAAAGCAUAUGCUACAGUUAAUGCUAACUGUCAUCAAACCACCUUCACGGUGGGCCAGCUACUUGAAGGAUGCAACUAUUACUUUAGAGUCCUUGCUGAGAAUGAAUAUGGCAUUGGACUGCCAAUUGAAACGGGUGAGUCCAUCAAAGUAUCUGAGAAACCUCAGCCACCCGGGAAAAUAACCCUGAAGGAUGUCACCAAGAACAGUGUCACCCUCUCUUGGGAAAAGCCAGAGCAUGAUGGUGGUAGCAGAGUGGGUUGCUACGUCGUUGAGAUCCAACCUAAAGGCGUAGAUAAGUGGAGCCAGGCCGUGAUUGUUAAAGAAACUGAAGCUACUAUCAGCGGACUGAAUGCAGGUGAAGAAUAUAUGUUCCGCGUCUCAGCUAGAAAUGAGAAGGGAACAAGUGACCCUCGUCAAAUCGGCGUGCCUGUUAUUGUCAAAGAUCUUGUGAUUGCACCCGUUGCCAAGAUGCUGUUCAACACAUUUAGCGUGUUGGCAGGGGAAGACCUGGUGGUGGAUGUGCCAUAUGUUGCUCGUCCCAAAGCAGCUGUAUCCUGGGUGAAGGAUGGUCAGCCAAUGAAGAGGACCACCAGGGUAAACUUUGGUGCAACAGAUACGAUGCUGAACCUGAGCAUAAAAGAGGCCACAAAGGAUGAUGUUGGACACUACGUUAUUAAUCUCAGCAACACAGCAGGAGAGACAACAGCCGAUAUUGGAAUCGUUGUCCUUGACAAACCUGGCCAGCCAAGUGGUCCAGUUAAGGUAGAAGAGGUCACUUCUGACAGUGUCACCAUUUCUUGGAAUCCACCUGAAUAUGAUGGUGGCUGCACCAUCAAAAAUUACAUUGUAGAAAAGCGGGACACUUCCACAAAUGAGUGGGUGGUUGUGUCUUACAACCUGGCUCGCACCAAAAUCAAAGCCGGCCGACUUAAGGCUGGCUCUGAGUAUCAGUUCAGAAUCACAGCAGAAAAUAGAUAUGGAAAAGGCCCAUCUCUUGUGUCAGAGUGUAUCUUGGCUCAGUACCCAUACAAGCUCCCAGGACCUCCAGGGACACCAUCCAUUGCAGCCUGCACCAAGGACAGUAUGGUGGUGGCUUGGAAUGAACCAGUGAAUGACGGUGGAAGCACUAUCUUGGGCUACCACCUUGAGCGUAAAGAGAGAAACAGCAUCCUAUGGGUCAAACUUAACAAGUCUUUGAUUACUGAUCAGACCUUCAAGAGCAGUGGUCUGGAGCAAGGAAUGGAGUAUGAAUACAGAGUUUAUGCUGAAAACAUAGUUGGAAUUGGCAAAGUCAGUAAAGUUUCUGAGGGAGUUAUUGCCAGAGAUCCUUGUGAUCCUCCUGGUACCCCAGAGGCAAUAAAGAUCACUAAAGACUCUGUGACAAUUGCUUGGACCAAGCCUGAGUAUGACGGUGGUGCAAAGGUCACCGGCUACGUUGUGGAAAAGAAGGAGCUUCCUGAAGGUCGCUGGCUGAAGGCUAAUUUCACUAAUGUCAUUGAGACUGAGUAUGUUGCCACAGGACUGGUACAGGACAACCAGUACGAGUUCCGAGUGAUUGCCAGAAAUGCUGCUGGUGUGUUUAGCCUGCCCUCUUACAGCUCUGGCCCUAUCACAGCCAAGGACGAGAUCGAACCCCCACGCCUCAGCAUUGACCCGCAGUACACUCAGACUGUGGUGAUUAAUGCUGGAGAACACUUUAAGAUUGAUGCAGAUGUCCAUGGCAAACCACUGCCCUCUAUCCACUGGAUGAAGGGAGAGCAGGAACUGGGCAACACCAUUCAUAGGGAGAUCAAGAACACACCCACUAAAGCUUUCAUCUCUGUCAAAGAGGCAAAACUUUCCGAUGGGGGUCAGUACACCCUGCUGCUGAGAAAUCCUGGAGGAGAAAAGGCCACAAACAUCAAUGUAGUUGUUCUAGAUAAACCCGGAGAACCACAGGGGCCUUUUGUUGUGACUGGAAUAACUCAAGAUCGAUGCUGUCUGGCAUGGAAACCACCAAUACAAGAUGGUGGUAGCAAGAUCUCUCACUAUGUUGUUGAAAGGAGGGAGACAAGCAGACUCGUCUGGACAGUUAUUGACCCAAAAGUAGAAAACAUUUGUCUCAAGGUCACAAAACUCCUAGAGGGCAACGAGUACAUCUUUAGAGUCCGUGCGGUCAACCAGUUUGGAACUGGUGCCCCACUGGAGUCGGCUGCUGUUGUGAUCAAAGACCCCUACAUGAUACCUGGAUCCCCCAGGAGCUUGGAGGUUUCUGAUAUUAAAAAGGAUUCAAUGGUGCUGACUUGGGAGGCUCCCUCAGAAGAUGGAGGCAGUCCAAUCACCGGAUAUAUCAUUGAGAAACAUGAUAAAGAAGGAGUGAGAUGGACAAGAUGCAACAGAAAAACUGUCACUGAUUUAACUUUCAAGAUCACUGGACUGCUGGAAAGCCAUAGCUAUGAGUUCAGAGUUGCAGCUGAAAAUGCUGUUGGUAUUAGUGAGCCAAGUUCUGCAACGGUCUACUUCAAAGCUCUUGAUCCCAUCUUCAGACCUGGUCCACCACAAAAUCCCAGAGUUACAGACACAACAAAAACGUCAGUAUUCCUGUCAUGGGGCAAGCCCGUCUGCGAUGGAGGCUGUGAGAUUCAGGGAUACAUUGUGGAGUGCUGCACCACAACAGAGACAGCAGAAGCCCCAGCCACAGAGACCCCGGCUGUAGAAGCACCAGCUGCAGAAGCACCGGCUGAGGAAUGGACAAUGUGCACACCACCAGCAGGCAUCAAGAAGACCAAGUUUGAGGCUACAAACCUGAAGGAAAACCAGGCGUACAAGUUCAGAGUGUGUGCUAUCAACAAAGUGGGAGUUGGUGAGCAUGCUGAUGUCUCUGGAGCUGUUGUUGCCAAAGACAGGGCUGAGGAGCCAGACCUGGACAUUGACCCAGAACUGAGAAAGAUUGUGACCAUCAAAGCUGGCACUUCCCUGAGACUCUUCAUCCCCAUCAAAGGACGACCCACUCCUACCAUCAAGUGGGAUAAAGAUGAAGCUCCACUGAAGGAGACUGCUCAACUUGAGACAACCAGCAGUUACACAUCCUUAGUGAUUGAUAAGAUGAGCAGAAAUGAUAGCGGAAAAUACACAGUCACUGCAGAAAACUCCAGUGGAACCAAAUCUGCAUUUGUUCUUGUUCGUGUUCUUGACACUCCAAGUGCUCCUGUUAAUCUUAAAGUCAAAGAAAUCACAAACCAGUCAGUGACCCUUGAUUGGGAACCACCUCUGUUGGAUGGCGGGUCUAAGAUCAAGAACUACAUCGUUGAAAAGAGAGAAAGCACUCGCAAAACAUAUGCAGCUGUUGUGACAAACUGCCAUGCUCUUUCAUGGAAGAUUGAGCCUCUUCAGGAGGGAUGCAGUUACUAUUUCAGAGUAUUUGCAGAGAAUGCUCAUGGUGUGGGUCUGCCUGCAGCAACUGUCGACCCUCUCAAGGUCUCGGAGGUUCCCCAGUCUCCAAAGAGUCUGAUAGUUACAGAUCAGACCAAAACAAGCAUCUCUUUGGCCUGGGAGAAGCCAGAGUAUGACGGUGGAAGCAGAGUGAUGCAGUAUCUGCUGGAGGUGCAGUUGAAGGGUCAGGAGAAAUGGAAUGGUGUUAAUACAUUUAAGACAAUGGAAGCCACUGUGUCCAAUCUUAACCCAGGAGAGGAGUAUCUGUUCAGAGUCACAGCGAUCAAUGAUAAGGGAAAGAGUGACCCCAAAGUCCUUGCAGGGCCAGUGAUGACUAAGGACUUAGUGUUUGAGCCUGAUGUGCGCCCAGCCUUCAGUAGUUACAGUGUUCAUGUGGGAAAAGACAUGAACAUAGACAUUCCUAUCUUUGGAAGACCCAAGCCAACAGUCACAUGGUCCAAAGAUGGAGCACCGCUGAAGUUCACCACCAGAGUUAACAUACACAAUACACCAACACACACAACACUGAGCAUUAAGGAAGCAGCAGGUGACGAUGGUGGCAUGUACGGCAUUAACGUUUCCAACUCUGCAGGAAAGAAGGACACAACCGUUGAAAUCAUUGUACUUGACAAGCCGGGCCCUCCAUCCGGUCCCGUGAAAUUCGAUGAAAUCACAACACAAAGUGUCACCAUUUCCUGGGGUCCUCCAAAGCACAAUGGUGGAAGUCAAAUUUCAAAUUACAUUGUGCAGAAGAGAGAUACCACAACAACAACAUGGGAAAAUGUUACCAUAAACUGUGCAAGAACCAGUAUCAAAGUGCCUCGACUGAAGACUGGUGCCGAGUAUCAGUUCAGGAUCAUUGCACAGAAUCGAUAUGGAAAGAGUCAUGGUCUUGAUUCAUCUUCCGUGGUUGCCCAGUACCCAUACCGGGAGCCAGGGCCACCAGGCACUCCAUUCAUCUCCUCUUUGUCAAGGGACCACCAGAUUGUUGAGUGGCAUGAGCCCGUGUCUGAUGGAGGCAGCCCAGUUCUUGGGUACCAUCUGGAGAGAAAGGAAAGGAAUAGCAUCCUCUGGGUGAAGAUUAACAAGACUCUUAUCCAUGAGCCCAAGUUCAAGAGUUAUCCUUUAGAGGAGGGUAUUGAGUAUGAAUACAGGGUUAGCGCUGAAAAUAUUGUUGGCAUUGGAAGGUGUAGUAAGAUUUCAGAGGGUUGUGUUGCCCGUGACCCAUGUGAUCCUCCAGGCAUGCCAGAGGCUAUCCAUGUGACAAAAGAUACCAUUAUUAUCCAGUGGACAAAGCCAGAGUAUGACGGUGGCAGUAAUAUCACUGGCUACACUGUAGAGAAGCGUGACCUACCAGAGGGCAGGUGGGUGAGGGCCAACUUCACUAAUGUGAUUGAGACCCAGUUCACUGUCACAGGUCUGACUGAAAAUGCUCAGUAUGACUUCAGGGUCAUUGCUAAAAAUGCUGUUGGCACAGUGAGCAAACCGUCGUACAAUAGUGGACCAAUCACUGCAAGUGAUAAAGUAGAGGCUCCCAAAUUCUCCAUCGAUCCUGCCUUCACCAAGACCAUCAUCAUCAAUGCUGGGGAGACUUUCAAGCUCAAUGCCGAUGUUCGUGGCAAACCUCUGCCAGUGAUCCAGUGGUUCAAGGAUGAAAAACCAUUGGAAAACACCCUACGUCUUCAGAUCAGAAACACAGAGACUCAUGCACUGGUUGUCAUUAAGGACUGUAUCAGGGUGGAUGGCGGAACUUAUACUCUCCAGCUGACUAAUGAAGCUGGCAGUGAAACAGUCCCGUUCAAGGUUGUGGUCCUGGAUAGACCCAGCCAAUGCGAAGGGCCACUUCAUGUGACUGGAGUGGCUGAAGAUCGGUGCACACUGGCAUGGCGUGCCCCUGAACAUGAUGGAGGUAGUCCCAUUACACACUAUGUCAUUGAGAGAAGAGAGACCAGCCGCCUGGCUUGGACAGUUGUUUCAAGCAGCUGUAACACCACCUGCUACAAAGUCACCAAACUACUUGAAGGCAAUGAGUACAUGUUCAGAGUCAUGGCUGUGAACAGUUAUGGCAUCAGUGAACCUCUGGAGUCAGGUGGAGUGAUCAUGAAGACACCAUUCCUUCCUCCUGGAUCACCUCACAUUGAGGAUGUGUCAAACAUUACUCAUGAUGGUAUGACCCUCACCUGGUCUGCUCCUGAAUCAGAGGGUGGCAGUGAAAUAUCCAACUACAUCAUUGAAAAGAAGGACAGAAAUGGAAUCAAAUGGACUCGAUGCAACAGGCAGAAGGUCACCGACCUCUCCUUCAGAGUGACAGGCCUCGCCACUGGACAUGAGUAUGAGUUCAGAGUGUCAGCUGAGAAUGCAGUAGGAGUGGGAGAGCCCAGUCUUCCAAGUUCAUACUAUAAGGCCAGUGAUCCCAAGUAUAAACCUGGAGCACCCGCAUAUGUGAAUGUGAUUGACUCCACAAAGAACUCCAUCACUAUCUCCUGGGGAAAACCCUUGUCUGAUGGAGGCAGUACCAUCCAAGGAUACAUUGUUGAAGUGUGCAAGGCUGAGGAGGAUCAGUGGACCAUGGUCACCCCGCCAACUGGCCUCCGUGUCAACAAAUAUGAAAUUUCUAAACUUACUGAGAGCCAGGAGUACAAAAUCCAAGUUUGUGCCCUAAACAAACUGGGAGUCGGUGAACCAGCUGUUCUUUCUGGUACAGCUAAACCUGAAGAACGAGUUGAGCCACCUGAGAUCCACCUUGACUCCGAGCUGAGGAAGGGCAUUGUGCUGAAAGCUGGUGGAUCUGUUCGAAUCAAUAUUCCCUUCAAGGGACGACCAACCCCUGAGAUCCGGUGGACCAAGGAUGAGGGAGACCUGACUGAUAAGGCGGUGGUCGAGAAAGCUCUCCACUUCACUCAGCUAUCCAUUGACUCGUGUGAUCGAAGUGAUUCAGGAAAGUACAACCUCACACUCACCAACAGCAGUGGUACUGUGUCUGAGUUGGUCUCUGUUAAGGUCCUUGAUACACCUGGAGCCCCACAGAACCUUGUGGUCAAAGAUGUCCGGAAGGACUCUGUCACUCUUGUAUGGGAUGCUCCCCUGAUUGAUGGAGGGUCAAAAAUUAAAAACUAUGUCAUUGAUAAACGUGAAUCCACCAGAAAAGCAUUUGCAAAUGUUUCCACUAAAUGCAGCAAGACCACCUUCAAGGUAGAGAACCUAGUCGAAGGUGCGAUGUACUACUUUAGAGUUAUGGCUGAGAAUGAAUAUGGAGUCGGCCAGGCUGUUGAAACAAAGACUGCUUCAAAAGCCUCUGAGGUACCACUGCCUGUUGGAUCAAUCUUCCUCACUGACGUCACAAAGGCCAGUGUUUCGUUGGCAUGGGAGAAACCAGAGCAUGAUGGAGGCAGCCGGAUUGCUGGGUAUCUGAUUGAGAUGCAGCCAAAGGGAACGGACAAGUGGGGUGUUGCAACAAAUACAAAGACAUGUGAGGGUACCGUUACAGGCCUCACAUCUGGUGCUGAAUACCUGUUCCGUAUUAUUGCAUACAAUGAGAAGGGAAAGAGUGAGCCAAAGGCACUGGCUGCACCAGUUGUUGCCAGUGACAUGACCAUCGAACCAAGUAUCAAGAGUCAGUUCAACACUUACAGUGUUCUUGCUGGAAAAGACUUGAAACUGGAGUUCCAAGUAGUCGGUAGGCCCAAACCCAGAAUCAGCUGGACUAGGGAUGGUCAAACUAUGAAGGUGACCUCCAGAGUCAAUGUUGUCAACACUGCAACAACAACAGGAAUUCAUAUCACGGAGGCUUGUAAGGAGGACUUUGGCAAAUAUUCCAUCACUGCCACAAAUUCUGUUGGUACAGUUACUGAGGACAUUUCUAUUAUUAUCCUUGACAAGCCUGGCGCACCAGCUGGCCCCAUAAAAGUUCUGGAAGUGAGCAACACAUUUGUUCACUUAUCCUGGGACCCCCCAGAGUACACUGGUGGAUGCCAAGUGAAGAAUUACAUUGUGGAGAAGAGAGACACCACCACCACCACAUGGCAGACAGUUACAACACAACUGGCUAGAACUGCUUUCAAGGUCACCAGGCUGAAGACUGGUGCAGAAUACCAAUUCAGGGUUAUUGCUGAAAACAGAUACGGAAAGGGUGCAUCUCUGGAUUCCAAGUCCAUUGUUGUGCAGUAUCCUUACAAACCACCAGGCCCUCCAGGAACACCAUAUGUCAAAUCUGCAACCAAGGAAAUGAUGAUCAUUGAGUGGAAUGAGCCAGUUAAUGAUGGUGGAAGCUCAGUGAUUGGUUAUCACCUGGAAAGUAAGGAGAGAAGCAGCAUCCUUUGGAACAAACUCAACAAGACACUCAUUGCUGAUACUCAGUUUAAGAUCUGUAACCUUGAGGAGGGUAUUGGCUAUGAGUUCAGAGUUUAUGCUGAAAACAUUGUUGGCAUUGGUAGAUGCAGUAAAGUGUCAGAGUCCUUUGUUGCACGUGACCCAUGUGAUCCCCCCAGUGCCCCAGAAGCUGUGUCCAUUACUAAGAACCAGAUUAAGAUCCAAUGGACCAAGCCUCAGUACGAUGGUGGCAGCAAAGUGAAUGGCUAUAUUGUGGAGAGAAAGGAUCUUGCAUCGCCUGAUGGGCGCUGGGUUAGAGCCAACUUUACCAACAUUAUUGAGACUGAGUACACCAUUACUGGUCUGACAGAGAAUGAAAAAUAUGAGUUCAGAGUGAUUGCAAGAAAUGCAGCUGGCGUCUUCAGUGAGCCUUCAGACAGUUCUGGACCCAUCACUGCUACUGAUGAAAUUGAACCACCAAGGGCUUCAAUGGAUCCCAAAUACAAGGAUGUUAUUGUAGUGAAUGCUGGAGACAAUUUGCUGAUGGACGCAGACAUUUAUGGAAAACCCAUUCCUGAUGUUGCCUGGCUCAAAGAGGGCAAAGAAAUGGACAAAGCCUUACGGAUUGAAGUGAGGACUACAGAGAAACGCACAUCCAUAACCAUCAAGGAUGUGACAAAGCUGGACAGUGGUCACUAUGACCUUGUUCUCACAAAUCCGGGUGGUACAAAAGCUUUCCCCAUCACUGUUAAAGUCCUGGAUAAACCAGGCCCACCCACUGGCCCCAUGAAGGUAACUGGGGUCAUGGCUGAUCGUUGCAUUUUGGCCUGGUCUGAGCCAGCGCUGGAUGGAGGAGCCAGUAUCAAUCACUAUAUCCUGGAGAAGAGAGAGACUAGUAGAUUGUCCUGGACAGUUGUUGCAUCAAAUAUCAAGGGGUUGUUCCAUAAAGUGACCAGCUUGCUUCCUGGAGAUGAGUACAUUUUCCGAGUCAGAGCAGUCAACAAGUUUGGAAUUGGUGAAUUCCUUGAAAGUGAACCCAUUGUAGCACGUAAUCCUUACAAGCCACCAAGUGCUCCUGGAACUCCAGAAGCUAGUCAGAUCACAAAAGACUCAAUGGUUUUGUCUUGGAGUGCUCCAGAACACACCGGUGGUGCUGACAUUGAAUCUUAUCAUCUAGAAAAACGUGAUAAAGACAGUGUGAGGUGGACUAAAUGCAACAGACAGAAGCUGACAGAUAACUUCUUCAAGGUCACAGGUCUGAUGACAGAUCACUUCUAUGAGUUCAGAGUUUCUGCUGAGAAUGAGGCUGGAAUGGGAGACCUCAGUGAGCUGUCCCUGUUCUACAGGGCAUGUGAUGCUCCCACACCACCAGGACCCCCACACCAUCCAAAGGUGACAGACUACUCAAAGUCCUCUGUGUCCUUGUCUUGGGGAAAACCUGACUUUGAUGGUGGAGCCUACAUCAAGGGUUACAUUGUUGAAAUGAGGGAGUACACUCCAAUGCCUGAAUCCACAGAGGAGGAGACAGAAGUCGCUCCAGCCGUGGACAUGCCAGUUGAAAAAGAGUGGAGCAUGUGCACACCCCCCACUGGCAUUCAAGCUACCAAACUCACAAUCACAGAUCUGAAGGAGGGUGUAGAGUACCAGUUCCGUAUCUGUGCCAUCAAUUCAGAGGGAGUAGGAGAGGCUGCCAACAUUCAUGGCACAGUGGUCACUUCUGACAGGUCAGAAGCACCAGAGAUCGAGCUUGAUGCUGAUCUCAGAAAAGUGGUGUCUGUCAGAGCUGGUGGUACCCUGCGCCUGUUUGUCACCAUCAGAGGACGCCCUGAACCUGCUGUGAAAUGGGAGAAGGUAGAGGGUUCCCUCACAGAACGAGCAGCCAUUGACACCACCAGCUCAUACACUAUGCUUGUCAUUGACAAUGUCAACCGCUUUGACAGUGGAAAAUACUCACUGACACUUGAGAACAGCAGUGGCACAAAAUCUGCAAUUGUUGCAGUAAGAAUUUUGGAUACCCCAAGUGCCCCUCAAAAUCUCAAAAUACAGGAACUCAAGAAAGACUCAGUGACUCUGGCCUGGGACACACCGCUCACAGAUGGUGGUGCUAAAAUCACAAACUACAUUGUAGAGAAGAGAGAGUCGGUCAGGAAAGUCUAUACUACUGUCACCAGCAACUGCACUGCAAACUCAUUCAAGAUUGAAGAAAUGCCUGAAGGUGGAAUGUUCUACUUCAGAGUCUGUGCUGUCAACGAAUAUGGCCAAGGACAGAUGGCGGAAACCAAAGAAAUCAAAAUCUCUGAGGUACCCUUGCCUCCAAGCAAGGUUACCCUGGUUGACCUGACUAAGACCAGUGUGUCACUGGCUUGGGAAAAACCUGCUCAUGAUGGCGGAAGCAAAGUAAUGUGCUACAAUGUAGAAUUCAAGCCCAAGACAGGAGAUAAAUGGGGCACUGCCUGCACAGUCAAGGUGACAGAGGCAACUGUUCCAAAUCUAACUCCCAAUGAAGCCUAUUUAUUCAGAGUUGUGGCCAUCAAUGAAAAGGGAAAGAGUGAACCAAAGGAUCUUGGUCUGCCUGUGGUUACAAAGGAUGUUGCAAUAGAACCAUCAACCCAUUUACUGUUCACCACCUAUAGUGUGAAGGCUGGAGAUGAUCUCACUCUUACCGUUCCAGUAAGAGGCAGGCCAAAGCCUGUCGUUUCCUGGAAGAAAGAUGGUCUUCCCCUGAAGCAAACAUCAUCAGUGACCAUCAAGAACACUGCAACUGACUCCAAUGUCAUCAUCAAAGAGGCAAAGAGAGAACAUGUUGGAAAAUACGAGGUGACCCUGGCCAACUCAGGAGGAACCAUUACAGUUGACAUUGGAGUAGUUGUUCUUGACAAACCAGGCGCCCCUAAAGAUAUCAAGGUAGAUGCCGUGACCUCAGACAGCAUCACACUAUCCUGGUCCCCACCGGAAUAUGAUGGUGGAUGCUGUAUCAGCAACUAUAUUGUGGAAAAGAGAGAUACCAACACCCAGGAAUGGCAGAUGGUGGCCAGUAACAUUGCCAGAACAUCGUUCAAAGCUGGGCGACUGACACAUGGAGCCGAGUACCAAUUCCGUAUCUAUGCAGUGAACCGGUAUGGCAAGAGUACUUAUCUGGAUUCACCUGGAAUCACAGCUCAGUACAACUUCAAACAACCUGGGCCUCCUUCCACACCGAUUGUUAAACAUGCCACCAAAUCAUACAUGUUGGUGACCUGGAAUGAACCAGUGAGUGAUGGUGGUAGUCCUGUUCUGGGCUACCAUAUUGAGAGGAAGGAACGUUCUAGCAUCCUCUGGACAAAGAUGAACAGAGGAAUGAUCAAAGAUACCGAAUACAAAGUCACCGGAAUUGAAGAGGGUAUGAUGUAUGAAUACCGGGUGUAUGCUGAGAACAUUGCCGGUAUUGGUAAAUGUAGCAAGGCCUGUGAGGCUGUGGCAGCCAGAGAUCCAUGUGAUCCUCCAGGUACACCCACUGUCACUGCUAUCACCAGAGCAUCUGUCUCCUUAUCUUGGGAGAAACCAGAAUAUGAUGGUGGAGCCAAAGUUUCUGGUUACAUUAUAGAAAGCAGAGAACUUCCUGAAGGACGCUGGACAAGGUGCAACUUCACCAAUGUUCCUGAAACUCACUAUGAUGUAACAGGACUGACCGAGAACAGCCGGUACGACUUCCGAAUCAUUGCAAAGAAUGCAGCUGGAUUAUUCAGUAUCCCUUCAGAAAACACAGGCCCCAUCACUGUAACAGAUAAUGUGGAUCCACCACGCAUCAUGAUGGAUGUGAAGUUCAGAGAAGCAGUUUAUGUGAAAGCAGGAGAGACACUGAAGAUAAAUGCUGACCUCGCAGGACGCCCUGCACCUGUUGUGUCUUGGACCAAAGAUGGCAAAGAGAUCGAGUUGAGAGCCAGAAUUCAGAUUGUUUCAACAGAAACCAGUACUUGUGUUAUUGUGAAGGACUGCAUCAGAAGAGAUUCUGGACAGUAUGUGCUGACCCUGCAGAAUAUUGGUGGUACAGUUAACAUGCCAGUUAACUGUGUUGUAAUCGAUAAACCUGGACCCUCUGCAGGACCUCUGCAGAUCACUGGCCUCUCAGCUGAUGCCUGCACUCUGUCAUGGGGUCCACCUCAGGAGACUGGUGGUGCAAAAAUCACACAUUAUGUUGUUGAGAAGCGUGAUACCAGUCGACUGGCAUGGACUCUUGUGAAGGGUGACAUAACCAAAACUUUCUACAAAGUUACUGGCCUGCUGAAGGGUGAUGAAUACAUUUUCAGAGUUUUGGCCGUCAGCAAGCAUGGCCAAGGUGAGCCUCUGGAGAGUGAACCUGUAAAGGUUACAGAUCCAUACACGAUUCCCACUGCUCCGGCCAGUGUUGAUGUUACUACCAUCACCGGAGACUCAAUGACCCUCACCUGGUGUAAGCCAGCCAGUGACGGAGGUAGUCCCAUCACUGGAUAUGUGAUUGAGCGGCGCGAAAAGACGGGAAUGCGAUGGGUUCGCGUGAACAGAGACCUUAUCCUUGAAUGCACUGCAAUUGUAACCAAACUGCGCAAAGGCUAUGAAUAUGACUUCAGAGUCUACGCUGAAAAUGCUGCAGGUGCGGGUCCCGUCAGUGAACCAUCUGCUACAUUCAGAGCAGUUGAUCCCCUGGUUGUUCCUUCACGUCCAACAAAGCCAAAGAUUGUCAACUCAACCAAAGACAGUGUGUCGAUUGUCUGGAAACCACCCACAGAUGAUGGUGGAGCUCCCAUACUUGGAUACAGUGUGGAGUACAGAGACUACAUCCCCAAACCAGUGGUGGAGGAUGAAGAGGAGGAAUAUGAGGAAGAAGAGGAAGAUGUACCUGAGUCACCUGAAGAUUUAGCUAGAUGGGUUGAGGCUGUCCCUCUUACCAAAAGCUUGGAGUUCACUAUCAAUGGUCUGAAGACAGAUGCAGAGUAUGAGUUCUGUGUAAAGGCAAUAAACAAAAUAGGCAGCAGUGCACGUAGCCCAUAUUCAGAUGGUGGAGCUGCCAUGGAUAGAACAUCUGAGCCAGCAUUUGACGUCGACAGCGACAUCCGCAAAGUGAUGAUUGUGAAGCACGGUGCCGCAUUUACUCUCAACGUGCCUUUCAGAGGAAAUCCAGUGCCUUCAGCCACAUGGGCCAAGGAGGGUGUGGACCUGAAAGUCAGAGGAACCAUUGAAUCCACAGAAACCAGCACAUCUCUGACCCUUGACAAGUCAACGCGAUAUGACUCUGGAGAGUACUGCGUCACCAUCGAGUCACCACUGGGAAAAGCAGUGCUCCCAGUAGUUGUAAAGGUGCUGGACUCUCCUGGACCUCCGGUCAAUGUUAAAGUUUCAGCAGUAACCAGAGAUUCAGCGACACUCACCUGGGAGGCUCCAGAGAAUGACGGCGGUGAUGCAGUGAAGGCCUACCAUGUUGAGAAACGUGAGGCCAGUAAGAAAGCCUGGGUGUCUGUGACCAGCAACUGCCAUGCUCUAACAUACAGGGUGGAGGAUCUGCAGGAGGGUGCCUUUUAUUACUUCAGAGUCAUUGGAGAAAAUGAAUAUGGAGUGGGAGUUCCCCAAGAGGCCAAGGCCGGAACAAAGAUUACAGAGGUGCCAAGUCCACCCAUGAAGCUUGGAGUGGCAAAUGUUACUAAGGACACGGUCACACUGGCCUGGACCAGACCAGAAUAUGAUGGCGGUAGCCGAGUUAAAGGUUAUGUGAUUGAUGCAGUGGAGAAGGGACAGACCAAAUGGGUGAAAUGUGCCACCGUGAGAGCCAUGACCCACACCAUCAAGAACCUGAGGGAGGGUGCUGAGUACUUCUUCCGAGUCCGAGCUGAGAACCAUGCUGGACUAAGUGAAGCCAAGGAGAUGAUUGUUCCUGUUCUUGUCAAAGAAAUUCAAGAGGCUCCAGAGUUUGACAUGGUCAACUACCCCAAGAAUACAGUUUACGUCAAAGCAGGAGGUGAUUUGACCUUUGAGAUCCCCCUGACUGGCAGACCCACACCAAAGGUCACUGUGUCCAAGAACAACGUCGCCAUCAAAGGAUCCAAGAGGCUGCUCACUGAAGUCACUCCAGACAGCUUACUCAUCACAUUGACUGAAAGCAUUUCUAGCGAUGCUGGAAAAUAUGAAUUUACUGCCUCAAAUGCAGGAGGAACCACAAAGAUUUACAUCAUCUUUGUGGUGCUGGACAGGCCUGGACCACCUGUGGGUCCGGUGGAGAUUGGAGAGGUUGGAGAGACCACAGUGUGUCUGAAAUGGGCUCCUCCAGAGUACGAUGGUGGCAGUCCUGUCACCAAUUAUGUGAUUCUGAAGCGUGAGACCAGCACUCCCACCUGGUCUGAAGUGUCCACCAAUGUAGCCAGGAGCUCCUUCAAGGUGACAAAGCUGACCAAGGGUGAGGAGUAUCAGUUCAGAGUGAAGGCUGUGAACCGCUAUGGCAUGAGUGACCACAUCGACAGCAAGCCUGUCAUGAUCAAGCUUCCUUACACUACACCCGGACCUCCGUCCACACCAUGGGUGGGCUUUGUGUCCAGAGAGACUCUGACCAUCUGCUGGAACGAGCCGGUCAAUGACGGCGGAAACCCCGUGAUUGGAUAUCACUUGCAGAUGAAGGAAAGGAGCAGCAUCCUCUGGCAGAAAGUCAACAAAACGGCCAUCACUGGAAACCAGUGGCGCGUCACCAACAUCUGUCCAGGCCUCAUCUACGAAUUCAAGGUGGCAGCUGAAAAUGCUGCUGGUAUUGGAAAACUGAGCAAAACCUCAGAGGAGGUGCUGGCUAUUGAUGCCUGUGAACCUCCAGCUAAUGUCAGAAUCACAGAGGUCACCAAGAACUCUGUCACACUGGCCUGGCAGCGGCCUCCUUACGACGGUGGCAGUAAGAUCACCGGCUACAGUCUGGAGAGAAGAGAAGCAGCUAGCGGCCGAUGGGUGAAAGCCAACUUCACAAACAUCAUUGAGAUGGGUUUCACUGUGUCUGGGCUGACUCAGGACGAAUCCUAUGAGUUCAGAGUAUAUGCCAAGAAUGCUGUGGGCUCGGUCAGCAACCCAUCGCUCAUUGCUGGUCCGGUCACAUGUGUUGACGCCUGUGGCGCCCCAGCUAUCGAUCUCCCUCCUGAGUACCUGGAUGUGGUUCAGUACAAAGCUGGAUCUUCAGUCAAACUCAGAGUUGGCAUCAUUGCAAAGCCUCUCCCAAGCAUUGAGUGGCUGAAGAACGGGAAAGAACUGGUACAGACGUCCACCAUGUCCAUCGAAAGCACCACUGACUCUUCUGCUGUUUUGAUCAAAGACACAGCUCGCAUGGACACGGGCUCAUAUGAGAUCAAGAUCAGGAAUGUUCUGGGAUCUGCAUCGGCUACUAUCAGGAUUGAAAUCCUUGACAAACCUGGACCUCCAGCAGGUACCAUCAACUUCAACUCGAUCACAGCUGACCGGAUCAUUUUCAGCUGGGAGCCCGUGCCUGAAGCUGACCAGGGUGGCUCCAAAGUCACCCACUACAUCGUUGAGAGACGUGAGACCAGUCGAGUGGUCUGGUCUACUGUGUCAGAUCGACAUGAGCAGACGCACGUCUCCGUCAGCAAGCUGGUCCGUGGAAAUGAGUAUGUGUUCCGUGUCAGGGGUGUCAACAAGUAUGGACUUGGUGAGGCACUGGUUUCUGAGCCUGUCAUCGCCAAGAAUGCCUUUGUGACUCCGGGCCAACCUCAUACUCCUGAGGUAAACAUUAUCACCAAAUCCACCAUGGUAGUUGAAUGGGACAAACCGGGUGUAGAUGGAGGAAGCACCGUGAGCGGCUACUAUCUAGAGAGACGGGACAAGAAGAGUUUGCGCUGGAUCCGAGUUUACAAAGAUCCCGUUGCUGACAUCAAACAGACCGUCUACCACCUGAAUGAAGGAAACGAAUAUCAGUAUCGUGUUUGUGCCAUCAACAAGGCCGGAGAGGGGCCAUUCUCUGAUGCAUCUGACUUCUACAAGGCUGCUGAUCCAGUUGAUCCACCAGAUGAGCCAUGCAAGCUGAAGGUGAUGGACUCCACAAAGACAUCCAUCACUUUGGGCUGGUCCAAGCCUGAAUGGGAUGGCGGUAGUGAGGUCACCAGCUACAUGGUGGAGAAGCUUGUUGAGGGAGAAGCAGAAUGGGCAAUGCUUACCUCCAAGGGAGAGGUCAAGACCACAGAGUUCACAGUGCAUGACCUAAAACCAAGCAUCAACUAUUUCUUCAGAGUCUCUGCAGUCAAUUCUGCUGGCCGUGGAGAGCCUCUUGAAAUGACCGAACCUGUGCAGGCCAAAGACAUCCUGGAGGAGGCCCAGAUCGACUCUGAUGUAGCCAUGAGGACCCACUACAUCGUGAAGGCUGGCAAAGAUGUGGAGUUGUCUGUUCCACUGAAAGGACGACCCGCUCCUACAGCUUCCUGGAGUAAAGGCGAAGAAUGCAUUGACCGUGACCCGAAAUAUGAGUUCCACCACUCAGACACAGCCACUGUCCUCGUGAUGCGUGAGGUGACAAGGCUGGACACUGGAAAGUACACAGUGAAGAUCGAGAAUGGUGUGGGAGAGCCGAAGACGCUGACCCUCUCUGUGAAGGUCCAGGACACCCCAGCUAUGUGCAGGAACCUGGUCCUGAAGGACGUGACCCGUGGAAAGGUGACCCUCUGCUGGGAGCCUCCACUUCUGGAUGGUGGUGCAGAGAUCACAAACUACGUCAUUGAGAAGAGGGAUUCCUCCAAGAGAUCGUACUCCUCAGUGACAAGCAAAUGCACUGAAACAACCUAUACAAUUGAAGACCUUUCAGAGAAGACGUCCUAUUUCUUCCGCGUGCUAGCAGAAAAUGAGAAUGGUGUUGGUGAUCCAUGUGAGACAGUUGAUCCUGUGAAAGCCACAGAAACACCAGGACCAGUGAAGGACAUCUCAAUGAAGGAUUCAUCUAAGACCUCCGUUACUUUGCAGUGGCUGAAGCCGGACUACGACGGUGGAAGUAUCAUCUCUGAUUAUGUAAUCGAGAAGAAAGUGAAGGGCGAGGAGUGGUCUUUAGGAGGAACCAGCAAACAGUGUGAGUUUGAAGUGAAGAAACUGAAGGAGCACUCAGAUGUGUUCUUCAGAGUUGCUGCUCGGAAUGAGAAGGGACAGGGCGAGUUUGUGGAGACUGGGGCCAUCAAAGUCAUAGACUACAUCAUCACACCUGAAGCAGACCUCUCUGAGUAUCCCAACAACACCUUCAAAACCCGCCUGGGUCACAAUGUGCAUAUUGAGCUGCCAUACAAAGGCAAACCCAGACCAGCAGUUCUGUGGCUGAAGGACAGCCUGCCUCUGAAGGAGAGCGACCAAAUCCGCUUCAAGACCACAGGAAGCAAAGCAACACUGAUGAUUAAGAAUGUGACAAAGGAGAAUGAGGGCAAGUAUACCCUGACCCUUGACAACAAGGUCAACAGGAAGUCCUUCCACAUCCACAUUGUCACACUAGGACCGCCAUCGAAGCCUGUUGGACCAAUCAACCUGGAUGAAGUGAGAGCCGAAAGUAUCAUGAUAUCCUGGGAGGAGCCCAAUGAUGAUGGAGGUGGCUACAUUACCUGCUACACAGUGGAGAAGCGUGACGCCUCUCAGACUGACUGGAAGAUGGCCUGCUCUAGUGUACAGGAAACCCAGUACAAGAUCUGCAACUUGAUCAAGGGCCACCAGUACCAGUUCAGAGUAUGUGCUGAGAACCGGUAUGGUGUCAGCGAGCCUCUGCUCUCACAGAUGGUGGUUGCUAAGCACCAGUUCAGGCCUCCAGGCCCACCAGGCAAACCUGUUGUGUACAACGUCACCAAUGACGGUAUGACCAUCCAGUGGGAGAAACCCAUCUACGAUGGUGGCACGCCCAUCCAGGGCUACCACGUGGAGAAGAAAGAGAGAAACAGCAUUAUGUGGCAGAAGGUGAAUGCUGUCAUCAUUAAAGAGACUGACUUUAGGAUCCUGGAGCUCAUUGAAGGCCUGGAGUACUCCUUCAGGGUCUAUGCCCAAAAUGACUCUGGGUUCAGUCGAAUGAGCGAUGAGAGUAAACCCACCAUGGCUGUCAGUCCAGUUGAUCCUCCCGGUCAGCCUGACUACACUGACGUUACCAGUGACUCCAUCACACUGAAAUGGGAUGCACCUAAACGUGACGGCGGAAGCAAAAUAACCAGCUACAACAUUGAGAAACGCCAAGGACAGGGUCGCUGGUUCAAGGCCAACCUGACUGACUGCCAUGAGUGUCAGUACACUGUCACCGGUCUGGCCACCAACGAACGCUAUGAGUUCAGAGUCACUGCCAGGAACGCCAUCGGUGUCGUUAGUCCUCCGUCCAACUCUUCUGGCCUGAUUGUGGUCAGAAGUGAGAAUGCAACUCCGAACUUGGAGUUUGGCCCCGAGUAUUUUGAGGGAUUGACUGUUAAAGCCGGAGACAGCAUGAGACUGAAGGUGACCGUCACAGGACGCCCGACUCCUAAAGUGGUGUGGUACAGAGAUGACGUGGAGGUCACCAGAAAGAUGAUGGACAUCAUCACCGUGACUGGAUCCAGCACCAUCUUUGUCAGGGAUGCCGACCGUUCGCAUCGCGGUCUCUACACUGUGGAGGCUACCAAUGGAUCUGGAACUAAGAAGGAGAGCAUCUUGGUCCAAGUCCAAGACACACCUGGAGAGCCCGUUGGUCCAAUUACCUUCAGCAACAUUUCAGAGGGCAAGUGCACCUUGUCGUGGAAUCCACCAGAGAAUGACGGCUGCUCCGAGAUCACGCAUUACAUCAUCGAGAAGCGUGAGACUGCCAAGAUCUCCUGGGCCCUGGUGACCGACGAGUGCACCGAGUGCACCUACAAUGCUUCCAAGCUCAUCAAAACCAACGAGUACCAGUUCAGGGUCUCUGCUGUCAACAAGUUUGGAGUUAGCAGACCCUUGGAGUCCAGCCCCAUCAUUGCGCAGAUGCAAUACACAACCCCAGAAGCUCCCGGCACUCCCGACGCUACAGAGGUGACCGGCGAGAGCAUCACUCUGUCCUGGACUCCUCCGACCUCGGACGGAGGAAACCCCAUUCAGUACUACAUUGUGGAGAAAAGAGAAAAGAAGACAGUCCGCUUCUACAAGGUGAUAACGAAGAAGCCCAUUGUGGAGUGCGCCCACAAGGUACUGCACUUGACGGAGGACAUGGAGUACGAGUUCCGUGUCAUGGCUGUUAACGACGCUGGCGUGGGAACCCCGAGCAACAUCUCCAUGCCCAUCAAAGCUGCUGAGCCCAAGGACAUUCCCUGCGCUCCAUCUGUGGUGUGCGUGUCCGACUCCACCAACUCAUCCAUCAGCCUGGAAUGGACCAAGCCUGUGGAUGACGGCGGCUCUGACAUCCUGGGCUACAUCGUGGAGGUGGCCAAAGGAGAGGAAUGGGAAAGAGUGAAUGAGGAACUGGCAGUUGAAACCAGCUACACAGCGACGGGUCUCAAGACUGGAGCCGAGUACAACUUCCGCGUGGCUGCCGUGAACCAAGUGGGCAGAGGCGAGGAAAAAGAGCUCCCUGAACCGGCUCAGGCAGUGGACCGCUUCACACCUCCUCAGGUCGACAUUGAUGCCACCUUCAAGCAGACACACAUUGUCAAGGCCGGAGGCUCAGUUUGCCUGGCCGUCAACUUCAGAGGAAAACCCACUCCCACCGCCACCUGGGUGAAGGAGGAGGGUGAGCUGGGCGUCCUGUCAGAAGUCUCCACUGUGGAGGGUUACAGCUCUCUGAGCAUUGAAAACUGCUCCAGGAAUGACACAGGAAAAUACACUGUGAACCUGGAGAACUCCAGCGGCAGCAAGGCCAUCACGUUUGUCGUGAAGGUGAUGGACACUCCUGGGCCUCCACAGUCUGUCACCUUCAAGGAGGUGACCAGGGGUUCAGUUACAAUCACCUGGGAGCCUCCACUCAAUGACGGCGGAGCCCGAAUCCACCACUUCAUCGUGGAGAGGCGUGAAGCAAGCCGGCGUACUUGGCAGCAGUCUGGUGGGAAAUGCACACAGCACAUCCUGAAGAUCCAGGACCUGCUGGAAGGAGUUCCCUACUUCUUCAGAGUCUCAGCUGAGAACCAGCAUGGCGUGGGUGAGGCUUUUGAGCUGACGGAGCCUGUCAUUGCCACCGCAGAGCCAGCUACUCCGAAGAGGUUGGAUAUCUUGGACACAACAGACAGCUCAGUGUCGCUGGGCUGGCUCAAACCAGAGCAUGACGGUGGUAGCCGCAUCCAGGGUUACCUCAUCGAGGCCAGACCAAAGGGUGGAGACAAGUGGGUGGUGGUUGGCAACACAAAGAACCUUACUUAUGUCAUUGACAAGCUCAACAAGGGUGAUGAGUACGACUUCCGCGUGAAGGCUAAGAAUGAGUCUGGCUUCAGCCAACCUAAAGAGACUCUGGCUCCUGUCCUGGUCAAAGAGCCUCACAUUGAACCUGCAGCCGACCUCAGCGAGAUUCCCAACCAGCUCGUUACCUGCAGCUCUGGCAAAACCUUCACCAUUGAUGUUCCCAUUAGUGGCAGACCCGCUCCAAAGAUCAGCUGGAAGCUGGAGGAGAUGAGGCUGAAGAACACAGACCGAGUCUCAAUCAAAUCCACCAAGGACAGAACCAGCAUCUCAGUCAAAGAAGCCAUGAGAGGAGAUGGAGGCAAAUACUACCUGACCCUGGAGAACGUGGCAGGAACCAAGACAUUCAUCGUCGAAGUCAAUGUCACAGGCAGACCCAGUCCCCCAGAGGGACCCAUCGAGAUCUCUGCCAUCACCUCAGAGUCCUGUGUGGUGAACUGGAACCCGCCCGAGGAUGACGGAGGCACCGAUAUCACAAACUACAUUGUGGAGAAACGCGAGUCUGGCUCCACGGCCUGGCAGCUCAUCAACUCCAGUGUGAAACGCACCUCACUGCAUGUGGGUCACCUGACCAAAUACAUGCAAUACACCUUCAGGGUAUCGGCAGAGAACCGGUUCGGCGUCAGCAAGCCCACUGAGUCUGAGACAAUUGUCGCAGAGCAUCCAUACACACCUCCAGGCCCACCCACCAGACCCUCGGUAUUCAACGUCACAGCCAGCAGCAUGAGUCUGAAGUGGGAGGAGCCAUACCAUGAUGGAGGAAGCAAGGUGACAGGCUACUGGAUCGAGAAGAAGGAGAGAAACAAUAUCUUGUGGGUGAGAGAAAACAAGAUCCCCUGCUUCGAGUGUUACUGUGCGGUGGAAGGUCUCGUGGAAGGUCUGGAGUACCAGUUCAGGGUAUACGCCAUGAACAGCGCCGGGCUGAGCAAAGCCAGCGAGGCCUCGAAGGGAGCUGUGGCUCAGAACCCUGUCGAUCCACCGAGCAAACCUGAAGUCACAAAUGUGACCAGGACCACCGUCUCCCUCAAAUGGUCGGCUCCUCUGAAUGAUGGCGGAAGUCCCAUUGUGGGCUACAUCAUCGAGCGUAAGCCGUACACAGUGACUGGAGAGGGACGCUGGCUCAAGUGCAACUACACCAACGUGACCGACCAGUUCUACACCGUCACCGCGCUGGGAGAGGGCGAGCCCUACGAGUUCAGGGUCAUUGCUAAAAAUGCCAAUCAGGUCUACAGCAGACCGUCUGAGUCCACCGGCUCCGUGCAAUGCAAGACUGACUUCGAGCCUCCCAAGGCCCAGCUCGACAGCAAACUGCUGUCUGAGACCGUGUCGAUCCGAGCUGGUUCAGACUUGGUUCUGGAUGCUGCGGUGGGAGGUCGCCCUGAUCCCAAGGCUUUCUGGUCUAAAGGCAAUAGAGAACUCGAACUGUGUGAGAAGUAUCACUUGCAGUACACUCCGACUAAGGCCAUGGCCAUCAUAAAGUUCUGCGACCGAGACGACACCGGGAAAUACAUCCUCACCGUCAGAAACGUCAGUGGUACCAAAACCGCAGAGGUCAAUGUCAAGGUGCUUGACACACCUGGAGUGUGUGAAGGCAACAUUGAGAUCAGUAAGAUCACAGAGGAGUCAUGCACUCUGAGCUGGAAGCCACCCCUCGAGGAUGGAGGCGACGCCAUCAGUCACUACAUUGUGGAGCGGCGUGACACCAACAGACUCAACUGGGUCAUCAUGAACGACGAGUGCAAAGAGCUGACCUGUAACAUCACCAAUCUGUUCAAGAACACCGAGUACCUGUUCAGAGUGCGCGGUGUCAACAAGUACGGACCCGGAGUGUACCUGCAGUCGGAGCCCAUGGUCGCCAGGAACACCUUCACUGUCCCGUCUCCUCCUGGAUCUCCAGAGAUCCUGGCAUCAGGAAAGGACUUUGCCACCAUUGAAUGGAUGAAGCCGGAGAGUGACGGCGGCAGCCCACUGAUUCAUUACCUGGUGGAGAGACACGAGAGGAAGAGUGCCCGCUGGGUGAAAGUGAACAGGGACGGCGCUCACCUGGACACCACCCUGAAGGUGACUGGUCUGACCGAAGGCAACAUCUACCAGUUCAGAGUGACCGCCAUCAACAAGGCUGGAGAGAGUGAGCCCAGCGAGGUGUCCUUGUAUGUGGUCUGCAGAGUACCCACAUGCACACCUGCUCCUCCUUCCAUUCCUCGCAUCACGGACACCCACGCCGACAGCAUCAGCCUGGCCUGGUCUCGGCCGGUGGACGAUGGAGGAGCUGACGUGAUGGGCUACAUCCUGGAGAUGCAGGAGGCUGGUGCUGAGGAGUGGACCAAAGCCCACGAGAAGACACUGCGCUCCACAGAGUUUGUGGUGACCAAUCUUGCUGCUGGCAAGAAAUACUGCUUCAGAGUGGCCGGCAUCAACAUUAAUGGUACCGGAGACUUCAGUGAACCAUGUGCAGAAACGGAACCAACAGAGAGGCUUGAAACUCCCGACUUUGAGCUCCAUGAUGACCUGAAGAAGACCAUCUGCCUGCGUGCUGGUGGCUCCCUCCGUCUCUUCGUCAGCGUCUCUGGUCGUCCGGCACCCACCAUCACCUGGACUAAACCUGGAGUAGAUCUCCAGAGUCGAGGAUUCAUCGAGGUCACCAACACAUCCACCACACUGAUCAUUGACAAGGUGCACCGCUACGAUGCCGGAAAAUACACCCUGGUGGCAGAGAAUUCUGCAGGCAAACAGGAAGUCAGCAUCCUCGUCAAAGUCUAUGAUACUCCUGGGCCAACCGGACCAAUCAAGAUCAAAGAGCUGACCAAGGAGUAUGCCAUCAUCUCCUGGGACGCUCCGACUGUGGACGGCGGUGCCCCAGUCAACAACUACAUCAUCGAGAGGCGCGAGGCGUCCAUGAGAGCGUACAAGACCGUCACUUCCAAGUGCAGCAAGACCUCCUACAAGAUUGAUGGUCUAAUGGAGGGCAUGCUCUACUACUUCCGUGUUCUCCCAGAGAACAUUUAUGGUGUUGGCGAGGCCUGCGAGACCCCUGAUGUCAUUCAGGUGUGUGAGGUACCUCUGCCACCACACAAGUUUGAAGUGGUCGAUGUCACGAAGACCACUGUGGUCCUGGGAUGGGAGAAACCGGAACAUGACGGUGGAAGCCGACUGACCGGCUACGUCAUUGAAGCCUGCAAGUUUGGCACUGACAAGUGGAUGAAGGUGGCCACGGUGAAGAUGACUGACUUUGAGUACACUGUGGAGAAGCUGAACGAGAACGAGCAGUAUCUGUUCAGAGUCAAAGCCGUCAACAGCCGAGGAGCCAGUGAGCCCAAAGAGCUGGUGGCAGCCGUCACUGUGAAGGAACAGAGAGUCAUGCCUGCAGUGGACUUCUCCAGUAUUCCUCAGAAGUUGGUGAACGUCCUUGCCGGGAAAACUCUGGAGCUGGACCUGCCCAUCAUUGGCAGACCUCCUCCCGUCUGUUCCUGGUACUUUGCUGACAACAAGAUGAAAGUCAGCGACCGUGUCAAGAUCAAAAGCACCGGCAAGUUCUCCCAGCUGAGUGUGUCCAACACCACCAUCGAUGACACUGGCGACUACACGCUGGAGGUCAAGAAUGUUGUUGGAGUCACCACAGAGAUCAUCAAAGUUAUUGUGCUCUCUAAACCCGACGAGCCAAAGGGACCACUCCGGUUCGAUGAAAUUGAUGCUACAACAGUCACGUGCAGCUGGGAUCCUCCGGUUAGAGACGGCGGCGCCCCCAUCAGUGGUUAUGUGGUGGAGCAGCGCGACGCCCACAGACCUGGGUGGGUGCCUGUCAGCGACUCCGUCAGCCGGCCAACCUUCAAGUUUGAGAACUUGAUUGAGGGAGAUGAGUACGUCUUCCGAGCCGCAGCCAUCAAUCGUUAUGGCACCGGAGAGUUCCUCCAAUCUGAAAUUGUCACCUGCAAGAGCCUGAAGAACGUCCCCGGACCUCCUGGCCGUCCAAUAACCUUUGACGUGUCUCGAGAUGGUAUGACAGUUGCCUGGGAACAACCAGACGAAGAUGGUGGACUCGAAGUUUCUGGAUAUAUUGUUGAGCGUAAAGAGGUGAGGUCUGAUCGGUGGGUGCGCGCCAACAAGAACCCCAUCACCAUGACCAGGUACAGGUCCACUGAGCUGAUAGAGGGCCUGGAGUACGAACACCGAAUCACUGCCAUCAAUGCACGAGGCCUGAGCAAGCCUAGCCUUCCAUCCAAACCAGCAGUGGCAACAGAUCCCAUCGAUCCACCAGGCUGUCCUCAGAACCCAAGGAUCACCGACACCACAAAGACCUCCGUGUCCCUGGCCUGGAGUCCUCCGGAUGAAGAGGGCGAUGCUCGAGUGGACGGAUACCUGAUCGAGAUGCAGAAGGCGGGUACCAUGGCCUGGAUCAAGUGCAACACCACACCAUCUCUGAUCUGCGAGUACACGCUGACCAACAUGCCUCAAGGGGAGGAGUUCAAAUUCCGCAUCAUGGCCUGCAACGCUGGUGGCUCUGGAGAGCCGGCAGAAGUGCCAGGAACCGUUAUUGUCACUGAGAUGCUUGAAUCUCCGGACUAUGACCUGGAGCUGAAAUACAAAGACUUGUACGUGGUCCGCCAUGGAGGAGUGGUUCGACUGUCUGUGCCCAUCAAGGGUAAACCUCAACCCAGUUGCAAGUGGUCAAAAGACAGUGGAGAUGUCUCCACAAAGGCCAUGAUUGCCUCCACUGAGGAUGCCAGCGAGCUGGUAAUCAAGGGAGCUGAGAGGGGUGACUCUGGCGUGUACGAGCUCUUGCUGGAGAAUAAGGUCGGCAAGAAGAAGGCCCAAAUCAAGGUGAAGGUCAUUGGCCGCCCAAGUGCCCCAGAGGGACCGAUAGUCUUUGAAGAGAUCCAGGCAAACUCUGUUAAGCUGUCCUGGAAGGCUCCAACAGAUGACGGUGGCUCUGAGAUCCUUGGUUACAUUGUGGAAAGACGGGAGGUAACCAGGAACGCCUGGUACACGGUCGACUCCCGAGUGACUGAGACUCAGCUGAUGGUGAAGGGCCUGAAGGAAGGAACAGAAUACCACUUCAAGAUCACAGCUGAAAACACUUUUGGUAUUAGUGCAUCUCUGAAGUCUGAACAGCCAGUGAUGCCCAAGACGCCACUCUGUCCACCUGAGCCAUCAAGCACCCCACCAGAGAUCAUGGAUGUCACCAAGAGCUCCGUGGCCCUGGCCUGGUCCAGACCAAAGGACGAUGGUGGCUCUGCCAUUACUGGCUACUUUGUUGAAUACAAGAUAGUGUCUGCUGAGACCUGGUCACGCCAUGGAACCAAGAUCACAUCCACAAUGUUCACUCUACCGGCACUCACUCCUGAUACAGAAUAUCAAUUCCGUAUUGUGGCUGUAAAUGACAUCGGUGAGAGUGAGGCUGGACCUAGUUCUGAGCCCGUCACAUGCAAAGAUCCAUUUGACAAGCCCAGUCAACCAGGUGAGAUUGACACGGUGAAUGUGAGCAACAACUUCAUCACCAUCCGCUGGCAGCCUCCAGAAUGCGACGGUGGAAAGGAGGUCCUGGGCUACUGGGUGGAAUACCGCAAGUCUAUCGAGAGUAGCUGGAAAAAAUGCAACAAGCAGAGGCUAAAGGACAAGGAAUUCACCAUGCCAGGACUGGCCGAGGCAACCGAGUACGAGUUCAGAGUCUUUGCUGAAAAUGAGACUGGCAUGAGCCGACCACGCAGGACCGCUACCUGCAUUAAGACCAAACUGAGUGUUGAAGCUAAGCCAAGCCUGAGGAAAGAGAUGGAUGAAGUCACCUGUAAGCUGGGCCAGCCCGCCGUCAUGAAGUGCCAGAUGAUCGGCAGGCCCGUGCCUGAAAUCAAGUGGUAUCAUGCCGGCAAGGAGGUCGUCGAGUCUCGCAAGUUUGAGAUGAGCUCUGAUGGGCGAAACCACUCCCUGUCCAUCAUGACUGACCAGCAGGAGGAUGAGGGAGAGUAUACCUGCAAAGCCAUCAAUGAUGCCGGAGAGGCUGAGACCACUGGUGUUCUGGUGUUGGAGGCAGCGCCAUCCUUCCACCCCGACUAUCAGCUGAAGGAAACAUACUAUGCUGGCCUGGGAACCACCCUGCGCAUUCAUGCCGUCUACAUAGGUCGUCCAGAGCCGAAGAUCAUGUGGUUGCAUGGUGCGAAGACCCUGGAGAACAGCGAGGACAUCAGCAUCGAGACCACAGAGCACUACACACACCUGGUCAUCAAGAACGUACAGCGUAGAGUCCAUGGAGGCAAAUACAGGAUCCGUCUCCACAACCACUUUGGAAGAGCGGACACUGCCUUCAAUGUUGAGAUCUACGACAAACCCGACACGCCUCAGGGUCCGAUCGUGCUGGAGGCCCUCCUGAAGAAUUCUGUCAUCAUCAGCUGGAAACCACCAAAGGACGACGGCGGUUGCAUGAUCACCAACUACAUCGUAGAGAAGCGUGAAGAUAAGGAGGGAACAGAGUGGGAGCUGGUGUCAUCGUCCAUCAAUAGCACUUCCUGCCGCGUGCCCAACCUUAUUGAUAGCGCUGGAUACUUCUUCCGCGUGUAUGCCCAGAAUCGCUACGGCAACAGUGAGCCUCUGGAGCUCACCUCACCCAUCCUCAUUAAGAGCCAACUGGAGAGACCAUCGCCUCCUCUGUCACCUGUUGUCUCUGGAAUCACCAAAGAUUCCUGCGUGGUUUCCUGGAAGCCACCGCUCAGCGACGGUGGAUCCAAGAUCAAGAGCUACAGCCUGGAGGAGAAGCACAAGAAGGACAAGAAGGAAUGGACCGAAUGGACACCAGUGACCACAGAUGAGAUCAAGCAGACUGUCUUCUCUGUCAAGCGUCUGACUGAAGGAGUGGACUACAUCUUCCGCGUGAAGUGUGAGAACCUUGGAGGACAGAGUGACUACAGCGAGGAGACCGCUCCCAUUGUUCCUGCCACUGCCGUUGAUGUCCGCGCACCUGCCUUCAAGGAAGAGCUGAGGAACAUGAGCGUCAAGUACAAGAGCAAUGCAACGCUGGUGUGCAAGAUCAUCGGUCAGCCAAAGCCUGUGAUUAAGUGGUUCAGACGAGGAAAGGAGAUCCACUCUGAUGGAAAGAAGAUCAAGAUCCAGGAGUUCAAAGGAGGUUACCAUCAGCUUGUCAUCUUCGAGGCCGAUGAGGAGGACUCCACCGUUUACCAGAUCAGAGCCACUAACCAAGGAGGCUCCAUCUGUGCUACUAUCUCUCUGGAUGUUGAAGUCCCUGCCAAAAUCAACUUGCCCAAGAACCUAAAGGACAAAGAGGCCAUCCCUGCCCUGCGUGGAGAGGUGGUCAAUAUCAAGAUACCUUUUGGAGGCAAGCCAGAUCCUGUCAUCACAUGGCAGAAGGGACAAGACUUGAUCGACAGCAAUGGCCACUACCAGGUCAUUGUUACCCGGUCCUUCACUUCGUUGGUCUUCCCGAACGGAGUGGACAAAAAGGAUGCUGGGUUCUACAUUGUCUGUGCAAAGAACAGGUUUGGCAUUGACCAACAAACAGUGGAACUGGACGUCGCUGAUGUGCCCGACCCUCCACGUGGACUGAAAGCCAGUGAUGUCUCAAGAGACUCGGUGACGCUGACGUGGGUGGCCCCAGCCAAUGACGGAGGUAGCAGGGUCAUCAGUUACAUCAUCGAGAAGUGUCCUACCACUGCCGAGAGGUGGCAGCGUGUUGCACAGUCACGUGACACCCGCUACACCGUCAUCAACCUCUUUGGAGGAACCAGCUACCAAUUCAGAGUCAUCGCUGAGAACAAGUUUGGGCAAAGUGCUCCAUCUGAGACCAGCGGGCCUGUUAUGACCAAAGAGGACAAAUCCAGAGUCCUUCUCUACGACAGGGAGGUGGAUGACACUGGACGUGUUCCCAAGGGCAAGGCUCCACACUCCGAUGCCAAGAACCUGCACAACAAAUAUGCCAUUGCAGAGGAGUUGGGCAGAGGUCAGUUUGGCAUUGUCCACCGCUGUGUUGACAUCACCUCUGAGAAGACCUAUAUGGCCAAGUUUGUCAAAGUGAGAGGUGCAGAUCAGGCAAUAGUCAAGAAGGAAAUUGCAACACUGAAUCUGGCCAAACACGCAAACUACCUGCUUCUCCAUGAGUCCUUUGACAGCCCUGAAGAGCUGGUGAUGAUCUAUGACUUUAUCUCUGGCGUUGACAUCUUUGAACGUAUGCAUAGCGCAGAAUUCGAGUUCAAUGAGCGUGAGAUUGUGAAUUAUAUCUCUCAGGUCUGCUCAGCCCUGCAGUUCUUGCAUGCUGAGAGCUAUGGUCACUUUGACAUCAGACCAGAGAAUAUCGUCUACACAACCAGAACCAGCUCCACGGUGAAGAUCAUUGAACUAGGACAGUCCAGACACUUGACUCCAGGAGACCAAAUCAAGAUCCAGUACACUACAGCAGAAUACGCUGCCCCUGAGAUCCACCAGUGCGACAUGGUGAGCACUGUGACUGACAUGUGGUCAGUUGGUGUCCUUGCCUACGUGUUACUCAGUGGACUGAAUCCUUUCACUGCCGAAACCAACCAGCAGAUGAUUGACAACAUCUCCAAUGCAGCCUACAGCUAUGACGAUGAGUCAUUCAAGCAAGUCAGUGUUGAAGCGUUGGACUUCACAGACCGUCUGAUGACGAAGGAACGUAAGCACCGCAUGACUGCCGCUGAGGCUCUGGCACACCCAUGGCUCACAAAGCCAGCAGAAGAGAUUAGCACUAGGGCAAUCCCAACCGGCAGACACAAGAGAUACUACCAGACAAUGGUGAAGAAAGAAUGGACAACGGUCGUUUCUGCUGCCCGAGUGGCCAGCGGAGGAUCCAUCCGUUCCCAGCGUGGUGUCUUUGUUGCCAAGGUGAAGAUAGCUCCAUUCGAACACGGUCCUCUUGCAGGCCAGGUUACCCAUGCCGUAGUGAACGAGGGAGACAAUGUCAAGUUCAUCUGCAACAUUGACAACUAUGACAGCACGACUGAGGUGACGUGGUACUGUGGCGUCCGACAGCUUGAGGCUGGCGACAAAUAUGAAAUCGAGUACGAGGACGGGUUGGCUGUGAUCACCAUCAACAAGGUCACCAGAGCCGAUGAUGGCACUUACAGGUGCAAGGUUGUGAAUGAGUACGGGGAAGAUAGUGCUUACGCUGAGCUGUUCAUCAGUGGCGUCAGAUCUUACCGUGACUUCUUCACCACCCGUGUGGUCAAGAAAACAAAGCGAAGAGUUGACACCGCCAGAAUGCUCCAGAAGCCCCCAGAGUUUACUCUUCCACUGGUCAACCGUACAGCUUACCUUGGAGAGGAUGUGCGCUUUGGCGUCACCAUCACUGUUCACCCUGAGCCUCGGGUCAUCUGGCACAAGUCUGGACAAAAGCUUGUACCUGGACAAGAUGACAGAAAAUACACUUUCAUCAGUGAUAAGGGUCUGUAUCAACUCAUCAUCCGCAAUCUGGAGACGGAGGACGAUGCAGAGUACAGCGUUGUUGCUCGUAACAGGUACGGUGAUGACAGCUGCAAGGCUCGACUCACUGUUGUUCCUCGACCAAAACCUGCAGACCUCACUCUGAGGCCCAUGUUCAAACGUCUGCUAGCAAAUGUGGAGUGCAGAGAGGGCCAGAAUGUACGCUUUGAGAUCAGAGUGUCAGGACACCCCACUCUGAAGUGGGAGAAGGAUGGCAUGCCUUUAGCCUUUGGACCAUCUAUCGAGGUUGUCCAUGAGGGUCUGGAUUACUUCAUCCUGCACGUCAAAGAUACUCUUCCUGAGGACUCUGGUGUGUACAGAGUCACCGCCACCAACUCUGCUGGAUCUGCCAGCUGCCAGGCCACACUCAAAGUUGAGCGUGUCACACACGUAAAGAAGGAGUAUGAAGACAGUGAAAAGAAGAAAGAACUGGCUGGAAAAGAGGAACUGGACAAAAAGGUGAGGUUGCACCAGAUUAUGACGGGCACUGAUGUGUUGCCUCUCCCACCUGCAGCCGUACAGGCUGUGAGAGAGGCUGCUACCAUGUUCAAACCUGCUGUCACAACCAAGAAGGGAGAGAAGACUGAAGCUGAGAUACAGAAAGAAAAAGAGGAGAGGAAAAAGAGAGCAGAUGAGAAGAGGCUCCGUAUGCCGUAUGUUGUCCCAGCUCCUCGUGUUAUCAACCCUGCAGUUCUUGAGGAGGAUGUGGAGAUCAAACACUUCCAGCCACUGUCUGACAUGAAAUGGUACAAGAAGCUGCGGGACCAGUAUGAGUUCCCAGAGCCAAUGGACAAAAUCAAACAGAAGAGGAUGAAACGCAUUCGCCUAUCCAGGUGGGAGCAGUUCUACGAGGUUCCCAUCAGAAUCAAGGACCAGUACAAGCCCAAGUGGCGCAUCUCAUCUCUGACUCAGGAUGAUCUGGAAACGGUGAGGCCGGCAAGGCAUCGCACGCCUUCCCCUGAGAUAGACGCCUAUCAGCGCAUCAGGAGGAGGUCUCUGGGUGACCUGUCAGAUGAAGAGCUGCUGCUGCCCGUCAAGGAAUACCUCUCCAUGAAGAGAACAGAGGAGGAAAGGCUUCGUCUUGAAGACGAGCUGGAACUUGGCUAUUCUGCCUCUCCACCCAGCCUCAGCCCUGUGCGCUUUGAGUUGUCUGCCCUUCGUCCCUCGUCCCCCAGAAGAGUCUACAGCGAUGACGAGGAAGGGGAAGAAAUUCCCAGAUAUGACUCCUAUAGAAUCCCGUCUAAAUAUGAAGCUGGCCCUGGUUUUGUGGAGCUCCGCCAGCGUCAUGACAAGGCCACAUACAGACCUCCGAGGCAGAAGCAGAGGGUGUAUGAAGAGAGAGAAGAUCAUGAGCUGUUGCGUCCACAUACCACUGCUCAGAGAAUCUCUUCAUACAAGAGUGAACUCAAACGCAUGGAGUUUGAAGAGAAGACGCGAGCUGUUAAAAAGGAAGCUACCAUGACUGUUUCCACCUACUCUGAGGCCACUGAAUCUGAGCACCUGUCAGUUUUCACCUCCGAAUACGUCCCCAAACCAAUUAAGAAGCUUCCUAUGCCUGAGCCCGAGAGGAGGAGAUCUCCAACACCAGAAAAGGCCGCAAAAUCUGAUGUAACCCUUCCAAAAGUUGACUUUAUGUCCAGAUAUGAGGAGAGAAAACAGGCUCUGAGGUCUGAAAGGAGAUCUGUGGAGAGGAAGGUGGAGGUCGUGACGCAGGCCCCAUUCAGUCUCGACCAUCCCCCUCGUAUUACCAUUAGGUUGCGGUCUCAUCGCGUUCCGUACGGCACCCACACAAAGUUCACCCUGAAUGUCCAGGCUGCGCCUGAGCCGCAAGUCAAGUGGUACCACAAUGGCAAAGAGAUUCACGAGAGCAGCAAAUACCACAUGAGCAACAUCAGUGGAGUUCUCACUCUCCAGAUUACAAACUGUGUAACCGAAGAUUCUGGCACAUACCGUGUGGUCGCCAAGAACGCCAAAGGUGAGACUUCUGAUUACGCCACACUGGAUGUAGCUGGGGAGGAAUAUGCAGCCUUCUCGUCAUUCCGCAAAGACGAGGAGCCUCCGUCUGCCCACCUGCCAGAGAUGACCAGGACUGAGGUCUACCAUGUCGCAUCCUCGAAAACCAGCGUGAAAGAAACCGUGACUGAGACAGUGAAACAGACUACCACCAGAGUUGAGACACUAAGAGAGAAACCUCAGGUUCCUGCGAAGAUCCUGACCAAACCCCAGUCUCUUACCGUGGAAGAGGGAGACAGUGCCAGGUUUGACUGCGAUGUGGAUGGUGAACCAGCGCCUUCCAUCACAUGGCUGAGAGAAGGGUCAGUGGUCGGUUCCUCAGCCCGUCACCAUGUCGUCUCCACACAGUACAACUCCUCCUUCGAGAUCUCCAGUGUGGAGCAGUCAGAUGAGGGCAGCUACACUCUGCUGGUGGAAAAUGCUGGCGGCAAGCAAGAAGCAUAUUUCACCUUGAAGAUCCGCAAGUCCGAGUCCAAGGACAAAGUGGUUGCCCCUCCCAGAAUCACUUCCCCAGAGGCCAAAUCUCCCGCUCCAAAGACCCCUGAACCCAUCACCUCACCUCAAAGAGUCAAAUCCCCUGAACCCAUCACGUCACCCCAGAGAGUCAAGUCCCCUGUCUCACCAAAGUCUCCCACUCCCAAGUCUCCAACUCCCAAGUCUCCCACUCCCAAGUCUCCAACCCCAUCUGAAACGAAACGAGUAAUGUCACCACCUCCUGACAAGAAGUCUGAAGCACCUCGCUUUCUGGUCCAGCCUCGGUCCCAGAUUGUGGACGAGGGACAGAAGGUGACGUUCACCUGUGAGGUUUCAGGGGAGCCGUUCCCUGAAGUGGAGUGGCUGAAAGACGAUGUGCUGAUCUCCGCCACCUCGAACAUCAGAGUGAUCCAGCGGAGGAGUGUGUUCACUCUGGAGAUCUGUGAGGCCUCUGAGGCGGACAGUGGAAAAUACACUGUGAAGGCCAGAAACCGGCUGGGACAGUGUUCGGCAACAUCAUCCCUCAACGUGCUCACUCUUGUGGAAGAACCAACAAAAAUGAUAAGUGUGGAGCAAAGAGCUUCUUCUGAAGCGAGCAUGCAGAAACUUUCGGUACAGACCAGCAGCGUCAGCAGCUCCACCCACUCAGCUGAGAGCAUGCAGAAACAGAUCGGCGGAGUCAGCAGCUCCUCCCUCUCAGCUGAGAGCAUGCAGAAACAGAUCGGCGGAGUCAGCAGCUCCUCCCUCUCAGCUGAGAGCAUGCAGAAACAGAUUGGCGGAGUCAGCAGCUCCUCCCACUCCGCUGCUGUCGCCGCCUUCUCGGCGGAGAGCAUGUCUGCCAGCAUGUCCACCAUGAUGGCCCAGUCUGUCAUGUCCAUGAGCUCCAGCAGCCAGUCGGUGGAAAUAAUGUCUGCAUGUUCGCAUGUGGAGGCGUCCUCGUCCUCGUCCUCUCUGAGCGCCAUCAGCAGCAGCGGUAGGAAAGGCACUCCACCCAAAGUAGAGGCUCUCCCACAGGAUGUCAGCGUGGAGCCAGGGAAAACCCUGAAGGUGGCGGCGCUGUUCUCCGGAGACCCCACCCCCUCUGUCCAGUGGCUCCGCUCCGGUCGGACCCUCCCAGUAGGGGACGGGCGGUACCGGGUGGAGAACACCGCCGAGCUGUCCACCCUGAUGAUCAGCCCGGUGAAGGAGGCCGACGGCGGCGCCUACACCUUGCAGCUAUCCAGCGAGCUGGGCUCCGCCUCGGCCACCGUCCGCGUCCACGUCCGCUCCAUAUAAACAAACAGAGCCACGCAAUCACCAGUCCCCCAUUAUUCCCUCAUCCACAACCCGUUUAUUUAGUGAAACAGCAACGAUAAUCUAAGUGAUAAAGAUCUGGAUUCCUCUUUCUGUAAAUAUGAACUAUUUUUGUACCAAUCUUGACAUUAAUUUAUGCCAAACUAGACUAAAGUCUAACGUUGUUAUGAAAUGUGCCAUAUUGGACGAUUCUGACUUCGGAUGUUUCAUCCAUUUUUCUGUGACAUGUACAUAAUGUAUAUAGCCGAAUUUAACGGUUAUGGGAAAUGUAUGUAUUGUUAUUUAUGACAAUAAUAUGAAGUGAAAGAAACUAAAAGUAGUUUAACAGGAGAAAGUUUCCUCAGGAACGAAUACCCUGCUAAACCCAGAAACUAAACUCUGUGCCUCAACAGUACGUUGAAGUCUUAAGAUUGCCUCGGCAGGUAGAGAGGCUCCCUGCCGACGUUAGGAACCACAAAAAGCAGACCGAGGUCGACUUCUGGAUUUAUAUAUCGAUAUAUGGUGUGAUCUAUUUCCUAUGAGUUGUACCGUGAGCGUAAGACCCUGACUGCUGCUUGCAUUUACCCUCAUGGAGGCAGCACGAAGCGGCCUUGUGCUCAGACCGACUGCGUCGAACCACUCCCACGUGACGAGCGGCGGCGAGCGCGAGCGGCCUGCGCUCUCCGCCCUGAAACAGAGCGCCGCUCCUGCGCGGGACGGCCGGCGGCCGGCUUCCUCCUCAUAACAUCUCCUGGCCAUGAGGAAGUCUCCCGGGCUCUGCCGUGCAGGAACGGCGCCCCCUCUUGGAGGACAGCUAGCUAACGUGUGUUUGAGUGCCAGUGUUUGUAGCUUGUAGUCCCUCUGGGCAUGUUGGUGGCCAGGACUCCGCCUCCUGUCAGGAGAAGUUCUGGCCACACUUUGAGUUUACUAAUCCAUUGAUGUAGAAGUUGUUUUGUCCUCCUUGAGUUUGAUUGUAUUUCUGAUUGAAUAAAGCGUGAUUUCAGCACUUCA